AACAAGUAGCAGUCGGGCUGUACUCUUUUAUAAUCAGAUGCAAGAUAUGCUGGCAACAUUCUGAAGUCCAAUUCACAUUCGUGUUCUACAAGAAGUGACUGCCAGUUACAGAGCUGGAGGUGUGCCUAGCUAUUAAUGGGAUGCUGAGCUGAAAUGCUGAUCUCUGGAGCUGAAUUGUGACUCUGCACUGCUCAAAUACAGCUGUAGUGCUUCACUGCCUUUACUUAUGUUGAAUUAAGUCUGUGCAAGACUCUAUUGGGAGAACCACCUAAAAUAAAAGACUUGAAGCACAGCAGAUGACUUACAAAGCAUAUUUUUCUCUAACUCAGAUAUUUAGGUCUAAUGUACUCCAACAUUAUUUUCCUAAAAGCUGAAAAGUUGGAAUCCUACCCAAACCAGCUAGGAUGUAUAUAAUAAGCGUCGUAUUUCAUUAAACAUUUGUUUCAUAUCUGGAAGUCAGAAGAAUAUCAGCAUCAUUAAAUCCUGUAUGGGACCAGGCACAGAGAAGGAAUCCUCGUGGAAUUGGUAUCUGGGAUUUUUUAAGGUAAUUUAAUAUGUGAUGGUAUUUAAGUAAUUUUGCAUUUUAUAUCACUUUUGUAGUGCACUUGGAUGUGUGUUGCCUUGUUCGCUUUUGCAUCUUACGGAUUAUGUUCUAUGUGUCUUUUUAUGAAGGUUAUCAUCACAGUGGUAUGUCCCUGCACUUAGUCCUGCCUCUGAAAGUGGCUAUGUGCAAGAUUCAAGUGAGAGAAAUUAUCUCCUAGACUUCAAAGCAAAAUCAUGGACCUACAUCUCCUGUCUCUAAUCUUGGUGAAGUGUCUUUUCCAUCUGGUAAGUCCAAAUAUUCCUAUAAAAUAAAAUGCGACUGAUAUCUCCCUAAAUGCACAAGUAGGCGAUUGUAAUGUAACCUUCAAUUAGAACGGGUUACAUUUUCACUGCUCUCCAAUUCAUCAAUUUGUCAAAUAUCUGUACCUGUCCAUUAAUAUCCAAAGUGACUAGUUCAUAAAUCAUACCUGAGUCUACAUUCUUAUUAUUUUACGGGUUUUUUUUUUAAAGAAUAAUAAUCAUACUGUUAGUUUAACUUUUCUUACUAUACUUUUUUUUAAAUAUAUUUUGUAUCUAAGACACCUUUGAGCGUUAAUGAGUGUUUUGUAAUCUUUCAAUUUUUUUGUAUUUUUUUAUUCUUGUUAUAAGACUUAUCGUUCUCCUUUAAUAUAAUGUUCUAUGCGUAUGUGAAAUGGUUUACUGUAGAGUUGAUGCUCAUCAUUACCAGUUGUUGAUUUAUUGAUCUUAUUGUCUUAACUAUUGAUAAUCUUUCAUCAUCCUCUAUUACUGUUACUUUAUACGCAUAUAAAUAGUUUUAAGCCCACUGUGAUACCGUGAGUCCUUGUGAUACUUUUAACAAAUUGUUUGUGGUAUCAACAGAUAGUAAUUUCUUUAAUCAUACAUUGUUAAAUGUGAUUAUAUUUUUCUUUUUUUUCAUUCAGAUCUUUUUUUUUUGGGGGGGGGGAAUAUUUCUGAUUGUUAUUGUUUCACAGAGGAGUUAAGAAAAAUAAAUAGAAUUGUAUAUGUUUGUCAUAAGUAUUUGCAAAAAGUGGAAACAUUUUUGUCAGCAAAUUAAAUCUGAUUUUCUCAUGUACAGUUUUAACUGGAGGGCCGAUCUGAUCACACGCAUUAUAUUGUUUUAAUCAAAACUUAAACAUAUUUUUUUACUUUCCAAAAUGCACAAAACAUACAGAGUGACACAUAUGACAAAUAAAGAAAUAUACACGUGCCUUAAUAUACCAGUGUCUAUAAUACCUACGCAAAUGAUCUUAUUAAAAUAUAUAAAUAUAUUUUAUGCAAAUGGUUGUAGAUACCAGGAAAUUAGUUCCAGCAGAGAUGUUAGAGGCAACCAGCAUAGUGGAAUUCUAGAAGCACCUAAGGCUGAAUUAAUUCAAAUAAUUAUGCGUCUUCAGGUAGAUUGGAGAUUGGCUCAUGUAGUCCUUAUCUGCUCUUAUAAUCUAUGUUUCUGUUUCAUUGCUAAUCUGCUGGAAACAAACUUGUUAUGCUAACACAGACAAAUUAAAAAGCGCAUGAGUAACCUUCAAACUGUCUUUAAUAGACAGUGCUAUUCAUGAUAAAUUCAUGUAGAUGGACAGAGAGACAUACAGACACACAGACAGACAGCUUUCAUAGCUUUAUAUUAGCCAUUAUCUGAAAAGCCCCUAACAUAAUUUACACCACAUAAAUUAUUAAAUAAAUUGAUUGCAGAAUUAAUUUGCAUAAACACUGUAUAUGCAAAAAAAGAAAAUUUACAACAAAGUCCUUUUUUUUUUAUUUUUAUUUUUUUUUGGGUAGUUCUUAGCUGUUUUACAUCUCCAGUACUGUAGUUGUACUUUCCAGGCAAUAUGUAAAAAAGAUAAAUAAAUCAAAUGAAAGAGGAAAAAAAAACAAGGAGAUUAAACACCCUCUUUAAGAGCUGCUUCCUCAUAUGACUACAUGAGUUGAUUGAUUAGUUUUUCAGAAUGCGUGUGUCAAAUUCUAAUCCUGCUUUGGAUUGUGCUCCCGCAUGUAAUGUUUUUUUUUUUUUCCUUAGCCACUUUAGCGGAGCAAUGAAUUACAGAGCUGCAGUCCAGCGAUAAGACACACAUUUCUUUCAUACUGGCAGUACACAGGACAAUGAAAUGCUGCUUACCUUCUACACGGUUUAACUGUAGGGUUUUUGCUACCUAAAUGAAAAACACACUGGAUAAAACAUGUUCCUUCCCGAAGAAAAAAAACACAGCUAGAUAAAAAUGGAUACAAUUUAAAUUCAUCUUAAAAAUCCACAAUAUUGGUUUUUCCUUGGUAUCUGCAGAAUUCUUGCAGUUUGGUUACAUUUUGUUUCCUACGCAGGCCUUUUUUUUUUCAAGGUAGCAAAGCAAAAAACCAAAGUAGUAUCUCUAGCUAUUUCAUCAAACAAAAACAAACAAACAAAAACAAACAAACAAACAAACAAACAAACAGAACAGCACUUAAAGUUAAAUGUCAGGGUAUCUUCAUUCUCAGCCCACCAGCUGUUCUCCAAUUAAAUCUCUGAUCAUUUUCUUGCUGACAGUGACUGCAAUGGUAUAAUGGGAGUUGUGGUCCGGCGUGUCUGAAUCAUCUGAUCCGUGAUAUUAUUAACCCCUUAAAUACAAAUGGCAUGUCAGACAUGGUUAUUAGUGAAUGACAAAACUAUAUUGUUACAUUUUGUGAUUCAGUACUGAUUUGUGGUUGACUCGGUGACAUGCUCAAUGAAUGUGAUCAAUGAAAGCUUGCUUAAAAUGGCAAUUAAGCAAAAUAAUUUGGAAAUCAUUACAACGUAGUGUAUUGCUUACUGUUCGCAAGACAGAUAGACAGAAAGUUUAUUGCAAUAAAUGAAAUUACCGUAUGAUUAUGUCGUUUUUUUAGCAUUUUUUCUACAUUAUUUCAAUCAUCUAUUCAUUUAUAUUGCAUUGUUUAUUCUAGUGAGUUCUUGAUAUAUUGGUCAGUUAUUUGUUAAACAAAAAUUAUGGAACAUUUAUUUGAUCCAUGAGAUGGGUAGAUUCUAUAUAAAGUGGGCAAAAGACUCCUCUGUAAAUAUACACAAUUUUGCAUUUAUUCAUUCAUUCAGUCAUUCAUUCAUGCAUUCGUUCAUUGCCAAAGAAAGUGUAAAAGAGCACACUGUAUGCCUUAUCUUGCAAUACUCCAGGCUACUUGUGAACUAUUGCCUAAAAGUUAAAAAAAACAAUACAGUGUUACUUAAAAUAUAUAUAUAUAUAUAUAUAUAUAUAUACAUAUAUAUAUAUAUAUAUAUAUAUCUUUAUAUAUAUAAAAAAUUCAAUAUCAUCCUCAUGGUAAGAAACUGGUUAGCAUUUUUGGGAAUGCACAUUUGUAAAAUGUAAACUUUAUAAAUGUAUUUUGGUAAAGUGCCAGCAUAAGACAAUACAGUUUCUUGGCUAAAACCAGGCAUCUGUACUAUUUAGGGUAUUGCAGACUGCUGCAGCCUGCACGUAAGUUCCACUUUGUGACAUUAGCCCUCACUCCCUGCUCAUGUUCCACGGCAACUAGAAUACAGCCCUGUAUUUUUGAGCCUUAUAGUCCUCUGUACAGCAUGGGCAGAAGUGGGGAGGGGGUUGACAAUGUUGCUACGUAGUAGAAAAAUCAUGAUGACAGUCGCUCUAUAUAUAUUUUUUGCUCCCUGACGUUACAGGCGUAAACCAAUUUUUAUGUGAACAUUGGGAAAAACAUGUAGGGUAUGUUAAGCACACCCGAAUCUAAAUUACAAACUGUGAAGUUUUAAUUAUUACAGAGAAAACAACUUUUCGUGAACCUGUGCCACAAAAUCACAUUCACAGCUUUAAUGAUAUUUAAAUGAACAACUUAAAUCAGAAGGUGCUGAAAGUAUAUGUUAUGUUCCCACUAUAUCAAAAUAUUCAAAUGAGUCUAAGCCUUUGGCAGUAAAAAAGAGCAUUUCCUGUCUUGUUUCAAUACAACUAAGAGAUGUGCUAGGCCACCUGUGGCUGAUUUUGACACUGAAAAUUAUUUGAACUGUGUUUCCCAUGACGCCAAGUAAUACAAGACUUACAAAAUCAAGAUUUAACGAGCAUGUUCAUUUUCAAAGUUCUCAAACCACCGAGAACUGUAAUAUUAACAGAGUCAAGCUUUGUCAACAAAUGGAAACUGUCCCUUCUCUGCAAAUAAUGACAUUGAAUAAAACAUUGGAGAUCGCUAUAACUCAUGUUAACCACUUUCUUAUGAAUAUAUUUUAAAUAUUUAGCAAUUGACAUCCAAUCCAGUUCAGUCCUGGCACAACCAAGGCACGUAUUACAUUGGAGGAGGAGAAACUGAUUUUUUUUCUGUUUCUCCACCUCCACAGUGUGGCUCUAGCCCUCACUCCAUCGGGAGUAGAACAUCUCCACGUUCAAAGAUAGAAAUGGCAGAGCUUACAACAACGACUGACAGGGUGCAAAACCGAGGAGGAGCAUAGUUCUAGGGCAGUGUUACCCAACCCAGUCCUCAUGGCCCACCAACAGUCCAGGUUUUGUCAGUAUCUCCAUUGGAAUAAAACAGGGAAAUACAUAAAUCCGAGAUUGUUGGUGGGCCAUGAGGACUGGUUUGGGACACUAUGUUCUAGGGCAAGAGUAAAUACAGUAGAGUGGAUUUCUACGUCAAAUUAUAUUUUUCAGACUUCACAAAUGCAACUUUGUUAAAUAUAUGGAAUAAAUAAACAUGAUAUUAAUUAUCCUGGGAAGUGAUCUCUUUAAAACUUGAAACAGUCCUUGUAUUCCAAAGCAGACAUAUUUUUAUUUUUUUUAUUUUUUUACUGCUAGAAGGGGGUUUACCUCCAGCAUUGCUUUAAUAGUGGAGUUGAUGCAAAUAGAAUUCCAGGUUUACUUAGCAAAAAAAGGCAAAUUGUUAUCAUAUUGAAACAUUGCAAAACUAUCACACUGCUUUAGGUAUUGUGUAAAAGGAAGCUUAUCUGAGCAGGACCUAUGCCACUUCUUGUUUCUAUAUACCUGAAUUUGUUUGCCAUCAUUUAAGUAUAUGGUUGUAUUAACCAAUCAACAAGGACUUUAUAUAUAUAUAUAUAUAUAUAUGUAUAUAUAUACAGGCCCGGACUGGCUAUCGGUGGGCCGCGAUGGCCAGGGGCUGAGGUCAACAGGGGAGUUCAAGGGAUCUUCCUGGCCAGCAACUUUAGGGCUUGUGCUUCCUGACCUCUGGCCCAUAGAGGGAGCUCUAGAUCUCUCUCACGGCCUGCACACUGUAUGCUCCUGUGCAGGCUGUACAGCAUGAUGCACUGUGCGGAUCCAGCGCACAUGGUCUGCACCCACUAGCGGUGUAGACCAGAUACCUCAUCCAUUGGACCACCAGGGAAUAUUAUUCCUCUUUGGCUUCUCCUCCUGCUACUAAGGCUCAAGGUAAUGAAGGGGGAGUAAACCCAGCAGCCCCUGCACCCCCCUCACCCUGCAGCCCCCUCUCACUCGGUAGGCCCUACCCCCUCUCACCCAGGACUCCCUCUCAUUCAAUAGCACCUAGCCCCUCUCAUCCAGCAGCCCCUGCCCCCAUCCUGCAGCCACCACUGACCCCUUCACCCAGCAGCCCUGACGCUCUCACCCAGCAGCCCAUGUCCCCCUCACCCAGCAGUCCCUGCCCACCUCACCCAGCAACCCCUGUCUCCUCUCAUCCAGUACCCCCCACUCACCCAGCAGUCCCUGCCCCCUCUCAUCCAGUAGCCCCUGUCCCUCUUCUUACCCAGCAACCCCUGUAUCCCCCUCUCACGCCCUGCAGCCCCAUGACUCCCUCUCACACCCUGCAGCCCCAUGAUCUCAUUUCACACCCAGCAGCCCCAUGUCCCCCCUCUCACACCCUGCAGCCCCUCUCAUACCCUGUUGCCCCAUGUACCCUUCUCAUACUUUAUAUCUCCUAUUUCCCCUCUCACACAACAUCCCCCUAUAUUCUCCCCCCACACACACAUCCCUGUGCCCCACACACUACACAUUGGCUGCCCUGGGUGUAUUAAACAGAUAUACCCACUUUGGAGAGGCAUGCAUGUCACUAGUGAUGACACAACAUGCACCUGCUCAAGUCGCUCCCUUCCCAGGGCUGCCCUGCCUUUAAAUGCCCAGGCUAAAUUUUUGUCCUAGUCCAGAUAUAUAUAUAUAUAUAUAUAUAUAUAUAUAUAUAUAUAUAAAGCACUACGGAAUCUGUUGGUGCUAUAUAAAUGGCAAUAAUAAUAAUAAUAAUAAUAUAUUAAAUAAAAUAUAUAUUAAAUAAAACUGAUGACAAGUUGUGAUGUAAAGGGUGAAUUUUCAGAAUACAAAUUUGUUGGAUUAGUCAGCAUAGCAACAAAAUCCUCCUAUAUGCUGUGUUAACAUUUUCUUUCAGCUGCUCAACUAUUUAGAUUUUUUUCUAUUAAUAUAUUUCUGACGAGAUGUUUUGGGGUUUUGUUCUACUAGAGAUUUAUUUUACAAUUUCUUACAAGCAUUCUUGAUUUUUAUUUCAACCUGUGAAAAAGGAAUAUUCUCAGAGCCUCAAAAUGUUUGGGACGAAUCUCUGGGUCUCAUGGUAAACGGUGCGAUAUACAGGAUGAAGGGGGAGGUUCUCAGGGUCUCUGGGAAUGGUACAGCUUAUCAGGGUGAAUAGAUGGAUUCUCAUGUUAUUGGUAAAUGGGGGGAUUUCAUCAGAUUCUCAGUUUAAGUUGCAGAUUGGGUGAUACUCAGGUUAAAUGUUAAGAUUCUUUAGAAGUAUAGAUAAAUUAUUGAUUGAUCGGGCAGGCUUUCGAGAAGACGUGCAGAAUAUCAUGGUCUCAGGGUGAAUAGAAGUUUUUUUUUUUUAAGGAAGGUAAAGAUUCUCAUGGUAUAUAUAGGCAGAUUCUCAGGGUACAUGGGCAGAUUCUUAGGUUCUCGUUGUGAAUGCACAGAUUUCUGAGAAAUGGUGAGGAUUAUCAUUGUCUCAGGAUGAAUAGGAGAGGUGUAUAUUAUCAUAGCAUGUAGGCAGAUUCUCAGAGUUUCAGGGUAAAUGGUCAGAUUCUCAGAGUCUCAGGGUCAAUGGGCAGAUUCUCAGAGUCUCAGGGUCAAUGGGCAGAUUUUCAGAGUCUCAGGGUCAAUGGGCCUAUUCGCAGAGUUUCAGGGUAAAUGUGCAGGUUUACAAGGAAAGGUACAGAUUCUUAGGUGUAUAUGAAGAUUUGCAGGGUUAAAUGGCAGUAUAGCAAGGAAAGAGUAAAUACACAGAUUAUAAUUGCUACAUUUCUACAUCUCAGGGAAUGUUAGAAGGUUCUCAGUGGGAAUCAGCAGAUUCUUAGAUUUAUAAGAAUGUACAGUUUCUUACUAAUUUUACUCCUAUUAUAAUUUUAUUUUGUGCUGAAAUACAGGUGACAAAUAUAAUAGAUAGCUUAACAUAUUCAUGGCCGUUCUGUCAUAAUGUACCGGGUUCAAUUAGCAUAAGCGCUAAUGUAGCUGCAGGUCCAGGCCCAUGGAAUAGGCUCAGGAGGAAAACAGGAGAGCAAAAUGUUUGUGGCCUGUCUGAUUACAAAAUCAUUAACUUAAAGCUUACUGUGUGCACUGGGCAAAUGCUCUUACUGGUUCUAUCUUUCUUAGAACCCAACAUCCUCCUAUCAUCAUGAGGCCCUGUAGCAUGUUCUCCUGCUGCUACAUUCACUACAUCCACCUUUUCUCUGUCCAAGGCUCCAUACAAAGAACUUCUGCCUUCAAGUGUGAAGGAAAGGAGAAGAGUCAGGAUUUGAGAGCUGUGCGACUUGUAAGAUCGACAGAUAGGCUGGCUUGAGAGAUGGAAGAGAGAGAUUGGCAUAGGGUAUUUGUAUUCAUAUAAAAACAUCCUAUGAGUUUCCUGUGGCACCACCUUCAACGGAUACAGGGCAUGUGGGAGAUUUCAGAGUGUUAGUGUUCUCUGUCAAUAAGGUUCUGUAAUUAGACCCACUGUAAUCAUCAGCAACAGGCCCAACAUGCUAUCCAUCAGUGGUUACAUAGUGGGGAUUGUCUGAUAUCCUUGUCAUGAAAGAGUAAAAACUGACUAAUAAGUUAUUCAUUUAUAAGAAAUGGAAUUAGAACUAUUUAUUUUGUAAAAUCUUCUAGCCUCACUGACAAUUCUUCAUUGGGUGCUAUUCAAAGUUGUUUGUGCUAGUUCAAUUAAACAAUGAACAACAAGUUGAUGGAGCCAGUAUUACACAAUAUGCACAUCAUCUGAGAUUUAAAGACUGAGAUUUUCUUUAAUGUGCGUCCAGUAAUGCAUAUUGUAUAUUCAUGUUGUUUCCUAGGUGAGGAUCCCGUUUGUUAGGCAGAUAGGGGCCCAGGUUAUUAUCCCCUGUUAGAGAAAACACAGGUUGUGCCAACCAACUAAAUAUUUUCCUUACUUGUCAAUAAUAAAAAUGGAAAUAGUAAUAACUUAGCUAUAAGUCCACAAAAAUAGUCCUUAUGUUCAAAGGUCAAAGAGAGUUCUUGGCAAUGGUGAUGAUGCAACAGGUUUAUCAUUUUAAAGUUAUUUUAUAUACACAUUGGAUCUGCUAUUACUGAGUUGCACUAUUGGAACUCUUUCUUUUUAUAUAUUUCAUAUGAGAUGUACAUGUUCUGAAAUUUCUAAAAGACGUAUCUGUGCUCCCAAAAAGCACCUGGCUGAUGCAUCACUUAUGUUGCCAGAAGCAGCUACAAUUGAGCCAAUAGACAGCUCCUCGUUUGUGAGUGUAUUUUACACAUAGUUUUGAUUUUACCUCUGCCACAAACAAUAUUACACUAUUGUUGUUCUCUCUGUUAUUUAUUGUCAAUUAAUAUCUUGGGACAUGCGUACAUCGGUGAAUACAUUGGGAUUACCUGUUGCAACUAUCAUCAUUGUCAAGAACUCUCCUUGACUUUUUAACAUAAGGGCUAUCUUUGUGGACUUAUAGCUAAGUUAUUACUAUUUACAUUUUUUUUAUUUGCAAGUAAGGAAAAUAUUUAGUUGGUCGGCGUAACCUGUGUUGUUCUUUUUCUCUGUCUGUUUCAUGAUCUUGGAUUGUUAGAGUAUCCAAGUACCAGUGUUUGCUGCCUUUUUUGAGUCAGCGCUGUAUCAAUCUAACUUUUUAUUAUCCCCUCUUCCCUGAGGCUGAUAAUGACAUCAUAAUCACCUUACCCAGUGAGGCGCUGUAUCAACUCCGACAGCUGUGACCAUGGCAAUGCCUACAACGUGUACAAUAUAAGCAAACCGAAUCGAAACAAUUUACGUGAGAUAGCAUGUUCUUCCCACUCCCUCCCCUAAUUCCCCCUCCCCUAUCCCCUAUACCCCCACCUGUUGUUACGUUACCAUAUCUUAAAAUAUAAAAAAGCUGAUGUGCAGUUCUCAAGGCACACAAUGUUAAGAAUAUAUUUAAUUAUGCCAUGUGCACCUACCAUGCCUUAUAACAUCUUAUUGUAUAUCAACCAACUGUAUUACUAUAUAUUGGAACUGAAAAUUGCAAAUAUUUUUUUUUAUUUUUUUAAAAUCUGUAAAUUAUAAAUUGAGCACAGGGCAUAAAUACCAUCAAAUAAAAUACUAAUAAUAGACAUCAUAAUAGGGGCAGAGACAGUUGGAGCAAUCAAAGGUAGAUAACGGCAUUGACACAUGGCUUAAUAGGUUACAUAUAUAACACAUAUAACAGAGUGAAGCUGGACUUCAAUAGGAAGAAUUUGAAUAUUUACAGUAAAUGCUCAAUUGAGCCACAUAGUCAAAUCCAGUGACCAGAAAAUUGCUCUACGUCCACCAAUACCUUAUAGAUACCAUCUUUAAAUUCUGAAGAUAUUUGUAAAUAGAUUAAAGUGAGAAAGUAAGCACUAUAAUUAUUAUAACCCACUUCCACAGUAUAUCAUUGCCUUCUAAGUUGAAUGGCUUAGUGCUUGAUAGUGAGUAAAUAUAAUUAUGUAUUGCAAGUGUGACAGGAGAGGGGCUGGGCCUUUCGGUGCUGGAGAGAACCUGUAAAAUGCCUAUAUACUAAUAUCAUGUAAGUACACUACAAUUAACUAGAGGGCUCAUGGUCUUAGUGUGUCCGUGUAAAGUUCAAUGUUUACAGAAGGGACGCUGGAAUGUUCCCAUAAUUCUCUGCAAGUCCGUUGCUGGCAUAGAACUAUGGGAGUUUUCAUUUUUUUUUUUUUUAAAUCCCUGGCUGAGAGAUUACCUUGUUCAUGAGCGCAUUUAGCCAUAAGGACAAGAUUAGCAAUCUCGUUGCCAACAAGCUAUUCAACAAAUAAUAAUAACAAUAAAAGCUAAAAGGACUAAUUGGAUAUUUAGGAAGAUUCCACAGAUCAUUAAGCAGAACAGAUCUUUCCAGACGUUUGCUGGAAGCAAUGUGAAUUUUUAUUCUUUCCAUCUAUUAUUUUUGUUUGCACAAAUUUGCAUGCAAGUUGAGAAUAUCCGGUUUAAGAUAUAGUAUCUAUAUUUAGAAAAUGCUUUAAUUAACAUAAACAUCAAUAGAAUGAAGAUAAGCCUCUUAUAGAUUUAUACUUGUUAUAUUUAUUAACACGGCGAUGCUAUUAAAGAUUUACUGCUCAUUGUAGGCAAACCAGAACUAUCAUUUAAAUGCUGUGACCCUCUCCUCUCCAUCUGACUUCUGUCUAUGGUUAGUUCAGUGGGAGAUUAAAGUUUGACACAUAUCGGUAUUGGAUCGACAUGUUUAGGAACUAAUCUACAGUACAUGUUUUGGGUCUAAAGGAAGAUGCAGUUAUAGAAUUCUGUAGAAAAAUAGUCAAUAUAAUUGGAAGCAGAACAAACAUCUCUCAGAGCCAUUGCUCCACAGCACCUGCUAUUUUCCAAGCCAAUAGUUCUGCUUUCACACCAUCUACGUAAAGGUUAAAGAGAUUAUUUGCAAACAUGUCAAUAGCAGACAAAAUAUAACUUUUCUUAUUAAAUCACAGUAAUUGUAAUUACACUGUGUCAGCUCCCAAAUUACGUAUCUAAAGGAGUAGUAUAAGUGACUGUAUGUUUAGCCUCCUUUUUUGUACGAUUAAAGCAUUAUAAAUGACACUAAGUGCAAUUAAAGAUCAGCUUGCUAUAGUGCUAUUUAACAUAGUGUUGCCUGGCGUUGUAAUCCCACGCUAUAUUAAUACAUUUUGCUGGUCACAUUUUUGACUAAUGGCUGCUAAAUUCUAUCUACCCCCGAGUAAAAGGUCAGCUGGGUCAAUCAAAGUACUGUAAAUCACGAACGUUGCAAUGACAUUGUGACACUGUUACGCGACAACGUGGCUGUUCUUAAAGAGAAAUAUUUCAUUAAGCUAAAGUUCUUGAUCCCAUCUUGAAUCAUUCAUCUAAUUUUCUCGCUCUAUGAAAAUGAAUCUAUUUCUGAGUUUGCCUGAUAAUUGCAUUACUUAUAAAACAUGUAAUUAAGGCAGCAUAUCUUCACCAUGUUGUGUACCUAGGUCAUUGCAAGGUUUUUAAUUUCAAUUCUUUUUAUUUAAUGAUUUUUUUUGAUACAUUGUAAAAUUUUAAUUAACAAGUAACCUUAUAACAAAACAAUAGAGCACAUUCCUUAAGUGCUUGCCAUGACAAUUAGGUAUAUUUAUAAAUAUUUUAGCAUUUUUUUAAAUAUAUAUAUUUUAUUACAGUAUGCAAGAUUAUGGGUAGGUGUUGAGCGUUUAAGACAAUAGCAUUAUGGAUGGAUAGACAGAUGACCAAACAAGAUAAUCAGGAGAGAGAGAGAUAAAAAUGACCCUUACCAAAACAUUUUCAAGUGAUGCAAACCACAGAAAAGAAUGCACUAAGCUAAGCUAAAAAGUGAGAAACAUAAACAAUUCUGUAACAAAGUGACAUUUUACAAUAUUUGUAAAAGGUCAUAUUGUAAAUAAACCACUGCAUGAAUAAGCUACCUUUUGCACCACCGGUGGAGUACUUACUGUUUUAUUCUGUUGUCUCUUCUUGGGAUUAGUGUAAAAUCCCAUUGGGGAACACCAGUUGCCUAAAUUCUGUGCCAUGAGCAUUGUUCUCAGAUGGCCUAAAUAAUAUAAAACAGUAUCUUGAAAAUGUUUUAUAAUAAUAUUUAUUAAAGCAAGCUAAUGAGUUUGGAAAGCAUGUCUUUGUAUUUACAUUGUGUGUUCUGUACCCGUGUGCACUAAUCCUCUUCAGCUGUGUUGAACAAAUCAAAUAUCAGUCAGUUUAUGGGGAAACAAAUGGACCCUCUCAGAUUGUUUAACAAAUCAAUUCCUUCGCCUAUACAUUAAUAAGGAAUUUGAUUCAUUCACCGCAGCUGAAUGUAAAUUGUGAACGUCUCUUGUUUUUUCUUUAAUACAAUGGUCAUGCGCUUUGUCGUUUUAAUUGCUGUUGAACUCCAUCACAUUAAUCCUGUGCUAGACAAAAUACAACACAACAUUCUGGGAUAUAUAGCUCAGAACAACGUUAGGGCACCCACUCCAAAAUAUUUAAAUGAAGACAUGUAUACCACAAUAUCUAGCAUAUGAUAAGCUAAGACUAACAGAAAAAUAUACAUACAUUUAGAAAUAGUAUCAACACAUUUUUUUUCUUAGAUAUUAGUUAGUCUGUGGUGAAAGUAAUUAAUUAAUAAAUAAUACUCACAGGAUUAUUUACUAAAGUGAAAAUUCAAAGUCAAUUCAAAGUGAAUUUCAAAUUUAAGGCCAGAGUAGCUGACUUAGAGGAUUUUUGCAGUUCAGCCUUGGAGGAUCACUAUGGGAACCUUUACAACAUAAUUGAAUUAAGUUGUUAUGGUAUGGGACGGUUUUGGUGCUUGCUUACCUGAACAGAUUAAACCAGUGCUUCUCAAACAAGACCUCAUGGCCCACCAGCAAUCCAGGAUUUCUGUAUUUCCCUGUUUUAUUCCAAUAGAGAUACUAACAAAACCUUGACUUUUGGUGGGUCUUGAGGACUGAUUUAGGAAACACUGUAUUAAACAGCUGAUGAACGGUUUAACCUCUCAGUCUUCAAUCCAGAACCCAAUUGCUCUGGCCAUUCAUUUCUGUUUAUAGCCCAAGAAUACCAGUAGUUAACCAUUUACAAACCAGAGUUUUGUGAACAGGAAGCUACUUAAUUCUUAUGAAGUUGUUAUGGUGCACAGUGUCCCUUUAAAUUUCAAAUUCACUUUGAUUUCACUUUGAAUUCUCACUUUACUGGAUUACCCUGUCAAUGUCUUCAAAUAUUUAUUCUUAAAUAAUUAAAAUAGUAUUUUGGUACAUUGCGUUUUCAUCGUGACUAUUAUAGUAAGCCAUUCAGCCAGUGCUCAUCCAAUGUCUAUUGGGAACAUUUACAAAAUUAUAUAUAAUGCAUAAUUAUAAUACAUGCUAAUGAAUUUGUUCAAACAUACCUUACUUGCAUUACAAAUUGAACAUUUAGAUUAAGUUCGAAGGGUAGGAUCUUAUUAACAGAGAAUGUUUGCAUAGUAAGUUCAACUCCUUGAAUAUGUGUUGGAAUAUUUUGUCUUUCUACAAUCAAAGUCAAUGCACUGACUUCCCAGUUUGUCAAGAAUUUGAUUCAUAGCAACAUAGAAACAUAGAAUGUGAUGUCAGAUAAGACCCAUUCGCCCAUCUAGUCUGUCCAAUAUUUCUAAAUACUUUCAUUAGUCCCUGGCCUUAUCUUAUAGUUAGGAUAGCCUUAUGCCUAUCCCACGCAUACUUAAACUCCUUUACUGUGUUAACCUCUACCACUUCAGCUGGAAGGCUAUUCCAUGCAUCCACUACCCUCUCAGUAAAAUAAUACUUCCUGAUAUUUUUAAACCUCUGCCCCUCUAAUUUAAGACUAUGUCCUCUUGUUGUGGUAGUUUUCUUCUUUUAAAUAUGGUCUCCUCCUUUAUUGUGUUGAUUCCCUUUAUAUAUUUAAAUGUUUCUAUCAUAGCCCACCUGUCUCAUCUUUCCUCCAAGCUAAACAUGUUAAACAAAGUAUUUAAACAGGAAAGGUGAAUUCAGAUUGCUCUGGUUUUCAAGUACAUCCUGGGGAUGUUACAUUUGCUCCAUAUCCAGGGGAUGUUACUAUUACCCAAUUUAAUGGUACUCAUUUUAAUCACCUCGGAAGUAUGAAGGGCUGAGUUGACCCUGCCGGGAUUUGAACCUGCAACCCAAGGCUUAAACAGAUUCAAUAGAUUCCAUAGGCUGUGAAUAACUAUAACUGGCUUAUGGUGAUCAGUGUUUAAUUGAGGUAAAUGAGCUUACAGAUAAUUUUCUGUUGUUUAGAGGAUGCAGAGAGUAUAAUUCUCAAUAGUACGAAAGAUAUGAAUACCUAAUUUUAUAACAUGUUAUCCAUAGAUGAUGAAUUCCUAUAGAAUUAUGCAUGCACAGACUACUCGGGGGUGCAUAUGAGAGAAGGUGAAAUAACAAAAAAGAAAAACAAUGGAAAUAAAUGGAAAUUAUAUAUUCAAAGCAAAUCCACUGCCAGCUGACUAUAUAAUGCGAUUGGGGGUAACCACCAGCCAGCCCCCAUGUAUUCAACGAGCAGGUACACAAUGCUGGCCUGUUCAGGAAGAGUUUGGGUCUGUCCCGAUGUUUGACUGAGGGUUGCAGUUGGGGUAGAAUGUUAUUAGUGCGCCAUGCUGCAGUUAUGUCCUCUCCACAUGCAGUGGUGGUCUUAUCUCUUGAUAGUAUAAAUACAUUUUAUGUAGCUUAUAUGUCAAAAGAAACACCCAUCUCUCACAGAAAUUGGAUGCAUGUGCAAGUCAGACAGUUGAGCAAUACAUACUCAUUUGUUGCCAAACUCUCUGAUUAGUGAGGUAGACUUAGACUGUCUACCAUAACUAACAAGUUCACUACGAUUGCCUCUCAUCAUGAUAAUCACUCUGUCUUGAUGUCCCACUGUAGGGCUAGUAGUAGUAGUAGAAGUAGAUGUAGAUUAAGAAUUAGGAUUUAGAUUAGAAUUAAGACGAAGCAAGUAUUAAGAUUAAAUUAAGAUCACAUUAUGGGUUACAAUAAUACUUGGUUUAUUUAGUUAGUCCAGGGUCAACAUUUAGGAGGAAAAACUAUUGUUAUUUCACAAAUGGAAUGACUUGAUAGGGCUACUUUGAAUUGUGGGGCCUGCUGUUCCACAACAAGUUGACAUGGGUCUGGAAAAUCAGUCCAUCCAAAUCAGUACAUGCCUACAAUUUGAAAAUGAUCUCCUGGAAACCUGGCUAAGAUAUACAUGGGAAUGUUGCUGUACUCUGGAAAUCCAGAAUAUACAAAUAUGUUCUCUGCAAUAGUAGAACACACUCAAUGUUAUUUCUUAAAGUGAGAAUUGAAAGUGAAUUACAAAUUUCAGGUUGAAGUAGCUAAACUGAAAGCGUAGCUAACUUAGAGAAUGAUUCAAUUUCAGUUAUUUUUACCCUAAAAUAAACCAAAUAAAAAGUUGAUUUUAAGAUAAAAAUACCUGGAUGGGAAUCAUUCUCUAAGUUAGCUAUGUUAUGGUUGGUUUUAUGUUGUAGAGUUUACUGAGCUUUUACACAUGUGAGGUGCAGCUUUUAGUAGCAAAUAAUUUUUUUUAUUAUAUAUUUUUAGCGCCAUCUCUUUUCACUUUUUUUUUUUUUUUUUGGUAAUAGCUCUUUUAACCUUGAAUUUAAAAUUCGCUUUGAAUUCUCACUAUAGGGAAUAACCCUUACAAUCGUUUUGGAUAGAAAAAGAUGUGUGAAAUGUUCAACUUGAUGGACGUGAGUCUUAUUACAACCAGACUUUUUACACUCUAGACAUGUGUAGCAUAGUUGUGAGUGAGAUCAGGUUAUUUAAAAUCCAAGAUAACUGAUGUUUUUACUCUGCUAUUAUUUAGAGCGUCUACCUGACACAACUCCUGUUGCAGCAUUAUUUGUUUGGAUUUUUUUUUGAGGGUUUUUUUGGGACACUAUAGUCACCAAAACAACGUUAGCUUAAGGAAGCAGUAUUAAUGUAUAGUCAAUGAUCCUGCAGUCUCACUGCUCAAUUCUCUGCAAUUUAGGAGUAUUGUGUUUCUGGCCAUGCCGCCCUAGUCACACCUCCCCUGGCUGUGACUCUCACACCAUGCAUGGAAAAUAAAUGGUUUCACUUUCAAUUACAUGUAACUUAGUUUAAAAGUUCUUAUUGCCUGCUUUCUAAAGUGAACUUUAAUUAUACACAGAAUGCGUCUGUUGGGUCUAGCAAGCGAUCAACAGUGCAGGGGAUAAUACAUUUUAAAUUAAAUAGAAUUUGCAAUGAAGAAAGUAAACAUUAGCUGACUCUUUACAGGACAUUUGUAGGACGGUUGUACAAGUCACAUGCAGGGAGGUGUGACUAAGGUGCAUAAAUAAAGUGAUUAAACUCAUAAAUGGCAGAUAAUUGAGCAGUGACACUGCAGGGACUAUAGUGUGCCUUUAAAUAAUUAUGUUAGAUAGGGAUUAAUAUGUUACCUUCCACAGUGAAAUGGGUAUGCCUGCUUCAAUUAGUGUUUUAGGUGUUUUCUUGUGCAUGAAUGGUGAAGGAUUAAGGUUACAGGUGAUGUAAGAUAGCCCCAGCAACAUAUUGUUUGUUAGUUUACUGAUACCCUUCUUAUUCUUACAAGUUCCUCCAAAACCUCUGAUAGAACUCUGACUGUGAUCCUUUAGUACAUUUUCUAGAAGUGUUCCUCACUGAGGUAUGGAUUGUUGGCAAUUCAAUGUGAAAUCCAAACAAAAUUUCAACUUUCAGGCCAGUAAAGUAUAGCCAAACAGACCAAAGUCAAUCCAGAGUCUCUUAGAGAUUACAUUGUUACAAAAUAAAAGCUUCGUGUUAAUUAAUAGGAUUUUAUUUCUGUGCAAAUUCUAUAAAAUGUUUUUAUUUCCAAACAAAUUAUAAUCUACCCCAUUUUGAAUGCAAUUUGCUUUUGAAUGUGAAAUAGUCACUUAACACCUAUAAACUAUAUAUAUAUAUAUAUAUAUAUAUAUAUAUAUAUAUAUAUAUAUAUAUUAAUGAAGUAUACUUUCUUGGCAAUUUGAUAAUGUUUCCAUACAUUGAAAUGUAUUUUAAACAAUUAAUUCCCUAAAUCCUGUAGAAAUUGUUGUUCAUCCAGCUAAAUUUCCUUUUCCUACAUCACAAAUAAACUGUUUUAGCCUUAUUUUAAGAUUAAGCCAAAACAAUGAUUGUUUUUGGCAAUUAUUUCAUCAAACUCACAUUUCCUGUUUUCAGCACUGGUUUAUAAAUUUUUCUAAAAUGAAACUUGAGCAGCCAAUCUGGAAGAUAAAUCCUGAUACUUGCUAAAUAAUAUUAAAAACUCAUCAGAAAAGUCAUAAAAUGUACGACAAAGUCACACGAUCACAAAUACCUUCAGAGGACAUACCUACAGAGAUCGCUUCACAACUCAGAGGACUUGGUUAUUGGGUUUCCCUGAUGGAGAUUAUCAAGAUAUAUAGUAAGGUGUCUAGCAGGCAUAUAGCAGCCUGUUUUUGGUGUAAAUAUCAGAAGGACCAUUCAUCACUUCCACCGAGCUAUAUAAUGCCAAUCAAGCUAUCUAAUGGAGCAUGACACGACUUACAGACCAAAGUUUAAAUUAACCCUUUUAAUGCCACCGAAGGUAGAGGAGUAAUGUGCUGCUCUUUUACGUGGGUCUGAAAGGCUAAAAAAAUACGCUUUAUAAAAUUAAUGAUAAAAGAUGUCCAGGGUCUAUGCCCUUAUACUCAUCACACAGAAAGCCCUGCAGAAAAUAAAGUGGUUUGGGUGCAAUGCAGGGCUCGAGUCCUGCAGGAACGCAUGGGAACGGCGUUCCUGCACUUUUUCCAAAGCAGGAACGCCGUUCCCGUUACCUGUCCUGCAGGACCGGCCCUGCUACCUGCACAGAGGGGCCAGACACGCUGUGUUCCUUCUCCAGCUCUAACUCUCGCGAGACCCGCGGCUGUUACCAUGGCAACGCUCCGCACAGGCAAGUCUCGCGAGAGUUAGAGCUAGAGAGGGAACACUGCGUGUGAUGACCUCUCUGUGCAGCGGCUGGCUCCCUCCAGCAUACCACCGGACCACCAGGCGAUCUCCCCCCUCCCUGACAAGGUAAGAAGCAGGGAGGGGGGGAUAAAAUAAAAAAUAUACAUACACAUAAAGUUUUAAAAAAAAUGCUACCCCCCCACCCACCCAUCAUCCAGCACACAUACACUCACACACCCAUCAUCCAGCACUCACACACCCAUCAUCCAGCACUCACACACACAUCAUCCAGCACUCACACAAACACCCAUCAUCCAGCACACACACCCAUCAUCCAGCACUCACACAAACACCCAUCAUCCAGCACUCACACAAACACCCAUCAUCCAGCACUCACACACACAGUCAUCCAGCACACACACACACACAUCAUCCAGCACUCACACACACACAUCAUCCAGCACUCACACACACAUCAUCCAGCACUCACACACACAUCAUCCAGCACUCACACACAUCAUCCAGCACACACACACACAUCCAGCACUCACACACACAUCAUCCAGCACACACACACAUCAUCCAGCACACACACACAUCAUCCAGCACUCACACACACAUCAUCCAGCACUCACACACACACAUCAUCCAGCACUCACACACAUCAUCCAGCACACACACACAUCAUCCAGCACUCACACACACACCAGCACAUCAUCCAGCACACACACACAAUCAUCCAGCACACACACACAAUCAUCCAGCACACACACACAUCAUCAUCCAGCACACACACACACAUCAUCCAGCACUCACACACACAUCAUCCAGCACUCACACACACACACACAUCAUCCAGCACUCACACACACAUCAUCCAGCACUCACACACACAUCAUCCAGCACACACACACAUCAUCCAGCACUCAUCCAGCACACACACACACAUCAUCCAGCACACACACACAUCAUCCAGCACACACACACACAUCAUCCAGCACACACAGACACACAUCAUCCAGCACACGCACACACAUCAUCCAGCAGCACACACAUCAUCCAGUCACACACACGUCAUCCAGCGCGCACACUUGCAUUCAUUAUACACACUCUUCACUCACUACAAACACACUACAUUCACUAUACACCCUCCGCAUUCACUAUACACACUCUGCAUUUAUUAUGCACAUUCUGCACUCACUACACACUACAUUCACUAUACACACUCUGCAUUCACUACAAACACACUACAUACACUGCAUUCAUUGUACACACUCUGCAUUCACUAAAAACACACUGCAUUCAUUGUACACACUCUGCAUUCACUAAAAACACACUGCAUUCAUUGUACACACUCUGCACUCACUAAAAACACACUGCAUUCAUUGUACACACUCUGCAUUCACUAAAAACACACUGCAUUCAUUGUACACACUCUGCAUUCACUAAAAACACACUGCAUUCAUUGUACACACUCUGCAUUCACUAAAAACACACUGCAUUCAUUGUACACACUCUGCACUCACUAAAAACACACUGCAUUCAUUGUACACACUCUGCAUUCACUAAAAACACACUGCAUUCAUUGUACACACUCUGCAUUCACUAAAAACACACUGCAUUCAUUGUACACACUCUGCAUUCACUACAAACACACUACAUUCAUUAUACACACCCUGCACUGCACUAUAUGCAUAGGAGUGUAAUUUUUUUUUUAAAGGGGGGGCGGCGGGAAUCUUGGGUGAGUUCCCACACUUUUUUCCCCAGGACUUGACCCCUGGUGCAAUGUAAUUGAUUCCGUUACACACUAAAAUAAAAACUGGUAGCCACAUAUAAAAGCCAUGUCCCACUAAACAACUAUUUAUUUUGUAAACUUCUAGCAGGGUAAUCUGGAUUUGUAUUUUAUUUAUAGAAUUGUUUUGGGCAGAGGGUGUUAUUUUCAGUUAGAUAUAUGGUUUGCAAAUUGCAACCAUUUUGUACUAACUAUAAAUGUGCUAGAACAUGAGGGGGACUUGUUUUGGCCAAGAGUAUUUUGAAUAACGAAAAUAAAGCUCUGACCACCCCCUUGGUUAAUACGGGAAGCUAGUGGACCCCUUGUCUUCAAAAAAAUAAGUAAUUAAAUACACCUACUAAUGCUGAGUUCUGAAGGAGUAUAGUUUUUUUAUUGAAUUGUUUUUUAUUGAGUUAAUACCAUAAGAACUGUAUGCAGGAUAAGUAAAUUGGUAUGUUGGACUUGUAAUUGUGUAUUUAUUUUUCUUUUUUUACUUCUCUUGCACAUUAAAAUGUAUUUUUCCAUACAGCAUAUUACUCCACUUUUUUUUUUUCAAAAGCCUGUUUUGUUCUGGAGAUUUUUCUACUUAUAUCGCUAAUAAACUGGGAAAGGAAGGGUUUGGACAACACCAACAUAUCUAUGUUUCGAAGCAUUCUGGAGACAUUGCCAAUUAAAAUGACAUCUUUAGUUUUUUUACAGCCAAUGCUUUCUCCAGCCAGCAAACAAAAGGUGGCCAACGGAGAGAAAGAAGUAUCCAACAAUGGUUCUAUUGGCUAGAGUUCCUCUCAUCUGCGGACUUCACUAGGUUCGUAAGCGGCUAACUGGUCUAUAUUCACCAUAUCCCAGGAAGCAGAAAUUGUCAUCAACACUUUACCCACUCCAGGAUGUAUCCUAGCUGAUCAGAACCAUCUCACUCUUCUUUAUGGAGUUAGCCAUGUUUACCAGAGCACUGUGAGAAUUCAGGUGUGAAAUUUCUGUGAAAAACUUCUGCUCAAGGCAGAGAUUUCUUGUAUUUGUAGACAGUGGUGUACACACAACCCAUGGGGCCUGGUGCGAGAACUGGUCCGUGGGCCCCCCUCCUGCAUGCUUACUCUGCAUGGGCUGGGGCCGCAAGACAUGGCGGUGGGCACCUGGUCGCAGGGGUUGCAGGGCUGUGACCCCAGUGACCGCGGUAUGUACGCCAGUGCAUGCAGAUACACAUACACUUAAAGGACCACUACAGACACCCAGAUUACAUCAGCUCAAUGAAGUGGUCUGGGUGCCAGGUCCCUCUAGUUUUAACCAUGCAGCUGAAAACAUAGCAGUUUCACUGAGGGUUAAUCCAGCCUCUCGUGGCUGUCUCAUUGACAGCCGCUAGAGGAGCUUCCGCGAUUCUCACUGUGAAAAAUCACAGUGAGAAGACGUUGAACGUCCAUAGGAAAGCAUUGAGUAAUGCUUUCCUAUGGGCGGUUUGAAUGUGCACGCCGCUCUUGCCACGCAUGCGCAUUCGGAGCUGAGAGGCGGAUCGGGGCGGAGAAGGGGGUAAGUGCUUAAGACACACAUAUUCUAAUGAACAGACGCAUACAGACUAGCUAACAGACACACACAUUUUAAAUUAAUCCCCCCCAGCCUCCUUAACUUUGGGAGUGCUGAGGGGAUUCCCUGGGGUCCAGUGGUGCUCCUGGGCGGCCGGUCCUGCGGGCUGGCUGGCUGGCGGGCGUGCGUGCGAGGGAGCACUCUCCGUAGAGUGCUUCCUGUUCAGCUCCCUCGCGCGCCGCUGACUGAUACCGGAGCUGGAAGAUGACGUCAUCUUCCGGCUCCGGCAUCAGUGCGGUCCGCGAGGGAGCUGAAUAGGGAGCACUCAGAGGAGAGUGCUCCCUCGCGCUGACCGCCAGCCAGCCUGCCCACCGGGUGACACCAGGGCCAGCCUCGGAGGGCCCUGAGGUGGCCAGCUCCUGGGCCCCCCAGGAGAAGAGGCUGGCCGCACUGGCAUACAUACCAGGUUGCAGGGCGGCCGGGCCCCGUGGUGUCCCCGGUAUGUACGCCACUGUUUGUAGAUCAGUUAUCAGCAUAAACCUUGAAAACUCGAAAGCUGUUAGCUGAAUCACUACACCUCACAAAAACCUUUGCUAUUAUUUCUAUAUUCUAUUCUGACGACAUUCACCAUCUUAGGUUCUGCAGAAGAGGAUGGGUUGUCAAAAAGGGAGCUGCAUGAAGCUACUGCAACAUUCUCAAAUAAUAUUUUUAGAAUGUGCAUAGCAUGCAAGAAAAAGGCAAAAUAAGAUAAACAAAAUAGGCAUGCAAAAAUACAGCACAUUAUCUAGGACAAAACUACUAGCAAAUUGAAUUAAAGUUGUCUUGGUUCCUUGAGUGUCUCUUUCAUGUAUUUUAUUUAAAUCAAAUGAGAUCUGUUUGUAAUAUAAGCAGUCUCUAAACAGGAUAUAAAUUUAGGCAAGUUUUAAAAUGUGUGAACGACUUAAUUUUAAAUUAUUCACAGAAGUCAUGCUUUUGGCUGAUUUAUAUGCACGACAAUUAACCUAGCAAGGUAAGAUAGACAGAUCAUGCUUCAAACUGAUAUAUUGUAUACAAGCGAUAUCAUUUUGCAAGCGUAGUCCAUAAGCUAACAGUUAAAUUAAACCUAAAUGACGUAUUAAGUGAAAUCCGAAUUAAUGUUUUAGCACAUCUUUAAUGGACUGUAAUGUCGCUAAUCUGUUAAUAUCAGCAUAAUAGUACUUUUUUAUCUCAACUUACAUUGAUGGAUAGCAUUUUGUUGAUCAUCUAUGACGAAGUUUUAAUUGGAGUUAAUCAAGCUAAUAUAACAAAGAGAGAAGACCUUUUUUUUAACCAAGCUGGCACAUCAUGUAAAAUAUUCCGUAGAAUUAAAGGAACACUAUAGAGUUCAAGUCACAGUCACUAUAAAAUUAAUAAAAUAAAUGAUUUACUUACCUUUUUCCAGCAACUGAGCUCCUUCGGUACUGCUUGGUUCUCCUCCUUCAGCGACAUCAUGGAGGAGACAUGAUCUUCUCCAUGAAGGUCCAAUGCAAUGCUUCUUAAAGCAUUGGGGACUUAGCACGCUUGUGUGGCAAUGUUUUCCUACGGGGCUUCUGCAGUAAUGGGUUUCAAUGCAGGCACGCUCACAUCAGAGCUGACUGCAUUAAAUAUAGAUGUCGUUUGAUGUCCUUAUGCUAAGCGUGAGGAUGUCCAAUGUUAAAAAGUGGAGUUUAAUCCACAAAGAAAGACUCUAGAGGUAGGAUUUGCACAUAAAAAACAUUGCGGUUUCUCCAAAACUGCAGUGUUUUCUUCACAGGGCUAAAAUGACAGGGGCAAGGCUACCAGACCACUUUAUUUCAAAGAAGUGGUCUGAGUGCGUAUAGUGUCAUCUGUACUUAAAUGAAGGAGUCACUAGUUAAGGUUUUGAAUAAUUGGGAUGAGCAUAGGAGUGGCUCCACCUCUAACAGCAGUCCAAAUGGGGAUCCACAUUUUGGCACUCCAAAUGGGGAUCCACACCUCGGCUAAAGAAAAUUAAGUUUAUUAACACAACACAUAAAGUCAAUGUGGGAAAUGUACCAAAGUGUCACAGAUAAGAUUUUUGUUGUUGUUUUUAGUGCAGUUUAUUAAAUUUUUUGGUGUGUUUUUUUUUUUUUAUCUGUUGCUUCUUUUGCACCCAAACUUUCAUUUUAGAUACAAGUCAUUUUUAUGGUGACCCAAUAGAUCUAUCAAUCUUACCAUCACUUUUUCCACCGCAAAAGAGUUUAGAUUCACUUCUCUUUUUCACUGGAAAUUCUGUGGUCUUUGGUACUGAAAUAGAUAUUCCUGCAAACUAUUUACAUAGAGGAAAGCCAAUGCCUUUUAGGUCAUUUAACAUAUAUGAACAGAAUAAAGAAAAUAAAUGACACCUUUCAGAAAUGUCUGAUAAAUCUCUCUGGUGCGUCUGAAAGUAAAGACUUCUAGCUGUGUUUGGUUUUGUCUUUACAAAAAUAUUUGUAAGAUAUAAGAGGGUGAUGUAAAAAGGUUAAAUAAAGUGAAAUGAAAUAUUUCAGAUUGCCAUUCUGGUCUUUACUGUGAGCUAACUAGAAUAUUAGCAUAAUAGAAUAUUUCAGGAAAAUGUACUCAUUCUACACGUCUAUAUUAUGAAAUAGAAAUACAAUUACAAAUAUAGUGGAAGUAUGAUACAUACGCGUGAUAUUAAUAUAUAUUUUUCAAUUUUGCUCAUUAGUAUUAUAUGUACACACUUUAGUUUACUUAUACGAUGUAUAUUAGACACUGUGUAUCAUUUGAAAGAUAUCAUCAUAUCACCACCUACAAAGUGAUUUUUAUGACUAAUCUAUCAACUGGUUAAUAAAUAAUUUCAUUUAUUAGAGCUUGAAAUGUGUUGGAGAUAUGUGGGAAGAUUUUACUAACAACAAAAGUUUUAAAAUCAGAAAUAAGUCUGAAAGAACAUGUAACAUAUACAGUGUAACACAUAAAUAUUAAUAUUCUUUCACAAUAUUAAUACUUUUUUAAAAGUGACAUUUCAGUCCUUUAAUUUCGCUUUUAUUGAGGCUAAACUUUUUUAUGGUGUGAAUAACACUGUGAAGUAUAGGGUUCUAAAUCACAGGAAGCACCCAUGUCCAGGCCUGCCCAAGAGUAGUGCAUAGCAGCAGCUCCUGCCAUUGAUUUUGUUUCCUACAUGUUACUGAUAUGUCAACAGGAGAGACAGAAAGAGAGUGUGUUUAGUGUGAAGAAUGCAACUCACACCAAUAUCAGUUAGUCCAGAAAAUGUAAAUGCCCUAAGAUUACAGAAAUCCUAACCCUAGCUCUAAGCGUAACUCAAAUCCUAGCCCUAACCUCAACUCUAACUUUAACCAGGAAUAUCUAUUCUAGUCUUUAGCAUUAAACUAACCCUAACUCAAACACCAAGCCUUAACCCUAGCCCUAAAUCAUACGCUUGCUCCUAUCCUAGCCUUAACCCUAACUCUAAGUCUAAACCAAGCCCUAAACCGAAUACAUAAAAAAAUCACAUAAUAGUAAGCAUGUAUCAUGGGUAAACAUGGUGUCUGGUUUGAUGACUUCAGAAUUCUAUAAUACAUUUUAGCUCAAAUCCACCACUGAAAUGAUAAAAAGUGAGAUAGCUCAGUUGAUAAAUUCCCUUACUACAGAGCCUGUUCAAAAAACUAAAGGUCACCGGAUCAACUCAACUCUUCAUCCAGAUGCCAGUUUGGUUAAUUCCAAGAGAAUGCGCAGCAACAUGAUUUGAGACUCACUGGGAGAAAGGCGUUAUAUAAAUACAAGUAAUUAUUAUUUAUAGAAUUCUAUGUACUCCAGUUAUUAGUGACACGUACCUUUAUGGAAAAACACUGAAUUGUAAUAUAACUGUAAGCAGUACUUAAUUUAGUUCUAAUCCUUACACUACCGGUGAUACACAUAAUUGUCACUCUCUGCAUUAUUUGUGUUGUGUAUAGAUUAAUCUAUAAUAUAAUGCAAUUUAUUUGAAUUAAAUAAAAAUGUUAAUUACUGUUUCCUAAUGGUGCACUAUGGCCACCAUAACUACUUAAUUUUAUUGACGUAAUUAAGGUAUCUGGAGUAUAUUAAUGCCGCCAAACUGUAUUUGAAUAGUUUAAAAGUCUCAGAGUGUCUCUGGGUCCGUCCCCUAACCCCAAUCCAUACCAGAGAUGGGCACUCAGCUGAUGCUCUGACGAUUGUCAUCCUUUACUCUUCGGUAAAUAAAAAAAAAAAAACUGCAAGCACACAGCGUCCAUUUUUACGUGUUAAUGAUUUCAAAACAAUUUAAAAGUGAACAUUGGUACGGUGCCAGGGUACUCCAGGUACCAUAACUACUUCAAUAUGAUGAAGCGUUUACGGCACGUAGAGUAUCCCUUUAUUCAAAGUUUAUUCACACAUUUACUUUAGUUACUAGAUGUCAUAUUUACUGUACGUUUUUUUAAAAAUAGAAUAAACAGCCAGGCAUAGUUGUCACUGCAUAUAUGUGCGUGUAUUUAGUCACCAUAACAGGAUGACACAAUAAUCCCAGCUGGCUGUUAAUUCUAUUUUUGUUGAUACUGGAGGUGGGGGUUGAUUAACCAUUGUUCACCGAGCGAGCCUCUCUGGAAACCUGCAUGCCUUUCUUUUUUUUUUUUAAUGAACUUUUUCUCUUUGCAGUAGGGAUCUUCAUUAGAGCUCUGUCUUUUACAAAGAUCACUGAACAGUGAGGACCCCCACCCCAUCCAGUUCCCAUGUGCAGCAGAGACAGAUUAACUAUAAGCUGACCUUAAAUGGUGGCCUAGGAUCCAAGGGCUCUAGAACCAGGAAAUUGAUUGGCCUCAUUCACCAUCCCUAUGUGAAGAAUGAAGGGCAAACUACUAAUAUGCCUUAGGUAUUGAGGGAUCUUCAAGGGACACUAAUGGCACCCAGACCCCUUUCAUCUCAGUGAAUUGGUCUGGGUGCCAUGUCCCUGUACUUUUAUACCUACAUAUGAAAACAUUGCCUACAUAUGAAAACAAAUGCUUCUGAUGAAAUAGCCAUGUAAAACUCAUAGAGGCCAUCUGAUUGUUGCAGUCCUGCAUUGCACGCAAGCAUACUAGCCUCGAAUGUGGUUUCUAUAUGAAAGCUUUGGAUUGGCUGAGAUCAUUAAUGAGCUGAAAUAAGACACACGAAGAUGCCUUUCAGAUGAUUUAACUGACAAAAGAUAAAUGAAUGAUGAAAAACUCAGAGCCUUGCUGCAGAUACUAAAAACAAAUCUGUUUAAAAAAAUGUUUUAUUGGAAAUUAAUUACAUUCUGUAUAUAGUCCUCUAGCUAAUUUAACUAAAGAAAAUAUGGGUUAAUUUUCCUUUAACAAUGAUUCCCAAAACAUAUCUUUCCAUCCCUAAGUAUGAACAAAAGUUUCUAUCUUAAUGUAACACUCGCUGCUGUGCAACUGCUGUGCAACUUCAGGUUCUGGGUUCUCAUAGCAAUCUAUCCUUACUUGUAUUUAUCAAACAAUGCUUUGAUUUACACUUCCUGGAAGAAGUGAAGAAGUGAUGUUAGAUACCCGCCUGAUAUUUAGUUUGCAAUUAACUUCUUUUUUUUUUUUUAUGUGGACAUUUAAAAAAAAAAAUGGGAAAAAUAAAUGCUAAAAUAUACACAGAGAAAUCCAGCUGAAUAUUAAUUCCUGGGGUGACAAGGAAAGAAAACCUGUAUAAAUUAAAUAAUUUGUAUAAUUCUGAAAAAUAAAAACCAAACCUUGGAUGAUACAAAAAAUAUACAUAUAGAAAUUGUAAUCUCUUCUACAUAAGUUACCUUGUUUUACUGAAAUGACAGAGUUCCAUUAAUACUAGGUCAGCAUUAAUAUUGAAGCAUCGUGGGAGCUGUAGUUUUACAGCAAAUGGGGAACUGUCUAAAUUUUAUGAGAAAUUUAAGCUGCAAAUAUGCUCUAGUACACUUAUCCAACAGGUUUUUCAAUUCCUAAGUGUGCAAUUUGCCACAUAUGAGUACAUUGACCACUGGUUGCUCCUUGUUCUUUUACAAAGUGAAUGAGAAUCACUCCGUCAAGUUAUCCCUCAUCAGUUUUUAUUAAUUUGCUCAAGCGCUUCUUUUCUAAUUCAUAUUUUAUUUUUAAUAAUUAAACUGUCAGCUGCAGCAUGGAUUCUAUAUUACCAUAGCUAUGGUCUGCAUGUCCUGUAGCUCCUGCCCAUUUCUAAUGAAAACCAUCAUUAAUUUCAAGUAGGAGUUGAACUUGGGUCCUUUUGAAAUCAUUGGAAGCACCAUGAUUAGUUGAGUGGUCUAGUCAUCUCCUUCUGGUUUCAGCCUCUGAUCCUGUGGCAUUGCUACAAACAGGCUACAUCAAUUCAUGUUAAAACAUUUUGAAAUGCAUUUUCGAUUAUUUUAAUGUGUUAAUGCUCUACUACAGGGGUAGGCAACCUUUUAGCAGCACUGUGCCGCUAUAGGAUUGUGAUGUCCCGUAGCGUGUCGGUCCUAUUUUUUUUUUUAAAUUGAGGUGUGUAUGUUGCCGUAUUCUGCUUGUGUUAUUUAUACUGUAAUUGCUUUGUAUCAUUGUAUUUGUGUGUAUAUGAGCUAUUAUAUUGUAUAUGUUCAUUAGUAGUUUAUGGUAUUGUGUAUGAUACAUAUAAAUGUGGGCUAUAUAUGAGGGCUGCUUGUGGAAUUGUGUGUGGAUGGAUAUGUCACAUUGUGUGUUUGGUAGUGUGUGUGGGCUGUUUGGGGUAUUGCAUGUGAGAGGCUGCAUGUGGGGUUGUUUGCCUGUAUGUGGAUUGUUAGUGGCUUAUGUUUGUGCAGAUUGUGUGUAUGUUUGUGUGUGGGCUGUUCAUAUUAUUUGUAUGAGGGGAGGGUUAUUCUGCAUUUCUGUGUAUAUCUAGCAGUCUGGGUGGCUUCCCUGGGUUCCAGUGGGGACCAGGCUGGCCAGGUACAGGUCAAGGACAGGAGCAGUAACAGCAGCUGCAGGCUGCUCUACUACAGUGUGGAUUCCCAUUCACAAGUGCUGGAAGAAAGUGAUCUGAGAUCACUUCCUCUAUGUGCUGCAAUGCAAAAAAAAAUUGAGGAUUGUCCUUCACCACCUUUUCGUAUUAGCAUAUAUCUGAAGUUUCACUGGGACUUCUGAUGGGUCAGAGCUUGUUUGGCUCUAGCAGCCUUGAGUGCCGUGCAAAUACACCUUGAGUGCCGUGCAUGGUACUAGUGCCGUAGGUUGCCUAACCCUGUUCUACUGCAUAGAACGGGUUUAAAAAGCCACAAAGGCGUGUCCUUUUAAUGUAAACAUCAGAAAAUAACUAAACUAUGAAAAAUGCUUGCAUAAUAUUCUAAAACAUCUAUUGAUAUUUUGUACAUCUCUAUCAUGCUACUCUACAUGUCAAUAUUAUUUUUCGACAUAAGUAGCUAUGAAAAACAUACCACAUGUGUAAAAAGGGUCUGUCUAUAAAUGCUCAGAUUUUGUAGAUUACAUCAGUAGCACCCAAAGAACAAAACAUUAAAAAAUGACUUGCCCAAAUAAAUAUUUCAAUUUUAAUUACACAUUUCAUUUCACAGUACAGACCUUUAGAUGGAAAUGUGGCCAUCUCUGCUAGGUGAAAACUUUGCAGCUUUAAUGUUUACUACAGUAAAAACAUAUAAUCUCCAUCCAUUUUGGAUCUGGACUGCCCUUUUGGGUGAGGUUAGUCUGAUAUAUAAAUGGAAGGUUCUCUGUGAAACAUCAUGAGGGAGGUAAGGCUGGCUAGAGGCCUGAGUGAAGACCCAUCAAAGGUCAAGUUGUUGUCCAUCCUCAGGAUUCUCGUGCAUUAUGUUUUAGUUUUGAAUUCCAAAUAAUGUCUAUGUAGAUCCGCCUUUGGAAAAGAUGCUCUUAGCAGGGCGUGAGUAACCUGAGUUUUAGCAUACUUGAAAGUCCAAGCCAGUGGCUUCCAAAUCAGUCCUCAAGUCACAUCUACCAGUCCACUAUUUAGGGAUUAUCCAGUUAUCUCUAAGGUGUUUUUAGAAGGAAAAAAAAAACACAUUGACACAACUAGGAUAAUCCCUAAAUGCCUUGAGGACUGGUUUGAAAACCACAGGGCUGUGUAGACCCUAAUGGUAGAAAUAAAAGAAAAGUAGAAAAGUGAAAUGGUAUUUACUGAUUUCUCUUUAAUAUUACUCAUAUUCCAUGCUCAGAAUAAAGGGCACAACAUGCACAUGACAAUGUAGGAUCUAGCCUCUGAGGGAGUUCAAUAAGCAGCAGUGAUAUAGCUCAGUUGGUUAAUGUAGCAACCAUUUCUAUGAAAAUGCUGCCAGACCAUUCUCCUCAGCAUCAAAUUAAUUUUUCACCCACUUUAAGCUGUUGAAAUUCUAUGAAACUGAGUAAUGAUAACAUAUAUUCCCGGGAAAUAUUUGAAAACAACAGAAGAAUCAAAAUAUUUUUAGUGUUGAAACACUAGAUGUAAUAAAAAAAUAUUCUUUUAAAUAUGUGUUGUGUUUUUUUACUUUUAUUUGGUAUGUAUAGAGCGCAAAUAAUGUGGAAGGCUCUUUCUUAAGGUAGGAGUAUUAUGUGUUAACUUAAACCAUAACAAGGUCCUUCAAGGUGAUGAAACAAAUAGGCAUUCAUUUGUUUUCUGUAAACCGGGGAAUAUAUUUUCCGCUUUUGAUCGUUUAAGUGAUAAGUAUAAUUCAAACACAAGAAAUAUGCUCAUUGUUUUGGGAACAUUCAGUGAUAGAAUGAUUGCAAGACUGCUAAUAUGUUGAAUUCUGUCAGAAUGAUGAACAAACUAUCUAUAAUGCUGUGUUUUUCUGCCCAUAAUGAAUGAAAAAUGGGCUUGGCUCACUCAGUCCAAGGUGCCGUAAAGCAUAAAAAUUAUCUCCGUGGUAUGGGGUAAAGGUCAUGAGCAGAAAGACCCUGUGGGAACAAAUUUCUCACCCCUUCUAUUUAGAAAUGGGACUUAAAAUCACAUUAUUAUUUUUUCUGGUUUAUAUGUGAUAAAACAAACAGUUUAAUUAUGUAUAAAACUAACAUGACAAAACAAUGUUCUGUGAUUUAUUUAUUUUUUAUAAAAAAAAAAAAAUCGAAGUGUGAAACUCGUAUUUGCAAUGUUAAAUACAAGAAAGGCAUUUAAUGUUAUAAUAAGAUGAAAAUUUAUGUUCAGGGAGAUAAAAGCUAUUACACAUGAAUGGCUGAUUUUUCAAAGACAAUAAAUUAAAUUACUGUCCUUACCUGAAAACAUCUGGCACCUUUUCAUCUAGGUUCACAUAGUUAAAAUGUUUAUUAAGGGAAUUAUAUAGCGGCAUGGUUGAAUUAUUUUUAUGUGAACGACUUAACAAUUUAAUUUGCUAUGUGCCGCAUCAGGUAGAAGAAAAUUUAAUCAGAUUUGAUUUGUUUUAAAUAGAGUUUAUGUUUAAUGUAUUAAUUUGAUGUACAGUGGAUUUGAAAAAGGCAAAUUAAAAAGAGGAAAAUAUUGCACCUGUGAUAAUUAAAUGUCAUAUCCUAAAUUAGAAGGUAAAGUAAAAAGAGAAAGACGUCACAAAUGUGGUUAGACUACAACUCCCAUAAUUCUCUGCUAGUCAUAGUCUUGCUAAGCAUUGUGGGAUUUUAACUAAAAGGGAGCACUAUUCCACUGAAAAUGCUUAAAACAACACUUUGGAGCACAUUUGUAAUGAUUCUAUUACAUUUUUACCAAAAUAUAUAUGUUAAAAUAUCAUAUGAACUAAAUUUAAUGCAUUUUUUUUUUCAGGAAGUUUAAUCUUCUACAUACAAGAGAAAAAAAACAAUACAAUCAAAUUUACUGACAUUUUAUCUCACAAACAAAAGCACAACAGGAACAGACUGGCUAAUUCUUAUCCCCAUGCUAAAACCAGGGUAAUAUUUAUUUAGCGUGACUCUUAGAUACCAGCAUAGGAUAUUGGACUGUUUGUGACGUCCUAACCAAAAGAACGUUUAAACCAUAAUUUAAAUAGUGAAAAGAAUUAUCACAAGAAACAUCCAAUUCCUUCUAAAAGUCUAACAACUAAGCAAUUAGCCUACGACUCACACAACAAAAAUGUUAAAGGAAGACAGAAAAAAUGCAAAAUGUGCAUAUAUGUACAAUGUUAACCAACAUCUUGGCUUGGUGCUUUCCCAUGAGGUUUCCAAGCAGGUGUUUAUUACAUUCUAUCUGGGCUGCACCAGGAGUGUAGGAGUGAAGCCCACCCAAAAUAAGCAGUCAACCUGUUUAAAAAUGGUUUGGUAACUUAUCCGAGGACUAUAGGGAACCCAUCGCCACCUACUCUGCUGCCAGAAGCUCUUUCGUAGGUUCUUCGGUUCAAUAAAACCAGGCAGGUUAAUGAGACCGUUGUAUUUGCUAUGUCUACUUGACCCCUAGAAUUAUAAUAAUAUAAUAGUCUGACUCACGACAUGCGCUAACUUGAUGCUGUACAAAUCCCUCCCCCUCUAAGUUUUGUGAUUUUAAGUGAUAUUAAUACAGUUUAGACAUUUUUACAUCAAUUUAUCCCUAUCCUGAUUUUGUCAAACCUAUACUACUAGGACUCUGAAUUAUUUUUUUUGUUUUCUUCAUUAGCUUCAAUAGAGUCAGCUACAGCGCCCUGUGGGCCCAAGUACGAUUUCAUACUGUUCUCAAAUGGUUUGAGGUCCAACCUCUCAGAGGGCACUAGGACACUUCUAACACUGUCCCAUUACAGCCGGCUAUGGUGGUUAUGGUAACUGAAGUGUUCCUUUAACAUUUUCUCUCUCAUGAACUAUUUCUCUGUUCACUAACUAAACUACUGUAAAUGGUUAUGUCUGCCUUUUUAUGGAGAGUCACUUCAAACCAUCCUUUCUAUUAAUAUUUAUGCAAAACAAAGUGUUUUUAGAUAGAUUCUUACAGGAGUCUUCUCAUAAUAGAUAAAUCACAGUGCAAUGUUUAUACGAGUUCCUAAAAUGUGACUUUUCAUUCAGUUCUAAUUAACACCCAGUAAUUUAAUUUGCUUGUUUUCUUAGAUACACAAAGGCGUUGCAGAAUUAAAUUUCACUAAAGCCAACUCAGAAACUUAAUGUACGGAAUUCAGAGAGUAAUAAAGUAGAAUAUUCUGGUUGUCAUAGAACUUAUUUGGAGUCUAGUCUGUCAAUGAACAUUGCAGGGUUCUAUGUGCAGAACAAAGUUCUCCUCACCAUUGGUCAAUCAAACGGAAUCCAUUUCUUUUCUAAUUUUGCUCGUAGAUAUUAAUAAACACGUUUGCUUUUCAUUGUACGCCAGCAGUAGAGAUCCUGGCUUUGUUUUUGGAAAGUACUGCAUUUACUGCACCAACUGUUGCCCGCAGAGGUAGUAUUGUGGACAGAGGCAAUAUGUUUGUCCAUCAAAGACCAUCCCUACAAGGCAAAUGGGAAAGUGUCUGCUUAACCCCUUAAGGACACAUGACGUGUGACAUGUCAUGAUUCCCUUUUAUUCCAGAAUUUUGGUCCUUAAGGGGUUAAAGGGAUGCUACAAGCAUCAAAACAAAUUUAGCUUAAUAAAGCGGUCUCAUCGCUGAAUUGUCUGCCAUUUAGGAGGUCAAUAAUGUUUGUUUCUAUUCAUGACAACAUAAGCCACACCUCCCCUGGCUGAGAGUGACAUAGCCUCCAUGAAAAAAAUGGUUUAAUUUUCAAACAGCUGUUAACUUGCUUUAGUAGUUUGAAUCCCCAUCUCUGUAAAUUGAACUUUAAUUACAUACAGGAGGCUUCUGCACUGCCUAGCUAGCUAUUAACAGAUCAGGGGAUUGGAAAUCCUACAUUAAACAGACUGAGCAAUAAAGGAAGUUUAAGCAUCAGAUAUCUCUUUACAGGAAGUAUUUAGGAAGGCUGUGCAAGUCACAUGCAGUGACGUGGGACUAGUGCUGCAUAUACAAAGCAAUGUAAGUCCUAACACCAAAACUGCCUCAUUAAGCUGAAGUUGUUUUGAUACCAAUUGUAGACCUGAAAAUGAAACCCCUGAUCCAAAGGUUGGGCAUUUGUUCCAUUCCUAUCAUACAAAUUUGAAUUCCAGGGGGUUCUUCACUGAAAAACUGGGUUUUGGUAAGUUACACAAAAAUAUAUAGUUAAUUAAAUUAUAAGUUAAAAGUGAAGCGAAUCCAUCAAUAUUUACAUCAGAUUUUCUGCUGUUGGUACAAAAUAAGAUGAAAAAUAAAUAAAUACAUAAAUAAAUUUAAAGCAAUCCUGCUGUGCCACAAAAUGGGAAGAAUUAAUCUUGAGAAUCAGCAAUAUUGAUACGCAGCAAUAUUUAGAAUAAACUAACAGCAAAAGAUCUCUCACAUUCCAUCCUGAGUAUAUCUAAAUUAGCUCCUUUUAUCUAGAUUUAUCAUAUGUAAUGUCCAAACUGUAUAGGUAUAACACAGGGUGAGAAUUGACUCAUUCAAUGCCAGAAAGUCAAGACCAACCCAGAGGAUGACAGAAGGUACAAAAUACUUGGAUAAUGUCAGCAAAUUCCUUAAACAUCACUGCUCUAAAAAAACGAAGAAGCACAAAUGUGUGGCUGCAGUUCUGUAGCACAAUGCAUCUGCCUUCUCGUGAUUAAAUGAUCCUCCCUGCAGAGCCAAAGCAAAGGCCUCCGUGUAUUGGCUUGCAAAUGAACAGGCAGAAGCAAAAAGACAGGUGGCACAUGCAUUCAUUUGAAUAACAUAGCCCUAAUCCCUGCAUUUACACCGUGUCUAACACUGUCUUGAGAUGAAACAUCUGGAGCAAGCUGUGAAGUCUCUAAGACUUGAGAAAAAAAAAUACAAGAGAUUAAAUCCACACGAAGAAUGGUAAGAUUUCACCGCAACAUGUCUGAGUGUCUAUGUUGCAGUACAUCGUUACUUAUAUUUAUAUCUAGAUUCUUGGUCAAUUUCUCUCUAGAGCAGGGCUGGACGCGUGUUUUGCUAGUCUCACAGGGUUUAGAAAACAUCACGGGAAUUGUUCUAAAUUAUCUGGUGAUCUAGAUUUUACUUUACAGCUCUUUGUACUGCAUGGUGGCACACAUUAAACUCUUAAACUAAUGGUGCAAGUGGCUUACCAGCAUAUUCAGCCAAAAUACACAAUAGUUUUUGUGGCAGAUCUGGUAUUAACGAUUGCUAUCCCACUUUAAGGGCAAACACAAACAAGAAUCUGAAAAAGUCUUAUUUAAUUUCCAUUCAUUCCAUUCAUGGGAUUUCAUUGAUUAACAGCCUACUUAUAAACUACUGUAGUUUGAACUGAAGGACUAAAGCAGGAGACAUUAAUGUCAUCCACACUGUCAUUCACUGUCAUUCUCUGAAGUUCUGCCUGUGCAUAACACUCAGAACGACAGGCGGAUGUGUAUUAGGGACUUUCAUUUGUGGCUUGGUGAAUGGUGUCGGGAGCAAGGAUUUGGCUUUAUUUCUCAUGGAAGCUCUGUUUGGAAUGGAGAUAAGCUGUACAAAAAAGAUGGUUUGCAUCUUUCUCAAAAGGGAACAAAUGUUCUCAGUGAGCAGUUCAGAGGUUUUGCUAGGAUGUAUUUAAACUAGGAGGGGGGGGCAAAAGGGUGAUAAAACAUCAAUCCAAUUGUCCCCCAAAACAAGGACAGAAGGUGCCUGUAGCAAGUGUGUUAAAAAUGAUAAGCUUAGAGUCAUGUCUACAAAUGCUCGCAGUUUAGGGAAUAAGAUCCAUGAACUUGUGGCAAUAAUGGCAACUGAUAGUGUAGAUUUAGUCGCUGUUACUGAGACAUGGUACAAUGAGAAAAAUGACUGGGACAUAGCAAUACCAGGGUACUCUUUAUAUAGGAAAGAUAGGGAAGGCAAGAAAGGGGAGGGUGGCCUUGUAUGUGAAGGAUAGCAUAAAAUCUAGCCUAAUAAAAGUUAGUGAGGCAAACAUAGAGUCCGUUUGGGUUACGUUAGAAUUUGGUAAUCACACAGUAACUCGUGUAGGUGUGAUUUAUAGGCCCCCAGGACAAAUUGAAGAGUUAGAUAAUCUACUAGUUGAGGAAAUAGCUAAAAUGACAAUGAAGGGGGAAGUUAUCAUCAUGGGUGACUUUAAUCUUCCUGAUGUAAAUUGGAAAACAAAAUUAGCUACUUAUGCCAGGAGCACACAUAUUCUAAACUCCCUACUGGGAUUGUCUCUAAAACAAGUUGUUGAGGAGCCAACUCGUAAAGAGGCCAUACUAGAUUUAGUGUUAACAAAUGGAGAUUUGGUAUCAGAUAUUACUGUAGGUGAAAGUUUAGGAUCCAGUGAUCAUCAGUCAGUGUGGUUUAAUAUAAGAACAGUGACUGAGUCACACCACACAAAAACAAAAGUUUUAGACUUUAGAAAAACAGACUUUUCUAAAAUUAGAAUAUGGGUAGAGGAGUCAUUAUCAGACUGGAGCAAUUUAAAUGGGGUCCAAGAAAAAUGGGAUUAUUUAAAAGUUGCACUAUUGAAGGCAACAGAAAAUUGCAUUAGGCUUGUCAGUAAAAGCAAAAAAUUCAAGAAACCACUGUGGUACUCCGCAGAUGUGGCCAAAAUAGUUAAAAACAAAAAGUUAGCAUUUAGGAAUUAUAAAAAAACCCAGAGUGAGGAAGACAAAAUGAUCUAUAAGAUUAGGCAGAAAGAGGCUAAGCAAGUUAUAAGAGCUUCCAAAUCACACACAGAAGAGAAAAUAGCACAGUCAGUAAAAAAGGGGGAUAAAACAUUUUUUAGAUACAUAAAUGAGAAAAGAAAAGUAAAACAAGGAUUAGUUAGAUUAAAAACAAAAGAAGGAAGGUAUGUAGAAGAGGAUAAAGGUCAGGCUGACUGCCUCAAUGAAUAUUUUUGUUCUGUAUUUACAGAAGAAAAUGAAGGAAAGGGACCUCAGUUGAGAAAAAGGAUAAAUGAGUCAUUUAUUACACGUGAGUUUACAGAGGAAGAGGUUCUAUUUCAACUGUCAAAAGUAAAGACAAAUAAGUCAAUGGGACCUGAUGGAAUACACCCAAAGCUAUUAAAAGAGCUUAGUGGUGUACUAGCAAAACCAUUAACAGAUUUAUUUAACCAAUCAUUGUUAACAGGAGUAGUCCCAGAAGAUUGGAAGUUAGCGAAUGUUGUGCCCAUUUACAAGAAAGGUAAUAGGGAGGAGUCGGGCAACUAUAGGCCAGUAAGCCUUACUUCAGUAGUGGGGAAAGUGAUGGAAACCAUGUUAAAGGAUAGGAUUGAUUGAACAUCUAAAAACACAUGGAUUUCAAGAUCAGAGACAACAUGGGUUUACUUCAGGGAGAUCAUGCCAAACUAAUCUUAUUGAUUUUUUUGAUUGGGUAACUAAAAUUAUAGAUCAGGGUGGUGCAGUAGACAUUGCUUACCUAGAUUUCAGUAAGGCUUUUGACACUGUUGCACAUAGAAGGCUUAUCAAUAAACUGCAAUCUUUAAGUUUGGAUUCCAAUAUUGUUGAAUGGGUAAGGCAGUGGCUGAGUGACAGGCAACAGAGGGUUGUAGUUAAUGGAAUAUAUUCGAAGCUUGGACUUGUCACCAGUGGGGUACCUCAGGGAUCUGUACUUGGACCCAUUCUCUUUAAUAUUUUUAUUAGUGAUAUUGCAGAAGGUCUUGAUGGUAAGGUAUGUCUUUUUGCUGAUGAUACUAAGAUAUGUAACAGGGUUGAUGUUCCAGGAGGGAUAAGCCAAAUGACAAAUGAUUUAGGUAAACUAGAAAAAUGGUCAGAAUUGUGGCAACUGACAUUUAAUGUGGAUAAGUGCAAGAUAAUGCAUCUUGGACGUAAAAACCCAAGGGCAGAGUACAGAAUAUUUGAUAGAGUUCCUAACCUCAACAUAUGAGGAAAGGGAUUUAGGGGUGAUUAUUUCUGAUGACUUAAAGGUAGGCAGACAAUGUAAUAGAGCAGCAGGAAAUGCUAGCAGAAUGCUUGGUUGUAUAGGGAGAGGUAUUAGCAGUAGAAAGAGGGAAGUGCUCAUGCCAUUGUACAGAACACUGGUGAGACCUCACUUGGAGUAUUGUACACAGUACUGGAGACCGUAUCUUCAGAAGGAUAUUGAUACCUUAGAGAGGGUUCAGAGAAGGGCUACUAAACUGGUUCAUGGAUUGCGGGAUAAAACUUACCAGGAAAGGUUAAAGGAUCUUAACAUGUAUAGCUUGGAGGAAAGACGAGACAGGGGGGAUAUGAUAGAAACAUUUAAAUAUAUAAAGGGAAUCAACACAGUAAAGGAGGAGACUAUAUUUAAAAGAAGAAAAACUACCACAACAAGAGGACAUAGUCUUAAAUUAGAGGGACAAAGGUUUAAAAAUAAUAUCAGGAAGUAUUACUUUACUGAGAGGGUAGUGGAUGCAUGGAAUAGCCUUCCAGCUGAAGUGGUAGAGGUUAACACAGUAAAGGAGUUUAAGCAUGCGUGGGAUAGGCAUAAGGCUAUCCUAACUAUAAGAUAAGACUAUGGACUAAUGAAAGUAUUUAGAAAAUUGGGCAGACUAGAUGGGCCGAAUGGUUCUUAUCUGCCGUCACAUUCUAUGUUUCUAUGUUUCUAUGUUUCUAUGUUUCUAUCUUUAGUGGACAAUAUAAAUAUGGAGGCCAUGCAUAUUAACCUCUUAAACUGUCUCUAUCCCUUCUCCCCUCCAAAGAGGCUAUUUAUUACUUCCUCCAGCCCCAACAAUGUUUAGUGGCCCUAGGGAUCAGUGUUUCUUACCUUUGUAUAAAGUUGUGCUGGUCCCACGGGAUCUUUAAAUACAGCAUCUCCAUCUUAGCAUUUCUGCCCAAAUUCGCCACAUUUGCUCUUCAUAAAGUGGUCGAGAGUCAACACAGACAAUGCCUAGUAUGACGCUACCAGACGUGACAUGCCGAUAAGAUAAGUGAAAAGUUAAUGGUGAAUAAGAAAGUUGCUAAAGGACGUAAAGCUUAACUAAACUCCACUCUUUGUCAAAGUUUGCCAAACUGCAAGUAUACAUAAUGCAAACUAGUCACUACUUUGAGCAUCGAGCAUUCUGUUUAUUUUGUUAAUGAAUAGAUUAAUUUAGAUUCCAUUAUAUUUCAUUGCAGUUGCAUCUUAAAUUCUUCUAUUUGAAUUUAACCAUGGACUUGAUAUGUAUGGGCUUUUUAAAAUCUAGCUAGGGAAUAAUAGUAAAUUGUAAAAGAAAUUGCAAUAUUUUUAUUUAAAUAGCCAACUGGAAAAGUAGCCAAACUGAUUAAAUUGGUUAAUUAACUGAAAUAUUCUGCAAUUUCUUCCUCAGCUCACUCCAUUUCUCUUUUAGUAAUUUUUUCUCUAUAUGGUUAUAUACUUCCGCACAGUGGAAAAAUUCAGUUUAGCAGAAUCAAUUUAAAAAAAAAAAAUGUAUUUCGUUUGAAUGUAUUUCAUCAAUGCGGCAGUUCGGCUUGUCCAAAUAUCGUCCAUGUACACAAUUAAGGGAAGCCUAGUCAGAUGAAACAAAAGUGCUUAAAAAUUAGCACAUCCCUGUACUGCAAAAUAUAUACAUAAUAUUUAUAUUGCAGUGAUAUGCUAAGAUUUUUGCCCCUUUAAUGACGCUAAUUCUGGCUCGAAUUCGGUUGAAUGAAUUCUGACUAUAUUGUGACUGAAUAGAAUUGUAUUUUACCAUUAGGUCAAUAUUCACAAGUUUGAGAGUACGGUGAGCAUUCAGAUGUAUAUUGUAAGUGUUCAGUCCGGCUGAUCCCUGACUUACAGUUGCAAGAAAAAGUAUGUGAACCCUCUGGAAUGAUAUGGAUUUCUGCACAAAUUGGUCAUAAAAUGUGAUCUGAUCAUCAUCUAAGUCACAACAAUAGACAAUCACAGUCUGCUUAAACUAAUAACACACAAAGAAUGAAAUGUUGCCAUGUUUUUAUUGAACACACCAUGUAAACAUUCACAGUGCAGGUGGAAAAAGUAUGUGAACCCCCUAGACUAAUGACAUCUCCAAGAGCUAAUUGGAGUGAGAUAUCAGCCAACUGGAGUCCAAUCAAUGAGAUGAGAUUAGAAGUGUUGGUUACAGCUGCCCUGCACUAUAAAAAACACACACCAGUUCUUGGUUUGCUUUUCACAAGAAGCAUUGCCUGAUGUGAAUGAUGCCUCGCACAAAAGAGCUCUCAGAAGACCUACGAUUAAGAAUUGUUGACUUGCAUAAUUCAUCAGCCUUGCUGUUCAUCAGUCCACAGUAAGACAAAUUGUCUAUAAAUGGAGAAAGUUCAGCACUGCUGCUACUCUCCCUAGGAGUGGCCGUCCUGUAAAGAUGACUGCAAGAGCACAGCGCAGACUGCUCAAUGAGGUGAAGAAGAAUCCUAGAGUGUCAGCUAAAGACUUACAAAAGUCACUGGCAAAUGCUAACAUCCCUGUUAGCGAAUCUACAAUACGUAAAACACUAAACAAGAAUGGAUUUCAUGGGAGGAUACCACAGAGGAAGCCACUGCUGUCCAAACAAAACAUUGCUACACGUUUACAGUUUGCACAAGAGCACCUGGAUGUUCCACAGCAGUACUGGAAAAUUAUUCUGUGGACAGAUGAAACCAAAGUUGAGUUGAUUGGAAGAAACACACAACACUAUGUGCGAAACAAAAGGCACAGCACACCAACAUCAAAACCUCAUCCCAACUGUGAAGUAUGGUGGUGGGGGCAUCAUGGUUUGGGGCUGCUUUGCUGCGUCAGGGCCUGGACGGAUUGUUAUCAUCGAAGGAAAAAUGAAUUCCCAAGUUUAUCAAGACAUUUUGCAGGAGAACUUAAGUCCAUCUGUCUACCAGCUGAAGCUCAACAGAAGAUGGGUGUUGCAACAGGACAAUGACCCAAAGUAUAGAAGUAAAUAAACAACCGAAUGGCUUAAACAGAAGAAAAUACGCCUUCUGAAGUGGCCCAGUCAGAUUCCUGACCUCAAGCCGAUUGAGAUGCUGUGGCAUGACCUCAAGAAAGCGAUUCACACCAGACAUCCCAAGAAUAUUGCUGAACUGAAACAGUUCUGUAAAGAGGAAUGGUCAAGAAUUACUCCUGACCGUUGUGCACGUCUGAUCUGCAACUACAGGAAACAUUUGGUUAAAGUUAUUGCUGCCAAAGGAGGUUCAACUAGUUAUUAAAUCCAAGGGUUCACAUACUUUUUCCACCUGCACUGUGAAUGUUUACAUGGUGUGUUCAAUAAAAACAUGUCAACAUUUCAUUCUUUGUGUGUUAUUAGUUUAAGCAGACUGUGAUUGUCUAUUGUUGCGACUUGAUCAUCUGAUGAUGAUCAGAUCACAUUUUAUGACCAAUUUGUGCAAAGGGUUCACAUACUUUUUCUUGCAACUGUAUCUCUUUAUUAUUUAAUUAUUUGAUAUAGUGUUUGUCUUCUAACCAUGAAUCAUCUUUUUUUUGUGGUGCUACAGACAGAAAACACAGAACCGCAAAGCAAACUAGCCUAUUCUGCCAUUGUCCAUGUUGGUAUUUCGUAAUACCUCCAUAUGUAUCCAUAUGUACGACUCUUUGGAGUUAUGGAAUUUGGACAACCUACCAAUAAACCAAAUGCACAAGGCCAAAAUUCAUGAUGGUUUUGAAAUGUUUCUAUCAUUGUCCUUUCUUUGCCUUAGUGUGUUUUGGUUUCCCUAAUGGUGCUUCUCUUUGAGAAGCAUUGGCAAAACACAGUAGAAGCAAAGCUACAGUGUAUGCAACCAGUUAAAUACUCCUUGUGCUCUGUAUGAUGGCACCAAAUGUGAAAAAGUUCAUAAAAUGAACUAAGCAAAAGGGGGAAUUGUUGUUGUGUUUGUUUACUUGACAGCUACUACAGGCAUAGCUUGGUACAAUUGUGAGAGUAUGGCAUCUCAGAUGUGGCACUGUUUUAUAGUGAGACUGCUCAUUAACAUUUGGAAGGAACCUGGUGGUAUUUGUAGGAAUGGAGUGACAUAAAAUGCAUUCAGAAUGUAAAAACAAUGUCAUGUGUGUGUGUGUAAGUCCACAAAAAGUAUAUACACUUACAUAAAAAAAACAACCAUCUUUAUUUUAUUAAAGGACCACUAUAGUGCCAGGAAAACAUACUCGUACUGGGGAGAGGAAGGGGUUAAACACUUACCUUUCUCCAGCGCCGGGCAGGGAGCUGUACUCCUCCUCUCCUCCUUGCUCGCGACGUCAUCGGCUGAAUGCGCAUGCGCGGCAGGAGCCGCGCGCGCAUUCAGCCGGUCGCAUAGGAAAGCAUUUACAAUGCUUUCCUAUGGACGCUUGCGUGCUCUCACUGUGAUUUUCACAGUGAGAAGCACGCAAGCGCCUCUAGCGACUGUCAAUGAGACAGCCACUAGAGGCUCUGGAGGCUGGAUUAACCCUCAGUAUAAACAUAGCAGUUUCUCUGAAACUGCUAUGUUUAUAAAAAAAAGGGUUAAUCCUAGAGGUACCUGGCACCCAGACCACUUCAUAAAGCUCAAGUGGUCUGGGUGCCUAGAGUGGUCCUUUAAGGGAGCACUAUAGUGUCAGGAACUCAAACAUGCAUUCCUGACAGUAUAGUGUUAAACUAGCUAUUUAGGUCCAUGGCCCCCCUCCGAUGGCAUGGUAAAGGUGAUUUUACUCACACUGCAUCGACUUAAUUGCAGCUGACACUGCCUUGCUCCACCUGCAUGACUGAGAUCAUCAAACCUUAUCAUCUCAGCCAAUCCAAUGUUUUCUCAUUGGAAAGAAUUGGGAAGCUAUUGCACAUGCAUGUCAAAAUGCAACACUGUGCAAAUCAUUAUCUCUUCAUAGAGAUGCAUUGAAUCAAUCCAUGCAGAGAGUGGAACUGCUGAAUGUCAGUGCUACACACUGUCCAGCACUGUCCCAGAAAGCACCUCUAGUGGCCACCUGAUUGACUGCCACUGGAGGUGUUACUAGGAAGCAAUGUAAACACUCUAUUUUCCCUGAAAAGGCAGCAUUAACAGUGCUCAGCUGCCGGCAGGGGCAUGCUAUAGACGCCAAAAACACUGCAUUAAGCCCGUUAAAAUUAUUGUGAUGAUAAAUAUGGACCCUCCUUCCCAGAAUUAUACUUUACAACUAAGGUGGCUUACAGAGGAUAUUUGGUGGGAUUUUUUCCUAGCACAAUACAUAGAUAAAUAAUUACUUCUAGAUUAGCAAGACUCUGUCUCAUUAAGCUAAAAAUGUAAUGUUUAAUUAUAAUUGUGGCUACUGGUCUACACCCGGGUUUCCAAAAUCUGGCCCUCCAGAUGUUGCUCCCAUGAUUGUCUGCAGUGGCGUACAUACCGGGGUCGCAGCCGUCACGGCUGCGACCAGGCCCGGCCCACCAGGAGGCCCAGCCGCCCUGCGACCCGGUAUGUAUGCCACUGUGGCCAGCCUCUUCUCCUCAGGGCCCCCCGAGGCUGGCCCUGCUGUCACCGGGCGGCCUGUCCUGUGGGCACGCGAGUUAGCACUCUCCCUUGUGUGCUCUCUCUUCAGCUUCCUCGCGCACCACACUGAUACUGGAGCCGGAAGAUGAUGUCAUCUUCUGGCUCCGGCAUCAGUACGCGACACGCGAGGGAGCUGAAGAGGAAGCACUCAGGGAAGAGUGCUCCCUCGCGCAUGCGCCACCCUGCCUGCCCGCAGGACCGGCCGCCCAGGAGCCCAGCAGCACCACUGGACCCCAGGGAAUCCCCUCAGCUCUCCAAAAAGUAAGGAGACUGGGGGGAUCAAAUUAAAAAAACAACAUGUGUGUGUGUUAGUGUUAGUGUGUGUGUGUUAGUGUGUGUGUUAGUAUGUGUGUUAGUGUUAGUGUGUGUGUGUUAGUGUUAGUGUGUGUGUGUUAAUGUUAGUGUGUGUGUGUUAGUGUAUGUGUUAGUGUUAGUGUAUGGGUGUUAGUGUGUGUGUGUGUUAGUGUGUGUGUGUGUGUGUUAGUGUGUGUUAGUGUUAGAGUGUGUGUUUGUGUGUGUGUUAGAGUGUGUGUCUGCUAGUGAGUGUCAGUGAGUGUGUCUGUUAUUGAGUGUGUGUCUACUAGUGAGUGUCAGUGAGUGUGUUACUGUGUAUGUCUGUUACUGAGUGUGUUAGUGGGUGUGUGUUUGUCAGUGAGAGUGUAUGUUUUGUGAGUGUAUAUGUAUGUCUGUCGCUGAGUGUGUCUCUGUCAGUAAAUGUGUGUGUUUGUUAGCUAGUGUGUAUGCGUCCGUUUGUGACAGUGUGUGUGUGUGUCUUCAGCACUUACCUUUCUCCAGCGCCGGACUCCCUUGGCGCUGGGGAUCCCUCCGCCUCUCAGCUCCGAAUGUGCAUGCGCGGCAAGAGCCGCGCGCGCAUUCAAACUACCCAUAGGAAAGCAUUACUCAAUGCUUUCCUAUGGAUGUUCAGUGUCUUCUCACUGUGAUUUUCAUGGUGAGAAUCGAAGAAGCUCCUCUAGCGGCUGUCAAUGAGACAGCCACUAGAGGCUGAAUUAACCCUCAGUGAAACAUAGCAGUUUCUCUGAAACUGCUAUGUUUUUAGCUAUAGGUUUAAAACUAGAGGGACCUAGCACCCAGACCACUUCAUUGAGCUAUUGUGAUCUGGGUGUCUGUAGUGGUCCUUUAAGUGUGUGCAUCUGCAUGCACCGACAUACAUACUGAGGUCACAGGGGUCGCAGCCCUGCAACCCCUGCGACCAGGUGCCCGCCGCCAUGUGUUGGGUCAUGUGUACGCCACUGAUUGUCUGGCUAUCUAUUUCAUUCAUAGAAUCAUGAGAGAUGCAGUUCAGAAACAUCUGGAGGGUCAUAAUUCUGGAGAACCCUGGUGUACAUCAUUUUUUGAGUGGGAUAAUGCCUUCUCGAAGAACUUUCAGAGUCAUAUAUAUCAUGGGAGUAUCCACCUUCUUUCAGUUUUGUAAAACAUAUUCUUCUGAGUACAGAAUACCUCAAUCAAGCAAAUAAUGACGUGGCUGUCUUUCCAAUAUUUGAUGGGAAAAUACUUUGGAUAUGGUGUGGGGUAUUAUAAUUCAUAAAUUGUUAUAUGAAACCAUGAUAUGAUGACCUCCUCAAGGUGAACAGAAAAAAAUGAUAAAGCGUGAAAACAUUGCGUUUCCUACGUACGUAAACUGUAAGGUUUUAUUCCCCACUUAAAGAAAGAAGCAGGCAGUGGAAAAAGAAAAGUUAUGUUUAAUUACCUUUGCAAAAUGCCACUAUUCUUUUAGAUGUGCACAGCUGCAAUCUUCUGAAUUUCAUUAGCAAAAUCACUGAAAGCAGACUCAAGGGAGCAGAAAUUUACUUUUCAGCUCCAGGCGGGGGUAAUGGAGACAGCAGAGUCCAGAGGAUUCCCCAUAUGUAAUCCUGAAAUAUAAAGGUUAUUAAGGAGUUGCAUUGCAGAUGAAUUUGAGCAGUAAGCCGCACAAACAAAUCUAGGAUAAAUCUAUAAGAGACUGCAAACAAAAAGGGCAAAUGGCUUUAUUCCAGCGUAAUUAUUCACAUACAGCUUCGAAGGACCACCCAGGGUGCAUUACAACAACAGAUCUUACAAAGCUAUUGAAGGCACUUUAUUUGUCUUCCCUCCUAGGUCGACAAAAUGUUGUACAUGUGGUGAAACAGAUUCCAGAAGCUCUGCACUGCAGCAAGCGCAUCAGUGAACAUGUGCAAUAAAUGGUAGUAUCGUAGAAGCCAUUGUAGGGGUACAGUAACUGGCAGCAGGAAUUCGUUCUUUGGACAGCUUCCAAUUUAAAAAACAAACAAAAAAAAACCAAAGAAAUAAAGGUAGUUUAUGUAACAUGUUAAAAAAUAUACAACAUUACUUUCUGAAAUUCAAGAAUUCUUGAAGAAUGUCCGAGGGUGUCUAUAAACCAUCACUUUAUAAUAGUCUUCUCAAAUCUGGUUAUUAAAGAAUAAAUGUGGUCUGGACUUCUUAUAGUUUUUGGACAAUACAAUAGCAUCAACAGGGUUUUAGUUUGAGAAAAAAACAGGGUCAAUAGAAAUUGACACUUUUUAUAAAUUACACUGAUUAAACCCUGUGACAAAUGCUCCUUCCCAUGUAUGUUUGCCACGGACUCCUGGAGGAGUGUAGAAGCCGGCCUCCUGCCCACCGACUAUGGUCCAGGUCUGGGACACUGUUUGGGAGUUAUUAUAUAUGUAACUACACUGCAUGGAUCUGAGUGCAAUUUGGAGAACGUGGGAGCUCAGAUCCGGGCUAAUUAACAAAGUAUUGUUUGUGGGGUCCCCUUGUGUUUUCCCUUGGACUGAUUCUGCCCUGGGAGAGGGUAAUUGAGAGGGGAGAAUGGCUACCAUUUUGCCCACACACACCAAGAGACCAGGGACUGUCUUGCACCCACUUGUCAAGCACUCUGACUGUGGACUCAGCGGGGUCCAACAGACUUGUUGCAGGCCAGUUAUAGUGUGUCUGGCCACAAGUCUGUCUAUUUCUUUGGGAGGAGAUAUGUGAUUGAUGGUCUGAUUUAUUUGGUGCAAGUCAAAAGCUUUUUUUGUGUGACUAUUUUCCAUGUAUCUAGGUACCGCUGUAUUGUGUAUUCUACAUAGAGAGAGUCUGUAUAUGUAGCUGUGGGUCAACAAAAAGGGAGGGGGGCGGAGGGGCAGCAGCUCUAAAAACUAUACAGCAUAGUUAGGUGUGAAAUGUAUUAUGUGUGUUAAUCAAGUUAAAUGCUGCACUGUGAGUGACCACCUGCUGUGGGAGCCAGCAAGUCUAUCUAAUACAGCAAAGGGCUGUGUUGAUGUAACCAGAGAUUGCUCUGAAGGAACAGGGGGUCCAACCAAGAUUACAUUUUGUUGUCAUGGUGUGUUGGCAGAGGGGGAAGUGGUAACUAGUGUAAGGAAUCACUUGUUGCUUUGUAGUUUUUUCUCUUUGACCUGUUCUGUGUUCCCAUUGGUAAACGUUUUGUGUAAUUGUAUGGAGAUCCCCUGCUGGGGGUCUGUGGAUAAAUUGGCUGUACCGUGUCCCAUUAAAAAAGUUCAGUUCAGUUGACUCCCAGGACUAUGUUUCAUCUGGUUACUGGGGGAAUGGGUAUUUACUUGGGCUGAUGGUUCCAGAGUGGCUGAAGGAAGGUAAUAGUGGAGGUAACCAGUCGGGUUAUGUGGUCUGCUACAUAAACCCUGGCUUUUCAAGCACAGACCAGGUCCUGUUACUUCCUGGUUUAUUUAGCUCAGUGGAGAUAAAUUCAAGAGGCAACAUUUCCCUAAAGCACCUGCCUUGCAAAGACUUCUCAUUGAGCUGCAUUGGGGAAUCUGUGAUUGGACAGCCACAGGACGUCUAGGAUGGGUUAGAAUGGGAUGGCUUGCAAAGGCAGCAGACAAUAGAUCUGCAGAAUUUGCAAGUUGUUUUUAGAUAUAACUAAGAAAAUGCAUAAUUAAAUGCAUGCAAGUUUUCAUUUGGGAUUUAUCAAAUAAACAUUGAUUUUUAUUUAUUUUGUAUUUUGGCAGUGGGGUGUCCAUGUAAUGCAAUGUAGUUCAUAGGGUAACUAAAAAGCUCACUAAGAAUGCAGGUGUUUCACCUUCCAAAAAACACUCUCCGUCUCUUCCUAUUGAUCUCGCUGAGGAAGGUGAAAGUUGUUCCCUUGUUGGCACAGACUCCCAGCUAAUUAUCAAGCAAUUUGUAAGACAGGCAGAGAGUACAGAAAAUGAUGUCACAUUUAGCUCUCACUACACAAAAAUGUCUAAUUUGUUUUUUCUUUCUAGAACUACAGGGAGAGCAACUCUUUCCCUUGACCUUGAAAAUUAUGAAAGUAGAAUAUCAUCCCAACAACCUAAACACACACAUUCUGGUUCUAACAUCAUAAUAAAGAAUGUCCCUUCAUUAAAUGUACACGUAUUUGUACAUAGAAUGUACAUAGUAUGUUAAGCUAAAAAAAAUCUGAGAAAUUGAUGGUGAUGCAUAAUUUAAGGGAUAUCACUGAAUAUACAAAAAUAAUUAGGAGGUAACUUGGAAUAGUUUUACGCAGAUAGUGAAUCAUGUUCCAUAAAGUAAAACGAAAGAAUGAUGGUUAGAAGCAGGGAGGGUCUAGGAAUGGUGAGUUAGUGGUUGCUUAAAGCAGAGAUCUGUUAAUGGAUAUUUAUAAGAUGUGACGGAACUAUAAAAUCUAAAUGAAGUCUAUUUGGCCAUGCUUGGUUGUAAUUUUGGUUUAUAAAUUUCAUAGCUUCAUCCAUAAUUAGUUUUGACAAACUUCGAUUUAUUAACCUGAUUCUUUCUAGGAGUCCAGACAAAACAACUUUUUCAUACAUCUCUAUAAUUCACUCUUGACUAUAAAUAUAUUCUGUAUUGAUUAAUAUAAAAAAAUAUAAAUUUCUUGGUACAAGCUAAGCUUCAGUACGAAAUCUUUAAAAUGUAAUUUUUUUAAAAGAAAUGUAUGGUUGGUGAGUGAUUUUACCUAAUCACCGUUUGCAUAAUUGCUUAAUGAAUUUAUUUUAUCUAUCAAAUCAAUUUCAGUAGAACGUUUACUAAUAGAGAAACUAAAAAAAUAAAAUAAACACUAUUUUGGAAAAUAAACAGCAAGAACAGUGUUGCAAGCAUUUUUAUUGUUUUGUUCUAGCACGUUAAUUACAUUAGCUAAGGUAACAACAUAUUUUGCUUGCUCGCAUUUAAACACUCGCAUAUGUUAUUACUUUGCAUCGGGUUUAAAUUUUAUUAAUUGCAUCAAUAAUGGGAAAAAAAGCUUUAAGUGUUUUAUACUGUAACAUUUUAUGAAGAAAUUACUGAGACAUUUUCCUGUUACUAUUUUCGAAACUAUUUUAGUAAAGUAAUAGAAUAUGUUUUUUAAAAUGGCAUCACGCAAAGUGAACAGACACGCGUUGACGUUACUGUUUAGAUUGAGAUUUUAGAACAGUGAUAAAGUAUAUCAUAUCAUAUCAGGAGAUGCUGAUUUCUUGUAAUACCUUUUUAUAAGGCAAACAGAAUAAUGGAAUGACACUCUUUCUGGACAACCUUCCUUUACUUAACUCAUUGAAAGAAUUUAAAGAACCACUAGUCACCCAGACCACUCCAUCUCAAUGUAGUGGCCUGGCUGUAGUGCUCCUGUCAUUUUAACCCCCUCAAUGUAUAGUUUGAAUGGUGAAACACACCUCUAGAGGUGAUUCCUGCAAAGUCAGUCCUGCAAUCUAAUGGUGCUCGUAGCAGCAUUUGAUUGAAGGAGUGCAGGGUUUGGCCACAUGUGUAUCUCAGAAAUACUUCUCCUCUAUGAGAAGCAUUGAAUUGGACAAGAUGUGAGCAGGCAUGCUGAUAAGAUGUAGGUGGAGUGGGCGGCUACAGUGCAGGAAUCUCGUCGCUAGAAACAAGGUAAUAAUAUUUAUUUUACUAAUAAUAGUAGAUCCUUUUGGUAAAUAUAUAAUUAAGCACCCUGUUUCUCUCUCAGUGUUAGAAAUUGUAAUAUAAAGAAAAAUUACACCUUCAAUUGCAAGAUUUUAGGGAAAAUAUGAGUUAACAAUGUUAAAAUCAGACCAAAUGCUUUUAGAAAAACCCUAGUGGGGGUUACAGACCAAGUUAGCCACCCCAGCAGUACCCCAAGAAAAAUAUGAUAAUCUGAAAGAGAUUUUGGUUGAAUACUUUUUAUGGAUAUUGCAUGGUGUAUACCCUAUUGUACAGCUCUAUGGAAUUUGCUGGCGCAAUAUAAAUAAUAAAAUAAUAAUAAUAAUAAUAUUAUACUCAGAUAUUUACCGGAAAAUUUUGCAAAUAUUGUAGGUAAGCAAAAACUGCUAUACAGGUAUGCAUACACUAGCUGUCCUUUCUACAUCGAGUAUACAAUCGAAAUAGGAAUAUCCUCAAGGAAAUUGACAUCACAUGCGUUGAUGCACCUGUGUAUGAUGUCAUACUCCACUAUGCACAGUGUUUCUCUUAUUCCAACAAAUGAGAGAGCAUCGAUUAGCUGAAAUUCUUCAGCCUUUACUGACUUGCAGAGAAAAUUCAUGGGGAAACACUCAAGGGCAGCAAAUAUAAUUAAUGGUUUCCACUAAUUUCCACCAUUAAUUCUGUCCCCCUCCUUGUACUCACAUGGCAUUUGAGGGACUACAGAGAGAGAAAGGAAAUAUUUCUCUGUCUACCAGGUGCCUCUGCCAGAAUAAAUCAUGCUAAUGGUAGUAAAACUAUCACCACUUUCUGAUGAAAAAAACAUGUUUGUAUGAGUAUAUCUGUGGUAGCAUUUGUAAGUUUGUGUAUGUGUUUAUGCAAAUGUGUAUGUCUUUGAUGGGUGUGCGUGUUUGUGUUUGCAUGUGUGUGUGUGUCAGUGUCUCUAUGUGGAAUGCCAAAAGACAAUCUCUGGCAUUCCAAGUGCUAUGGAACUAAUUUAAUAAAUAAAUAUAUGAUAUAAAAAUGUAAAACAUCAUGUAAUAUAAAAGAUAUAUUAUGGUGAGGCAUGUAGUAGAAAUAAAAAAAAAUAUUGGUAAUAUAGCCACCUGACCUUAGACUUUGCCUCAAAAAAAACCUAAUGGUCUUAUUUUCCUAUAAUGCACAGUUUACUGUUAUAUAUCAUAAGUUGAUAUAAAAUAUUUUGCACGCUAUCUUUUCACAAAACAUAUUUUCACACAUAAGCCACAGAGGGCAGUAAAAUACAAACAGAAGGAAGAUAACUUUGCUGUGCUGUUUUCAAAUCUUUGACUUCAAAUCUUCCAGCAUUGGCCACACUGACAGGGUAGGAGCCUUUAUUGCAUUAUAUUGUAUAUUUAUUGGCGCAGAGGGAACACAAUAACAUCUGAGGGAUGGGAAUCUAUGGGGCCUUUUAAAGUUCCCAGACUGAAACAUAGAUAUACAAUCAUUUUAUGUCCUCGCUGAAACAUCUGCACUAACCGGUGUGGCUGUGUGCUAAAUCCUUUCUCCUUUCCAACUAAACACAUUUCAUCUGUUUUGAAUCUAAUUUCGCUUCCUAGACAAAAUGAAGUAUCAAAUAAAUUCAAACGUAUGGUGAGUUCUCCUACAUUUUAUUUCUGCUGUCAGUGAAUUAGUGUCACUUUAUCUCCAAAUUAUUUAUUUAUCUACUUGGUGUCUACUGCAAUCAUCUCCUAAACAGAUUCUAUUAUAAGAAAAAAUACUAGACUACUCCUUAAAGUGUGACAAAACUUUAAUUUUUUAACUUUUUAUUCUUUGGUGGAAGGAAAAAUUACAAUCCUGUUGCCACUUGACAUUUGUAAAGCCAGAAUUCCUCUUUAUUGAUAUACAUUGUUGUAAUUCACUGUCACCUGACAGGUGAUUAGACCAGGGGCGGAUCCAGAGCCUGAUCUCCAGAGGGGCUCUUGUAGAUUAUUUACAUAAAUAAUCCAGGCACAAUAACCACUACAGCUCUGUGUAGUGUUAUGGUGCAAGCAGUGCCGGGACCCACUCCCAGAGUAUGGAGUCAAACCAUUUAAGAACAGUUUGACAACUUACCUGGGGUCUGCUGGGAUAUGGGGCAGUAGUAGGGCAUAGGAGCAGUGGUGUGUGUGAGUGUUGCAAAGUGUGAGGGUUGAAGUGUGUGUGAAAGGUUCAGUGUGUGUGGGGGGUAUAGUGUGUGAGCGGUACAGUGUGUGUGUGGGGGAGGGUCAGUGUGUGUGUGUGUGACAGUGUAUGUCAGUGGUGCAGUGUGUGUGUGAGGGGGCAGUGUAUGUGUGAGGGGUGCAGUUUAUGUGUGUGUAUGAGGGGGACAAUAUUUGAGUGGUGCAGGAUGUGUGGGAAGGUUGCAAUGUGUGAGGGUGGCAGUGUAUGUCAGGGGUACAGUGUGUGUGUGUGUGUGAGGGUGACAGUGUAUGUGUGGGGCAGUGUGUGUGUGUGUGUGGGGGGAAAUGUGUGUGUGGGGGCAGUGUAUGUGUGUGUGGGGCAAUGUGUGUAUGGGGCAGUGUAUGUGUGUGGGGGAAGUGUGUGUAUGGGGGACAGUGUAUGUCUGGUAGGGCAAUAAGAGUAUGGGGAAGUGUAUCUGUGUGGGGGCAAUGUGUGUAUGGGGGCAGUAUAUGUGGGCAAUGUGUGUGUGGGGGGAAGUGUAUGUGUGUGUGAGACAAUGUGUGUAUGGGGGCAGUGUAUGUGUGUGUGUGGGGAAAUGUGUGUAUGGGGCGGUGUAUGUGUGUGUGAGGCAAUGUGUGUAUGGGGGGAAGUGUAUGCAUGUGUGGGGCAAUAUGUGUAUGGGGGACAGUGUAUGUGUGUGUAGGAUAAUGUGUGCAUGGGGAAGUGUAUGCGUGUGUGGGGCAAUGUGUGUAUGGGGGAAGUGUAUGUGUGUGGGGGGCAAUGUGUGUAUGAGGGGAAGUGUAUUUGUGUGGGGCAAAGUGUGUAUGGGGGGUCAGUGUGUGUAUGGGGGGGCAGUGUAUGUGUAUGUGUGGGCAGUGUAUGUGUAUGGGGGCAGUGUGUGACUGUGUGGUGAGGAGGGUAGGGAGGCUUUUUUAUCAUAUAUAUAUAUUUUUAAUUUAAUAAAAAUAAAUAUACUGUAUGUCCUCCCCUCUCUUCUUACCUUUACUGAGGGAGGAGAGGGGACAUUUCUCAAUCCCUGGUGGUCCGGUGGGGAAUCCUUGGUGGUCACAGUGGUGAGAGUGAACUCUCUUGAGAUCCGGAGCAUUGCCAUGGUAACCAUGGCAAAGCUCCGUGUUCACAAGAGAAGGACCCGGAGGAGCUCCUGGGACCUCUCUCCCUCCCCUAUCGGCUGCCAGCAAAGUGCCCGCGGACCGGGCAGGGAGAUCUCUGAGUUGGAAAAUAUAUAUUUUGAAGAAUUCAUCCAGUUGAGCUAUUUUGGCUUGAAUUUGCAAAGCCCUUGCCAUUCCUCACAAAUUAAAAAGUUUAGUAAAAAAAAAAAAAAAACACAGUCAGUAAUAUAUAGUUCAUCAACCACAACAACAACAAAUAAGUAUCUUAAAGAUAUUAAUGCACUUGGUGAUAUAUAGUCUUUGUAUUAUAAAUCUAAAUACUGAAUCAAUGUCCUGGUUUAUGCCAACAACAAAAAAAGCAGCUGUACAUAAAAUUCACAAUGUUAAAAACAUUUUAAAGAUCUUAAAUCUAAUCUAAAAUCCACUUUGAUGGUGAAUCAAAAGAUUGUUCUUGAUGAAGUAUAUCGCAAGCCAGAUAUGGUUCAAAUGGUAUGGUAGUAUGGCUAUAAAUUGUAUUUAUAAUUGCUACCCUUAAGUUUUCCAAUGGGUUAAAGCUGAAAGUUAUAUUACUGACACCGAAGUUAUCUACUUACAUCACUUAGAGAGUCCUAUCAUUGCCAUAUGGCAUUGUCUGAUUUCCCUGUACCGGGCUCUUUGUGUUUAUGUUACCGACUCGAGCUAGGUAUUUUAUGCAGUUGGAUACGUUCUCUUUGAUUUUUUACUAUGUAUUUUAAGCUGUUGGAUACUAAGCUACUGCUGCUGUAAGCACGGUGCUUUAUCUUUGUGAUUUUAUGCAGUGUUGACAAGUUGUUAUUCAUAUUUUUAAUCUCUUCAUUAAGUUUGACAUGAAAAUUCCAAACUAUGGGUUUUUUCAGCUUUUUCAAAGUUACAGAAAUAACAUUUUCUAGACUUGUUACCUGCCACUAGUGAUAACACAUUUUUUGUGAUAAUAUUAUGUAAAAAUGGGUUAUACUCAACAGAAAUCUCAGAAAGUCAGCACAAGUUUGCAAGUUUGGCCUGACUGACAUUUACACGCUGAGAUAUUCUGGGAGAUAUGACUGAAAGCGGCUUUCUCAAAAUUAGUCCAACUGUGCUGUCGGAUUUCCCUUGGCAAAUCAGCUUAAAAUCACUGUGCGUUAAUUCCAGUGGCCCCCAGCAUCUUCUUCAGGACUGCACGCCAUUGCAUUUUAAAACAAGUGAAAGCACUUAUAUAUGUACAUCCCUCUGAAAAGAAUUCAUCCGCUUAUCAUAAUGAAAUAUAUAUUAGGAGUUAUUUAUAUAGAACAAUUUUGGUGCAAAAUUUUGAAAGUGAAGUUGUCGCUAUGGAAACAGAUUUAAUGAUUUGCAAUGAUUUAUGUUUCAUAGUCACUAUUGUCUCCGUAUUGUACACAAUCAUCCUAAAUACAGACGCACACACACAUUUUAAAAUAUAGGUAUCAGGGAUAUCUUAAAAGCAUAAAAUAAAAGCAUGGCAAAUAUUUUUAACGCAGCUGAUAGCAGUAGCUUUUGGGAGAAAAAUCAGAGGCAAGACCAUAUAUUUAAAUAUUUAACAUUAUGGAUAAAAGAAUCAUAAAUUAUAUCACCUACACAGCGAGAAGUACCUUCAAGCUCAGAAAACACAGAUUUCUGUUCUAGAAUACCGACAUUUUUUAAAAACAUAUAUAUAUUUUUCACAACACAUAUGAUUAAUGUACCUCUAGAAGCAACAGUAUCUGUUUUUCUCUUCCCUCGAUGUCCUUUGACCCCAAUUUGGCCACUGAUCAGUAAUCACCUCAUUACCUCAAAGCAGUUGGAGAUCAUUGUUUGACAGGCUCAUUUGUUACUGUAUUUGAACUGUAGUAACCAUUCAAUCUAUUCCUAUUAAUGUUGUAGUCCACUGUAGGAAUCAAUUUUUUAGAAUUUAUGCUCCUUUCAGAUGUAACCUUUUUUUUUUUUUUUUUUUUACUUUAUUUUUACCGUAUCCACAAGUAACUGACUGGUGUUCACAAUUGAUAGUGAUUUAUUUUUCAAUAUUUUUUUAUAACCAGAUAAUAUGACAGAGAGUCUAUAUUUAAAGAGACACAUUUUAUUAGAGUAUGGAAGAUAAUAUGUGGACAUGGUUUAGUUUAUCAUUCACAAAGCGUAUCAAUGUAUGGAAAUCAGAAAGUGGUAUAACUCAUACUUUAUGGUUAUACUGUCAUAAUGAAGGUUAGCCCAGCUUGUUGUGCCUGAAAGUACUUUUAGAAGACAAAAGGGAUAAUUCCUGGAUUUACGUUAACAGACAAUCACAGCAGUAAGGAGUAGAUGCCCAAUAAAAGGACUAUUGGUCAGAUCUAAACACUGGCAGUCAGAGUUAAUACUAGUUCUUAGAGUGGGCAGAUGUAAUUAAAACUCAGAGAAGGACAAGGAACAGGUUUUAGAUAUUUUAGAUUGAUGUAAAUGUAAAUCUAACCAGGUUCGAGGUACUGGCAGCUAUCAACAUAAACAAGAAACUGUUUUGUGAAAUAACCAUAAAAAUGUAGCUCGUGAGGAGUCAAACUUAUAGCAAAAUCAACAAAAAGACAUGUUCACACCAAAUACAAGACAACACUCAGGGAUGUGUUUUUUUGUUGUUGUUGUAAAUCUUUAUUUUUGACGUGCAGAGAUGUAUUAUGGAUAAUGCACACAUUAGAAGAUAUUUAGCGAUAAAGAUAGUGAUAUCCAGCAAAUAACACGAGAUACUGCACAUUAUUUAAAAUAAAACAAGGAAAACAAAACGUAAUGCGGAGAGAUUACAACCAAAGAUAAAGGAGGUAGAGCACAACAUUUGCACUGGGUGCAUAUUCAGGAAUAAUUAUUUAUCAACAUUCUGUAUAAGUAGAUCUGGCUACUGGUGUGGGGUCCAACUAUAAGAGAUUCCUGCAGCUUUGAAGCAGACCAUUGCUUGGGUCUCCAGCUACCCGAUUCCCAACAGAUUCAAAGCACAGUACCACUACCUCCCUCUUGCCCACGUUUAGUAGGCCACUAUAUUUGUAUGACUUGGAACCACUGGAUGCUAGCAGAAUCUCGUCAGACUGAUAGAUGUUGAUGUUCACAAAAGUGUUGUGAAUGCUGAAAACUUUAGAAGUUUGAUAAAUAAUAGAUAUAAAGUAAGAUGUGAGCGUUUUUCCCCCGGAGCUUAUCCGAGGAGCAUCCAGUCAGCUUGGCAGCUAGGUUCUGCCCCCCAGGGAUGUCUUUUCUGUCAAAAACAAACCAUGUAAGGGUGCCUGUUUUUUCUUGCUAUGGAUUUUUCUGACUAUACAUACUCUUUUUGGUGUCAAUCAUGGCAUAACCAGAAAUAGAAUGUCCUAGAAUGUAUUUGAACUGGACACAAAGAGAUGAGGGCAGCGCUAGAGACUCUCUGUCUACAUCCAUUUAGAGCUGCAAAGGCUACGGGAUGCUAUAGCACAAGGACUUGUAUAUACUGCUGCAAGGACAUAUAGGAGAAAGGAAACAAUGGGAGAAAAAAGAAUAUGGAUCAAGAGGAUCAUAAAAGAGUAAAUGACCCUAGUAGUAUAUAUAGGAUAUAUCAGGGGCCUCAGACGCUUGUUAGAGAUAGUUGGGAAAGGUCGGGACCAGCUUGCACAUCUGGUGGUCAUGACCAGCCAUUGCAUCUUAUUGGAAAGAUGUCCAUACAGCCAUAAAGAGGCUGGUGGAUGUAGACUUACUUUUUCAGCCCUUGCCUAUACUUUUUCAGCACACCACUGUGUCCUAACGACCCUAUAAGAAAUCUCUCACAAAACACCUAUUAACAGCAGCGAAGUUACUAAUCCCCACUAUGUGGAAGAAACAGUCUGCACCUAUUUAGAUGCAGUGGAUGGGUAAGGUGGAGGAAGGGGGAAGAUGACUGCAAGAACCAGCAAACAUAUUUCUCAAGAUGUGGGAUUACUUUAAAAUUUUAUUUUCUUCUUCUUCUUCACCCACCAGCCACCCUCCCCAGCCCUGUACCCCUUCCCAUAAUAAUUACAAAAUUAGUGAUCAAACAUAAUCUACAACCUUUGGACAAGGUUACAGAGUUUAAGGUUGGAAGUAGUAAAAUGGUGGAAAAAAAAUAUGAUUGUAUGAAUUUAUUGAACAGACUUGACAACCACAACCAUAUGUUUGUUUGCACAAUCCAUGAUCACAUGAAAAUAUAAAAGACGAUUGUCAAAAAAAGUUUAGGUGCAAGAUAAAGAGUCAGGGGAUUUUAACACAGGAAUAAAUUACAAGCAGACUGGCAGGAGGGUCCGUGUAUAGAAGUUAAAAUGAAUAAACAAAUAAAAAACACAAGCUGGGCUCUCCUGGACAUCACAGAUUUUGUCCUUUUUCUUCUUUUCACCUUGAGAGAUUCCAAUGCAGGUGAGGGAGAGCUGAGAAAAAUAGGUUGAGAAUAUUCCCAAAUUAAUAUUGUGCUAUUCCACUUCUAAUGUAUCCCUCAUGUUUUUUUUUUAUUUUUUUUAUAAAACUGAAUUAUAAUACUUUUUUUUCUCAAUCUUUGUUUUUAUUGAGGCAGAAUGGGGGGACUAUGGGGCCUCGAUUAUUUGCAGGAUAUGCUCCAGGUCAUCAGUGGCUUCCCCCACCUAGACCAUGAUCUAGGCCACAGCACGGGUAUCGUUACUUAUGAAAGGAGGUGCCCAAAAGACACCCAAAGCAGGCUUGCAAUGAUUUCUUCCAUAAUUAUGUUUGUAUCAGUGAUUUAGGCAUUAUUAAAUGUAAAGUGUCAAAGAACUAAAGCGGGCUGUGUCUGUUCAACUCAAAGGUCAGCCCCCGCUCCCUUUAUACAUUUUAAUUUAUACAUUUUGUGUCAGUUUUGCUAGUGUGUAUAUAGAAUAAAUAUACUACUUACAUGAAGUCAUAUAUUCCUUUUUUGGCCUAUUGGUCAUCCUUAUAGAUCACAUCUUGCUUAUCUGCCUGGAACAAACAUAGCCUAGAGUAUUUUUGACAUUUCCAUCACUAUAAUAAAGCUAAUGACAACAAGUACCUGCCGUACAUAAUACUUCUGUAUCCUGUAAUUAAUUACAUCAUGUAUCUCAAUGAUAGUAUUGUGUGAUGGAAGUCUCUUCAAUUUUAAGCCUUGUUGCUCUUACAUUGGUUUAUAGUAUGUUUAUAUCAUUCAGAUAAAUAAAUAAAUAUUAAUAAAGGGGGAAAUUUAGAAAGGUAGUAGAGCUUAACUUUUAGAAUUUCAACCCACAAUCACUUUUUAUCUCACCUAUUAGCAUCUCUCAUAUAAGUAAGGUUCACCCUGAAUUUUGUAAUUAAUUUAUUUAAUAAACAUCAAAACAUCGCAACUAUUGAAUAAAUAUCACUAACAAUAAUAGUUUUUUGUAAAUAAUAGAUGCUAUUUUUAUCAAACUUAAUGGCACUCAUUUAAUAACCUGAUUUGACCUUACUAUUAAGGUGGAAAAAUUGUGCAUGGUGGAAAAAUUGGUUAAAAAAAAUAUAUAUAUAUUUUUUAACAUUAUUCAGUCGACCAAAUUUAGUUGACAUGGUGGUUCAGCUUGUCCAAAUUUUGUCCAUGCAAAUGACUCAGGAAAAAUGAUCAGACGAAGCAAAAGGGCACAAAAAAUUUGUUAUAUAAUGUUUAUAAAUGUAUAUAUUUUUUUUUUUUUUUUUGAAUUCUUUAUUUUUGUGGGUUUGCAAGUCAAGAUAAUCAAUUACAGCAUGUGCUCAGAGAGAUAAAAUGUAACAUUUUACAUACUAGAUCAUCAUUACAUGUUAUAAAGUCGCACAUGUGCGUCGUCUACCCGUUUUUGUUUUGUGAGUCAGGCUAAUCCUCCUUUUAUCUGUAUAGAAGAAGUACAGCAAUAUGUCUGGGAGGGUUUUGGCGUUAAGCUUAUUGUGCCCUGCAGAUUGGUUCGGGGUGUCGUGCCUUGCCUGGGGCAAGUACAGUAGGGGGUUGGGGAGGUGUAGUCGGUUUGGCCUGUGAAUGCUCCUGCCUUUGUGUGGGCCCUUAGGUCGGUCGGAGUUUUUCAGGUGGGUCGCUUACCCCUUGGUGUGGAGGUAUAUACUAGUUGUUAAGACCCUACUCUGUCUUCGUAAGGGUGGGUGGGUGGGGGAGGGGGUGGUAUUUGCAUAGGACAUGUCUUAGGCAGUCAGCUUACGGAGCCAGGGUGGGGUGAAAUCCCUUAAUCUGAGCUGUGAGAUUCUAGCUAAAGUGAUUAUAAACGUUGGAAUAAGUAUCAACGUAACGAGAAGUCAUGCAUAUAUGCAUAUAAACUGGUGUAAAUAAUGGGCCUAAGAGGCCUUGAACUGGGGGUUGUGAUCUCCCCGACAAAGUACAUUAUAUAAAGUUGUAGGGGUGAGUGUCCGCUCAUCUCAGGUUUGCUGGUCCGCCGCCCUUAGUGCCGUUCCUCUGGGUGCAAAGGGAGUAACUUCCGCGAUGUUCCACGGUGGACAGGCUUCUGUGUUCAUCACAGGUAUCGGGAUGCCCAUCGAUUGGAAGAAGGGUGAUGCUUCCGAGAUAGCCAGUAAGAGGUGUGUCUUUCCAUUAUGUUCCGCCAUCAGUCUGUGGGGACCCCAUUUAUAAGGGAUAGAGUUGUCACGUAGGUGUUGCGUGAUGUGGCGGAAAGUUCUGCGCCACGUGAGGGUAUGUCUUGACAGGUCCCUGUAUAGAGUCAAGCUUGCUCCUUCAAAAGUGAUUGUAGGGGAACCCCGUGCUGCUCCCAUAAGGGCCCCUCUGUCAGAGUCCCGAACUAGUUUAAGUAAUACAUCCUUUGGGGCAUCUUGAGGUGCCUUUGUGGCCUUAGGGAGUCGAAAGCAAGAGUCAAUUCCAGCCUGUUUAGCCUGUUUUGGUGGUAACAGUGUGGCUAUCAGCCGUCUGCAGUAGUGAGGUAGCUCCAUAUUAUUAACAGUUUCCGGUACCCCUCUAAUACGCACAUUGCGCGCUUUUGCUUUAUCUUCCAUGCCUGCUAGCUGGGCUGUUAAUGUGGUGCAUUGUUUUUGUAGGGAUCCCAGAGUUGCAUCUGUGGCUGUUUGCGCCACCCUAGUGCUUCUGAGCAUUUCCUCUGUUGAGGUUACACGGCCUGCAAGGGUGUUUACCUCUCCUCUAAUCAGUGCCAUAUCGGCGUCAAACAUCGCCCUAAUUUCAAUCAUCAUGGCCUUUAUAUCGGCUUUCGUUGAUGGUGCUAGGUCGCCAAGAUCUGGUGGCUGUUGGGGCUUAGGUCGUACCUCAGACUGUGCAGUCACAGGGUCCGGUAGGCUGUCGUCGUCCGAGGACUGCGAUGUAAAGGCCUCAGCCGGCGCCAUCUUGGCUGACUCGUGUCGCUGAGACGGGCGCAUAAAGGCGCCUAUAUCUCUGGAUCCGGAGCUCAGCUCCGCUCUGUGCUUUUUCGUUUUUUUCCCCAUGGUCUGGGAUAUGCAGGGGGACUUUUUCUCUGGACCCCGUUGCAGAUUUUGCCUCCGUUUCGGCUAUGUUAUUGGGUCGGCCGACGGAGCUGUGGUAAGCUGCGACCGUCUCACUCAGGCGCUGGCUCCGCCCCAAUGUAUAUAUUUUUUAUACAAAAUGUUUUUGCACUCUUUUAAUUAAUUUGAUUAACCAAAUUCCAAUGGAAUGUUCACCAAAUAGAAUGGUAUUUAACCAUUCAAAUUUGGUCCACGUUCAGCUGUUUAGCAAUUUUGAUCACUCGGUAUCAAUGUAUUUUAAACAUUCAGUCUGGCUGAUCGCUUGUUUAUUUGCUUGGUAUGUAUUUAUUUGAUACAUUAAUUUAUUAAUUUUGUUUAGUGACUAUCCCCAAACAAUAAACUAUUUGUUUUUUGGCAUCGUGGAUAGAACUCCAAAUCACAAAAUUGUUUGUCCAUUGCUUCAUGAUUAGUGAUGUCCCGAACGGUUUGCCGAACAGUUCGCGAACGGUUCGCUCCGAACGGUUUGCCACGGACUCAUCAUUGAGUAAACUUUGACCCUGUACCUCACAGUCAGCAGACACAUUCCAGCCAAUCAGCAGCAGACCCUCCCUCCCAGACCCUCCCACCUUCUGGACAGCUCACUAAGAAUGCAGCUUCAAAAUGGAUGCUGUCCAGGAGGUGGAAGGGUCUGGGAGGGAGGGUCUGCUGCUGAUUGGCUGGAAUGUGUCUGCUGACUGUGAGGUACAGGGUCAAAGUUUACUCAAUGAUGAGUCCGUGGCGAACCGUUCGUGGCGAACCGUUCGUGAACCGUUCGGGACAUCACUAUUCAUGAUACAUCAACAUAGGGAAUUCGGACAACACACCAAUCAGCCAAAAUGGGAUGAAAUGCAAUUUAUUUGAAACCGAAUGCACAAAUCUACUUGCCAAGAUUCAAACCUUGGUGAGAUGUUUAGCAAAACAUGUGAAACAAAUAACAUUACAUAAUGCAUUGAAAAAUGUACAUCAUUAUGUUUAACUAUCUUUUCACCCACUAUGUGACAAUAAGCAUUUGGAGUACCCACUUUCAUUAAUGCUUGCUUAUUGCAAGUGCAUGUCUUCACCCUAAAUGCAUAUAAUUACUUAGUGGAUACAAUUGAAUAGUUGGGUUUUUAUCCAAUCCUAGUUACACUAUACUGACAAAAAACAGAGUUAUUUUCUUUGCUGAAUAAAAAAUUAACUCCUGAAUUCAAACUUGGUUAUUAGAAUUUCGAGUGAAUCGGAGUUUGUUGUCAUUAGUAAUGGUCAAGUAUGUAUAGAAAAUCUUCAGGUUCACAACAUUUUCCCAUCCUUUAUGUAUACCGUUCCGCUCUUAAAUAACAAUGACCGUGUUCAAACUUAUUGUUAAAUUGUCUAAACAUAUGUUCCAGUUCAGGCAUAGGCAACCUUCGGCACUCCCAAUGUUUUGGACUACACCUCCCAUGAUGCUUUGCCAGCAUUAUUGGUGUAAGAGCAUUAUGGGGGGGUGUAGUCCACAACAUGUGGAGUGCCGAAGGUUUCCUAACCCUGUUAUAGAGUGUUACAAUUACAGACUGGGAAAGUGCUUUCAUUUUUUUUAAUCUUAGGUAAACUAUGACUUUCUGAGUAUCUUCUGUUUUGAGUGUAUACUUUCUUGUAUUUUGCUGCCUGAAGUGUAACUAUGUAAAUGGUACAUAUAGCCUAAAACAUAAAAAUAAACUUUUAGUGAACACGAGAAUGUGUGCACUAUUCCAGUGAAGGCAAAAUCAUGGAAAAAGGAAGCUAUUUUUCUCAUAAAAUCAUGAAAAUUUAAAUUUAUGUCUCCUAAACUCCUUAAUUAAUUCAGCUCUCAGGAUGGAGACCUCAUCUACUGUCACCGUCGAUAGAAUGCAAUGAAAUGAAAGAUAUAAUGUAGUUGUCAAAUAACACAUGAGCAAUUAAAAUCCAUUUAUACAGCAUUACAUACAUUCAGCAUACACAGAAAUAUGAUACUAUAAUCACUCCUAGCUUAUUGGAGGCUGGACUGUUUGUUAAUGGUUUAGUCCACCUCUGGCCAUGUCUUAGACUAUCAAAAUUAUGUCAACCUAGCAGGAAGUGAAAACAUUUUUUCCUAUUCAGCUACGUUAUCCAUAUUGUGCAGCCUUGUUGUCACUGCUACAAAAUGUCCAGUUUAGCGAAUAAGCCUGCCUAUUUAUAAAGCACCAUCUCAAAUCUCUUGGGAACACUAUUUACAUUUCAAGCUAAUUAUCAGACUGCUGUUUUCCAAUUUUGUGGGAAUCAGAAACAUGGAUGUUCAUGGAAGAUAAGAACCAUUUGAUUAAUUACACCUUUUAUUAAUUCAUUCUGUAAAAUCUCAUUAUGUUAUAUUUAGCAUCUUUAACAGAACAUACUAGGCUUGAGUCACUAAAUGGGGAUUUAUAGUGCAUUGAAAACUACAUUUUAAAAUCGUAGCUAAACUUGUCACACAGGGUAAAGAAAGAAAUAGGUAGCAAAUAUUAUAAUAAUAUUGUGGAUUUUUUGGCUAAAUUGGCCAUUGUGGAGGAAUGACAAGCAAAGGGCGAAUCGAAAGCCAAAUAACCCAAACUGGGAGGAAAAAUCUCUGCUAAGCAAUUGUCAUCCCCUUGUCACAAAUUCUGUUUAAAUUAACAAACCCCAUGUGACAGGAUCACUGUGCCUGGUCACCUGAACCUGAAACGUGCACACCUGAAACUCUUCCCCAUGCAACCAUGACAGCCACGAUUUCCCAGUCAAUAAAAGACAGUGAGAGUGAUUUUUUACAAACAGACACUGCAUUCAAUUGUGGUAAAGUAUACUCCUCACACACAAAAUGUUAAUUCAAAAUAGUUACGCUGUUCCUCAAGCUUAACCCCUAACGUGCCAAUAAUCCUUAGAGUCCCAAUCUCCAGUUUCACAAUGUUCAUACGGAUUAACCUUUUAUGGUCGCUCAACUACUCCUUGCUAACCAUUCAAGAGUCUCGUUACUUCUAGUCAGUUUAACCCCUUUUGAGCCAUAGUCUCAGGGUAAAAGGCUUGCCAGUGACCUCCUCUACACUGAGUGACAAUGAGAGAGUUGUAUGGGAAAGAAGGCUAUUCAGUAUUCAAUGGAAAUAGACAGGGACUUUAAAUGCACCUCAUUGCAAAAAAAGUGCAAUUCUUCUGCACGUAGAAAUCAAACGCAACCAGAGGGAAAUCAAGCGAUGGAUCAUUCAUGCAGUAUAUGAAUCCUACAUACUGUAGGACAGCACUGAAUAAAAAUCACUGUGAAGUAGAUAUACCCCAAAUGAAAUCGUGCAUGCAUUUAAUUAUGCAUUUUGUUCAUUGGGGUUAUAUCUAAAACAGUUUUUAGAAACUGCAGAUCUCUUGUUCGCAGCCAUUGCAAGCCCUCCCCUUCUGACCACACCCAGACUUUCUGUGUCUGACCAAUCACAGUCUUCCAAAUGCAGCUCAAUGAGAAGUCUUUGCAAGGCGGGUGCUCUGGGCAAUUGCCGUCUGUUAAGUUCAGUGCAAAUAAGCUAACCAAACCAGGAAGUAACAGGACCGGUUGUCCGCUUAAAAAGCCAGGAUCAUUUAUAAAAGUGUCAAUUUCUAUUGAAAUCUAAACUUAUUCCAAAAUGACAAAAAUAGGACACACUCUUCUCACAUAAAGCUUUUUAGCAAGCUAAAGUGAUUUAGUGGUCUGGAGUGUCCUUUUAAUGUAAGUCUGUCCUAAGCACAAAGUACACACUGUAUUUUGUUCAAAAUGUAUAACUGUGGAGAUUAUCCACUACAUAUGGUGGUGUGUUAACAACUAAGACCAUGACUCACUUUAUUUCUAUAACGACCACAGUGACACGAUGUGAAUUACUGGCGUACUGAAAGACUCUGACAUUGGAAAGAAUACUGAGACAUUUAAGAGCUUUGGGGUAUCCUAGGGUUCCCUGGUUGUUAUUUCUGCCAUGAGAAAUGAAUUACAGAUUCUCUGAUAUUAUUUAUGGGUCCUAUGGACAGCUCAGAAACCUUUAAAGGAUCACUAUAGUGUCAGGAAAACAAACUUGUUUUCCUGACACUAUAUAACCCUUAGGUUCCCCCUCCCCCCUCCCCCCCCCCACCUCAGGGUCCCACUCCCACUGGACUUAAGGGGAUAAAACCCCUUUAGCCACUUACCUUUAUCCAGCGCCGGGCUCCCUCGGCGCUGGUGACCUCUCCUCCCCCGCCGAGUCAGCUUCCAAGUGGAGCGGAAUGCUUCCAAGUGGAAGACAGCCACUAGAGGCUGAAUUAACCCUGCAAUGUAAAUAUAGCAGUUUCUCUGAAUUGAGCUGAAGUGGUCUGGGUGACUAUAGUGUCCCUUUAAUGUUUGCAGUCUACUUACAUAUGCUUAUUUUGUGCCACAGCCAAACAUGUAAUUUAGGACAUUUUCGUUGACAUGGUAACAUAGCUAAAUCCUGCCCGAUCUGUAAUAUCUUUUCAUUUUAAACAUUUUCCAAAGACAAUUGCUAAAAACACAAUAAUAGAGUCCCCAUAGUGUAUGAAGGUUGUCUACUCAAACAAGAGGUUUAAGCCCUUCAAAAUGAGAAAAAAAAAUGGAAAGAUGUGGAUAAAAGUAACUUUUUUUAUUUAAAAAAAGGCAGGUAUUACCAUAAGAAUAAUCUAUAAUUAUGCCACCACAGUAAAAUAUUUCUUUCUUUAUUUAUUUUUGCCAACAAGGGCAAAUAAAGUGAAUCUAAUAAGUUCUUUAGAAAUUUAAAAUUAAAUCCAUAUGUGUAGUGCCCCAUGUCAAUCCCUAAGGUCCCUGUUACUGAAUACAUCUAACAUGAUGAUGCCUAAUUGAUAAGUUUGUCAAAGAAAAAAAGUAAUACCCAAACUUGCACUCUGGGGGUUCCAAUGCCCAGGUAGUCUAAACAAGGAAGGGGAAAGUGAGUAGCUAGACAGUGCACAACAGAGGCGGCUCUCUAAUUAGGCAAUUUAGGCCGAAAGCCUAAGCCUCGUGCAGACUGGGGCCUCACGGCCACCUAAAUCGCCUUAGGGCAGACUGGCAUGUCGGGUCCUUGGUCUAUGACCGAGGACCCGACACAGGAGGGAACCCGGUGGCUAGCCCAUUAUGCCACAGAGUGGGAGGAGAGCGCCCUGUACAGCCUCUGGUCUGCAGCUCCUCCAGGUGCAGAGCUGCGGACUGAGGUGACUCGCAAUCUCCAGCAAAUCAGAGUGUUGCCGUGGGUUACCCCGCAACGCUCUGAUACUUCUGGAGAUCGCAAGACACGUACCACAUGGUCUGCAGCACUGCACCCGACAGAGCUGCAGACCAGAUAGGAAUCCACAGGAUCACCAGGGGAAUGAAUCCAGGAUAAAAAGUAUGUUUGAUUACCCACCUUAUACACACAAUGCAACCCCUAUUUAUUUUCACUUUGGUUGUUAUUGGGGCCUCACAAAGUCUAGAGCUGGUUCACAAUAAUACUGAGGCUAAAGGCAAUAUCCUAGAAAGGCUCUUCCCUUUUCUAGCCCUGGCCAACAGGCUAAAUGUAACACUGUAUCCUUAUAUUUACCAGUCACCCAGGACAUUGCAGGUGUAUGAUACACAUAUUAAGGAAAAGAAAGGGAACACACACUGUAAUCACGUUUCACCCACCACGCCGGGAUCAUUAGGAGUGCCGAACAUAGCUUCCCCAUCAGAAAAUUUAAAUAGACUGCCCUCUCACGUGAUAGGUUGCUAGCACUAUUGUGUGAUUGCACGUUGCCUGACAGUGCUGCAAAUUAAGGAUAUAUUAUUGCCAAGUCAAAACAAAACAUUGAAUUGAGCGAUUGAAAGAAAAUGUACUAUAUUAUAAUUACACCUUCAUGGGAUCUAUUCACUAAACAGUAUGUUUUUGUGGAUUGACAGUCGACAGGCAGAGCAUGGACCACUGUAGUUGAGAUGGAAUGAGAGCUAUUGUUGGAACUGAAGAUGAUGUUGAAUUGAAAUUUGUUUUCUACCUCUUUGCCACAAGCUGACUAACAGCACUCCCUCCAGACAUUUAAUUGAAAACACAAAUUAUUUGAUCUUAGAAAUAAAAUCAGCAUGUGUUAGUCUGUUAUGCUACAGCUUCCACAGAGUGGUAUCACAUGCUGCUUAGUGAAUACCUGCUUCUAGUAGGUCAUCUGCUUAAUAAUCAUUUAAAAAUGAUUUAUGUUAUGUUUAAAUGCCCUGUGAGAGAAAAGAAGGCGCAUUUACUCAAAUGCGGAACAAAACAAACAUCUAACAUAACCUAAUUUAUUUAAUUGUAUCGUUUCAUUGUAUCAUUUCUCUUUCAGACAGAAUUUUAAUGUAACUUCAGGUUAACCUGGUUACAAUAUUUAAAAUAAAAUGAGCAAGUUGCAGCAGAAUUAAAUCUAUAACUACUGGGUUUAAAAAAUAAUAUAUUUAUAAUAUAUUUUGUAUUAUUACUGUAGUUUUUACUAUUAUCCAACCACCAUAACAACCUGUCUGUUUUCCACAUUCUCUAUGUGUACGGCAGCUCAUACCAGAGGUGAUUUGUCAGAAAUUCUUAAAGGAACACUCUAGACCCCUUAAGCACUUUAGAUUGCUGAAAUGCCUUAUGUGUGAAGAGUGUGUCACCUUUUUUCAUUUUAAAAAAAGUGCAGAUUUUAGCACUUUUAUAAAGUAACCUUGUUACAUCCCCGUGGCUGUCAAUCAGACAACUGGCCCUGUUAUUUCCUGGUUUAGUUAGCUUAGUGAAGAUAAACUCAAGAGUCAAGCAAUUGCCCGGGACACCUGCCUUGAAAAGACUUCUCAUUGAGCUACAUUGGGAAGUCUGUGAUUGGACAGCCACAGAAAAUCUGGGCGGAGUUAGAAGGGGAGGGCUUACAAAGACUUCGUACAAGAGAUCUGCAGCGUUUGCAAGUAGUUUUUAGAUAUACUAACAAUGAAAAAUAGAUAAAAUAGAUUAAAUUCAUGCUUGUUCUCAUUUGGGGUAUAUCUUUUAAACAAUGAUUUCUAGUAUUUUGGGGUUUGGGUAGUGUCCCUUUUAUCUCUCCAUUACACAUACAAGCCUUACGUGGCAUUUGUCGUCAAAUCAAAUGUAUACCAUGUACGUCUCGUUCAUUGGUUUCAAAUCUACACAUUAGUCUUCGUGUCUCGCUUCAUUCAUGAAAAACAUGAUUACAGAUCAUAAACUAAAUAGUUGCAAAUAAUCAGCAAUUUCCCUUAUGUUUAAUAUCAUUUGUGCAUAAUUGAAAAACAAUGAUCAAUAUUAAGGUGUGCACAAAGAUUUGGGACCAAAAAGGCUGCACCAAGCAAUUCUGACUACUUUCCUUUUUACCACACGACACCACGGACAGUGCAUUCCAAGACUCUUCUGUAGCGGAGGUGAAGGAAUAACCUAGAGUAAAGAUUAAAUUUUUUAUUUUCGGGACCUCUUAUGUCUGGAUUAUCCAUUCCUAUUUUUGAGGAAAUAAAUAAAAUAAAAAAGUAACCUUACAAGCAAACAAAUAUAAAUUGACUUUUAUACUAGAUCUCAUAUAGCAAUGUGUGUAUCCAUGUUUGGUUACAUUCUCAUUGUAUAAACGAUGAUUGACUGUGCUUUCUCAUACUGCUUAUUAUGCAUUUUCAUACCUACUUAUUUUAUGUUUUUGCAAAAAUGUCAAUAAACUUUUUAUUGGGAAAAAAAAGAAAAUAUAUUUAUAAUGACAACAGUCCAUUGACUAGAAUAGCAUUGUCUUUAUUAUAUAUAUUAUAAAACUAGAUAUCGGAUGCUCACACAACAAAGGUAUGUUGCAGAAAAAAAUAUAUAUAUUUAAGCUUGUUAUACUUAACAUAUUUUAUGUAUUGUUCCUCUUUAGUAAACAUUUUUUAAUAUUUUUUGACCUACUUUAAUACCUUUGCAUAAAUAUAUAUCAUCCAGCAAAAUAGUAGCACUCUAGGAUUUCCAAUACGUCUUCUUUUUAUUUUAGAGUAAUCAACGUUUCAGUUCCCAAUUGGAACUUUCCUCAGGACAGGAUGUUCUCUAUAGUGUUCCUGAGCACCGGUUAAUGUUACUAUCAUGUUAAAAGUUGGAAUGCAACAGCUAAGGAUUUUCUAUAUUUAUAUCAAUAUAUCCUUGUAUCAUGAAUCCAAUUUAAUGUCUUUAUGUAAAAAUGCGUGCUGUUUCAUUUUAAAUAUGCUGCAGUACAAUUCUAUUAAUUAUAAUCUGAAUAAUUAUAAUACUAAUAUUAAUAUACCUAAAGACAUUUAAUUGGAUUCAUGAUACAAGGACGAGUGCACACAAUUUGCUCUGAAUAAUUAACACAUUAUUUGUAAGUUUAUGGCAAUAUUUGUCACAUUACUUGUUUUCCAUGAGAGAAGGAUGUAGCAAAAUGAGUCAACUGUAGGAAGGUCUAAGACUUGAGCUAACAGAAUAGGGCUAUGCUAGGUGAUGGGUUGAGAUGAGAGGAGAAUUUCCAAAAUAAUACAGUAGCAGUGAGUUUCUUCAAACUAUCGCCAUAAAGAGAGCUGUCUUGGAAUAUUGUGACAUAACAACUAUGCUCAUUUUCAUUGUUACAUAUCUUUUCCUCUGAUUUUUAGUGGUUUAUCUACAUCAAGCAUGUCAAACUCACGGCCCUCAUGCGACCCACAAGGACCAUCUUUGCGGCCCGGCAAGCCGCGAGUACAUGCUGGUGUUAUAGCAGAGUAGGCACCUGUUUUACCCAUAUUGCAGGUGCCUACUCUGCUAACACUUACCCGGCCAGGGAGUAGAGCCAGUGAGGGAGAUCAGUGUUCCUGCUCCUCACUGCUCCCUCGCGCAGUUUAGUGAAGUCGGGAGCCAGAAUAUGACGUCAUAUUCCGGCACCCAGCAUCACUAAAUGGUGAGGGAGCAGUGAGGAGCAGGAAGGAGAUCUCCAGAUAGAAGAUCCCCACACCAGCUCCCAAAGGUAGGGAACAAUAAAUUAAAUGAUGUGAGUGCAAGAAUGUGUAAAAGAUGUCUGUGUGUGUGUCUGUCAGUGAGUAUGUGUGUGAGUGUCUGUCAGUGAGUAUGUAUGUGUGUCUGUCUGUCUGUCAGUGAGUAUGUGUGUGUAUGUGUGUGUCUGUCUGUCAGUGAGUAUGUGUGUAUAUGUGUGUGUGUGUGUGUAUCUGUCAGUGAGUAUGUGUGUGUGUCUGUCAGUGAGUAUGUGUGUAUCUGUCAGUGUGUCUGUCAGUGAGUAUGUGUGUGUGUGUGUCUGUCAGUGUGUCUGUCAUUGAGUAUGUGUGUGUGUCUGUCUGUAUGUGUCUGUCAGUGAGUAUGUGUGUGUGUCUGUCAAUGUGUGUGUGUGUGUGUCUGUCAGUGUGUCUGUGUGUGUCUUUCAGUGAGUAUGUGUGUGUGUCUGUCAGUAUGUGUGUGUCUGUGUGUGUGUGUCUGUCAGUGAGUAUGUGUGUGUGUCUGGCAGUGAGUAUGUGUGUAUGUCUGUGUCAGAUCAGAUUUGGCACAGGGUGGUAGAGGGGGAGGGGACUGGGAUUUUUAAAAUAAAUCUACGUUUUUAUGAAAAUUUAAGGUAUUUUUUUUUUUUGCGGCCCACAUAAACUUAAACCUUGAGCAGUGGUAACUCUUGCCAGACAAACACCCAGUUCCUUUUACCUUGAUAUACGUGAAGUCCAUCCCAGAUAAAAUAAAGCCAUUUUCAAACUGUAUUGCAUUUUUAAACAAUCCAGUUACACAAACAUAUAUUCCCUGUCCAUAAAAGUUAUUCCUCUCUAAAUGAGCUCAUCCCUAUAUUUCCGUUAAGCACUCACAUUUACCACUCUCUCUAUUUAAAUAUUUUUUACCCCUCUAUAUUAUUUCCAUUCUUCCAUCCUCCAUCCCCUUCCUUCCCUUCACGUUAGUCUUCAUGGCCAACACAAUUUCCACUUUUAAUCCAUUACUUUCUCACUAUUUCUGUCUCCUUAUCAAUUCCUUCCUUUUUUGUCAUGUAAAUAAAGCCCCUCCACACUUCAACUAUCAACUCAAGUACUUCUAGAAUGUGUGAUAGCUGCUCUAGUCAUACUCACCUGCCCACUCACACAAUAAACAUCUCUGGUACUUCUUGAUAAAUGUGUAAAAGUAUGUGUGUGUGUGUGUGUGUGUGUGUAAAUGUAUGUGUAAAAAUGUGUGUGUGUAUAUAACAGUUAAAAUAAGUGAUGUUUUCAAAUGAGAAAAAAACUGAGCAAGGCAUACAAAUGUACAACUUCAUAUAUGCAUAAACACACACACCCACACACACAUAUAUAUAUAUAUAUAUAUAUAUAUAUAUAUAUAUACAUUGAUCAAAUAAAGGUGAGGUGGGAGUAUUAAAAAGAACUAUACAAGACAUCAAGAUGUGUGUCCAGUGGCAUACACACAAUCCAUGGUGCCCCCGGUGCAAAACUGAUCCAUGCCCACCCUCUCCAAAAGACACACACAUACAUACCUACAGACACACAUACAUACAGAGACACAUACAUACAUACAGAGAGACAGAUACAUACAGACACAGAAAGACACACACAAGACACACAUACAUACAAACAGACAGGCACACAUACAUACACACAUACAGACAGACACACAAACACAUACAUACAGACCGACACACACACAGACAGACACACACAAAAGACACACAUACAUACAAAUACACAUACAUACAAACAGACAGACAAAAAUACAUACAUACAGACACAGACAGACACAUACAGACACAUACAGUCACAUACAUACAUAAAGACACAUACAUACAUACAGACUGACACACACACACACACACACACACACAAGACACACAUACAUACAAAGACACAUGCAUACAUACAAACAGACAGUCUCACAAUCAUUAUUGUUUCAUUCUCUGGCAAUCUUUGCUCUUUUGGAUACAAGCGUCAUGACCAUGCACAGGUUCUAAUUCACUACAUGUGCUAGUUCACGUGAAACAGAGAUGGGUGGAUUAGUGGGUGAGAGGCAAGUAAGAGGAAAAGUUUAUAACAAGUUUAUAAACGUUAAGUACUUUUUAUACUUUUCUUACUUUAUUUGUUUGCUUGCUUAUUUUAAGAAACAUUAUAAAGUGAUACAUGUUAUGGACCAACAGUUUAGGGAAUUUCUAUAGCUUCUCUAUCCAAUAUUUUAGAAUAUUAGAAUAAGAUCCGAGUCCGUGAAACAUCGGUAAUAAGAAAUCUAUUCCAUAGCAACCAAUAAGUGUUUUUGUUGCACUUAUUGUUUUUUUGCACUUAUUAUAGCUAAGGAAUUAACAAGCUUACGGGCUUAAUAAACACCAGUGGUAUAGUGUUCUAUUUCUGUGGAAGGCCAAAAGUCCAAGACUGAAAGAGGUCAAAAGAGAGAAAAAAGAGGUUAUAAAAUGCAUAUAUUUCCGGAAAAAAAAAUGAAUUGUACAUAUCUGCAUGUACUACUAGCACCUGUGACACCUAUAUAAUUAGGAGCAUAAAUCGCCACUGCAAGAAAACAUGAAGUUUGUUUAAAUGACUAUGGGGCAAACAUUUCAAAAGUGGGAUACAUAUUGUAGUAUUCACUGCAAUGCAAUGUCCUUCCUUUAAGAGCAAAACUGAUGGUUUGUUCUAGUUUUGCUAAUAAAGAUGUGUGAAAUAUCUUUAAUGUUAACAGUAACUUACCUUGCCAAUGAGGACAUUUGUAGACUAUAUUUCCCAUGAUGCUUCACCAGUCUAAAGACAUCCAUUAAAAUGUAUUUCACAAGAAUUUGCUGUGUCAAGACUAGCCAUCACUCUCUCGGGAUAAUAAGAUCCUGUAUUUACAGCCUGCACCACUCAGUAACCUUUGUUUGAAUGAAAAAUGCAUCAGCAUAUUGUUAUCUUAGUAUUACAUUUCAGUUUCCACACGUUUGCAUAUUAAGUUUAUUGAACUCAAUAAUUCAUCAUUUUAAUUAUACCCUUUGGAAUAGUAACUAUGUAACAGGUUCUUGUGCCAUCUGCUAAACAGCAUAUUUUACCUUUUAAAAAUGAAGAUCAAAGCAAAGCACUGGGAUAUCCAAUCAUACAUCUAAAAAGUGUCAAUAAAAGCUAAAUAAAAGUAAAAGAGCGAAAAGUCCUUACAAGAAGAAAAAACUCAGAUUGUGUCAAAAUUCAUAGAGACAAUUUCCAUUCAAUUAUUAUCAUAAGAUUAAUAGAAAAAGUGAAAAAAGGGGUGAUAAAAGCCAAAAGGAGUUUAUUUACUAAACACUAAAAAAUUGUAGCCAAACUGAAUUGUAAUACAUUUUUUAAAAACUGCUGAUCGGAAAAAAUAAAUCUCAGACUAAUAUAUAUUCAGUUUUAUUAUUUUAGCUCUUCUUUUGCAAUUGAGUUUUCAAUUCACUGCAUACAGAAAUACACAUUUCAGUUCACAAAAACAAGGGUCAAUUGUGACUGAAUAAUUUUGCAUGCACAAGGAAAACAACUUUGGUACCGAUUUAUUUUUUUGUUUCAACAAGCAUUUGACUAGAAUAAAACAUUAAUUAACAACAGAGUUCGAAUGAUGGAAUUCUGUUAAGAAUAGGAAACCAGAAAAACGUAUAGUUCAUCUGUCACGUCUAUAAAAAAAAUGUAACUCCACCUGUUGUCCAGUCUGCCAAACACACGCACUGUGCAUUCUAAGCAUGCGAGAAUUUAGCAAGAAUCAGCAGAGCCUUUUUGCUGAGAUCAAUUUUCCACAUUUUAGAGAAGAUAACAGGCAAAAAUGAUAAUAGUGUCUGGAAAAUUAAGAGGGACAUUAAUGUCAAAAAUCUAAAAUUAUUAAUGCGUCAUACUUUUUAAAAUUAGUUUUUACAUUUUUAAAUUUCCUAAUCCUCUAGACUCACUCUAGAAAUAAGAUAAAGGUUGCAAGUUUCAGAUUAAGGUACGGCUGUCCGGAUGAUGUAGGAACCAAAACCAACAAGAAGGGUCGAGACAAUCCUUAGAGUGGUCAGACUAAUGGAAUACAGUAGACAAAGGAAUAGCCAAGAUCAAAAGCAGGAGUCAAUGAUCAAGCCAAGUCAAAGGAAUGCAGAGAUCAGGAUAAGCAAAUAACAAAGUCAAGAGUCUGAUACCAGAAAGUCAGAGAAGAUAAAGGAAGUAUUAUUGGGCCAACGAGAACCACAAGAGGGCAAUAAUGACUGAGACAGGUAAGUUUAUAUGAGAGAAACUAGUCUCCUAUUGGCUAGCUCCAUCUUAGAUCUCCAGAUAAAAAUAGUAACUGCCCGGUGAAUGCGUGCGGAGAGUGUGUGGCAUCUGAAAGAAUGAUGAGGAAUUAAAGUACAACCCUGGUGAUCCUGACAAUGGCAAUCAGGACACAUUGUUUUUUGGGGGUUUUUGUAUUCAUUUUUUAUUUGCAAUAUAUUCCAGUCAAAUAUACAAAACAUUAUGGCACAUAAAUGAGUGGUUUGCACACGACUUAUCAAAGUAGGUUUAACAGCAAAAAUAAAAAAUAAUAACAAACCCACAGUAUAACAUGCAUACAUCUCUGACAUUCUACAUAACAGAGCAGCAACAUCACUGGUGUGAAUCGCAAAUAUGCAUACUGUACAGAGGCACCACCAUAUGGUAUCAAUGGGUAGGACACAUUGAUUUAUUGACUUUUUACUUAGAACAUCCCAAUACAAAGUUCAUGUUAGUUAAUACAAUUUAGAAUUUUUAUUAAAACUGAUCCAAAGUAAGAAAAUUUUUAAAAUUAAUGGCAAUCAUGGCUCUAUAACUACUACAGCAUGCUAUAAUGGUUAUGGUGCUUGGAAGUGCUUGGAAAGUUCCAUUAACAAUUUUAGGGCCAAUCAGUUUAAAUUUAUUACUAAAUUUAUUACUAAACGAAAUAAAAAUAUUGCUAAUGCAUUUUAGACAUAAUAAGAAUAUUCGAUAAAAUUAACAACCCGCAGAAAUUCUAAUAUUUUAAAUAUGUUUUCAUGACUCUAUUUUGCAUUUUGCCAUCAUUUCCAUGGAAGAUUUAAUUGUUGGUAACAUCUGCCAUCCCAUGUCUUGCAGUCAUAAAGAUUAAUUAUAGCUGGUUCCUGAGAUUUUCCUUGACUGUAGAAUGAUGUUGCGAAGUUGCUUGCGCACAUAUAAAUUUUACCCAACGGAGGUUUCAGGCGUCCCUCGAACACCAUGCCAGGCAGUUUAAGGGUGAGGCAAAGGUAAAAUAACGGCCAUUAUUUCUAGAUAACCCAGAUGUGUUUAUCUUUCACGUCUUUUAAGAAAUUGCUUGCUGUGCUUGAACAAGUGGGUAUCUGCCUCGAUCUACUUCAAUGACUGCCAGAACGAAAACUGUACUAUUUUAAAUACUUGCUCAGAGUGAUGUUUGACCAUUAUGCAAUCCAAGGCAAUAUGUUCUAAAGAUCAGAAAAAGGGAGUGAAAUAUUAUUAUCAGAAUUGUUAAGUGACAACAUGUUCUGUAGUGCUGUACAAUAUGUGGGCUAAAAAAAAGCCCCCGCUAAAACAUUGUCUGUUAGUUUAGUCUUAAACACAACAAUAUUGCUCCAUGCAGAAAAAUUUUUCUAUCCCACUUUUUCCCUCUUACAAAACAAAUCCAAAUGUCUUUCACGGCAACUGAACUACUGUAAUUUGCUACCUGGGUCAAGUGUUUAUAUAAUUCAAGUGUCAGGACUUACUGAAACUAUAAUCACUGGGUUUAUCAAGAAGGUUUCCCCAUUUUUAAAUUUAGUUUAUUGUAUGUUGCCAUCAGGGCUGGCCUGUCCAUAGGUCCUGAUGGGACCAUGGCUCAGGUGGUAUUUUGGCGUCCCUGUACACCAACAAAUGUUCUGUAUGGGGUCUGGUCACCUAUUUGCUUAUAUAUAUAUAUAUAUAUUUAUAUAUAUAUAUAUAUAGAUAUAGCGAGUACAGCUACAUACAUGCAGAUCAGGGCCCCUGCCUGCUUGCACAAUGAACAUCUGCAAUGCAAACAUUGGGUACACUCUUCACGCGAGCUGCAAGAGAAUGGCUACGGGUUGCUUUUACAACACAAUGUACUGUGCCACCUGACCACCAGGGAAUCCAGUCUACUCUCCUCCCUGUCCACAGGUAAGAGGCAGAGAUAGGUGAAUAAGCUUAAUUAAACUAAAAAAUACCUGCUCUCUCUACACACGCACUCAAUAUCACAAACACACACUACAAAGACUACACAGACACUAUAUCCACUACACAAAUACACAAUCCACUGUACAAACACUGCAUCUACUACACCAACACACUCUGCAUCCACUACACACAGACACUAAAUCCGCUACACACUUUGCAUCUACGAUACACACACGCACACAAUGCAUUCACUAUACACUGCAUCCAUUUCACACUCUGCAUUCACUAUACUCAUGCACACUGCAUUCACUACACACACUGCAUCCCCUGCACAAACACAGACACCUCAUUCACUACAGACACUUCAUAAUAUAAUGGAUGUGGGCAUUGCUUUUUUAUGGUGGGGGGUGCAGCAUUUCAUUCUUGAACCCAGGCAGCACAAUGUCUUGGGUCGACCCCCGGUUGAGAUGUAUAUCUUUUUCAUGUGUUCUCUAGGAAACUCUAAUCUGUUCACAUUUCACAAAUGAAACUUGGAGGGAUUUUAGAAAAAAAAUUUAGACAGAUGGAUGGGGAGAAAGAUAGUCAGUUGUGACACUUUAUUUAAAAAUUCAUUUUAUAUAUAUAAUCCUUUCCUGUCCUUGUGCUUUCUGAAUACUGUAUUUCCACUUUCCCGCAUUCUAAAUUGUGCUUAUUAUCUGCAUUUAAUUUUUCAAUUAUUAUUAUUAUUACUAGUAUUUAUAUAGCGCCAGCACAAUAUUAUUAAAGGGGGAGAUUUAACAAUAAAUGAGACAAUUACAAAAACUUACAGGAACAAUAGGUUGAAGAGGGCCCUGCUCAAACGAGCUAACAGUCUAUAGGAGGUGGGACAUAAAACCCAACAGGACAGGUGGUAGCACUCAAACAAGGUAGAGUGAAGCAGAGCUGGAGGAGAGAAUAGAGUGCUACUCUUUAGGAGAGAGCAAGGGACAGGUAUAUGAGGUAGAGGUUACUCUGGGAGGCCAUAAGCUGGGCCAUAAGAGAUGGGUUUUAAGGCACUGUUUAAAUUAUUGAAGACUAGGGGAGCGCUUGAUGGUCGUAGGCAGGCUAUUCCAAAGGAAAGGAGCCACCCGCAAGCAUCAGACAGGAGAAGGUCAUGGGCAGAGUGGAGAGACUGAGAAGGGGCAUACCUGCAGAUCAGUGAAGAAAUAUAGGAGGGGCUAGAAUUGGUCAAUGCUUUAUAGGUAUGGAUUAGUACCUUGAAUUGACUGCUUUAGGAUACAGGAAGCCAAUGUAAGGACUGACAAAGGGGAGAGGUGUGAGAAGAGCAACAGGAGAGGAAGAUCAGUCUAGCUGCAUCAUUCAUUACAGACUGUAGCGUGGCAAUAUGACUUGUGGGAAUACCUAUUAGGAGAGAGUUACAAUAAUCCAUGCAAUAGAUUACUAGAGCAUGGACAAGCUCCUUAGUAGCAUCUUGUGUAAGAAAGGGGUGGAUGCGGGCUAUGUUUUUAAGGUGGAAUCUACAGGAUUUGGUAGCAGGCUGGAUGUGAGGCUCAAAUGUGAAGCCAGAAUCAAAUAUAACGCCAAGACAGUGCACUUGCAAGGAUGCACUGAUGUGGGUAACAUUCACUUGAAGGGAGAGCGAAAGAGGGGGAUCAGUAUUAGGAGGAGGAAAGACAAGGAAUUCAAUUUUAGAGAGACUGAGUUUCAAAAAGCGGGAGGACAUCCAAUUAGAGAUGGAAGAAAGGCAAGCAGUGACACGUUGCAGAACAGCGGGGGAGAGGUCCGGGGAGGAGAGGUAUAUCUGAGUGUCAUCAGCGUACAGGUGGUAUUGGAAUCCAAAUGAAGUAAUAAGUUUAAUAAGAGAGGCAGAAUAAAGCAAAAAUAGAAGGGGACCAGGUACAGAGCCUUGGGGGACUCCAACAGAGACAGGACAAAGGGAGGAGGUAUCAUUAGAAAAGGAGACACUGAAUGAGCAUUGGGAGAGAUAGGAGGAAAACUAAGAGAGGAAAGUGUCACAGAGACCGAGUGAUUGAAGAGUUUGGAGAAGGAGAACAUGGUCAACAGUGUAAAAGGUAGCAGAGCAGUGAAUUAGUAUAGAGUAGUACCCUUUGGAUUUAGCUGUGAUUAGGUCGGUAGUGACUUUAAUAAGAGCAGUCUCAGUAGAGUGGAGAGGGCGGAAGCCAGACUGAAGAGGGUCAAGGAGAGAGUUGGAAUUGAGGAAACAAGUCAGACGGGUAAAGACAAGUCUUUCCAGAAGCUUUGAGGAAAAAGGGAGAAGGGAUAUAGGACGAUAGUUAAAAGGGGAGGACGGGUCAAGAGAUGUUUUUUUUAAGAUGCGUACUACAGUUGCAUGUUUAAGGGCAGCAGGGACAACACCAGAAGAAUUAAAAUACAAGUAUAUAUUUUUUUAAUAAUAGAUGCAUACUGUAGACAAUCUUUCACUGCAGUAUUGAAGACUUAAAGGAUUUAAAAAAAAAACUGUUUAGGACACAUAACUGACACUACGCUGAGUUUUUUUUUUUUGCGUGUUAAUUUAUAUUGUGUCUGCAUGGAUAGUUAAGCCAUUUUUGUCAGAUUUAAUAUUUGUGCUAAUAAAUUCCCCCACUGUCUGCUUCUACGUGGAGUAGUUAAUGGAGCUAAGGAUCGACACUGCAUAAAAGAUAUCAUUAUCUUUGCUGGCAGGUAACAUCUCAUUAUUAUGCAUUAUUUUACAAGGUUUUCCUUAUUAUUGACCUUAAAACUCUUACUUUACAAAUAAUAUCUCACUGUACAAAAAGCAGGCUGAACUUCGAGACCCGUAGCGGCAGUGAACUAGUUUGCAAUUAGUAAGAAAUCAAUGUCACCCCAGAUAAACAGAGAUGGAUAAUAAGCAUAUAAAAUUAGUGUUUAAAUGAACUGAUCUGUGCAAAUGCACUGCUAAAUUGCUUGAAUGCUAUUAGAAUAGGACUUUGGGGAGUGUUGGAUUUUAAACAUAAUGAGUAUUACUCAGGCUUAAAUGAUAUUAUGAGCAUUAUAAAACUAACAACUGCACUUCUUUAAGCCUCUGCUGAAGAAUAGAAUGCGUAUUUUAAAUUUAUUUUCAUCCAGUAGUCAACAUUUAUAGUUGAUGUUAACCGUAGACAGCUUGCAGUAUUUACGCAUUUUUAUUUACAUUAAAAAGGAUUCCUUUUAGAACCUAUUUUAGGGUUCUGGUAUUCACCAUUGCUCUGAGGUCAUCCCAUUUUUUUACAUUUUCAUUAUCUUUACUACUGUACUUUUAUCUUAAAAUCCACUGCCCGGUAAUUGAUGGAGGUCAGCCAUCUCUGCAUACUUUGUGCACCUUCCAUAGUUCAGAACAGUCAGUCGAAAGUCAUAUUAAAAGCCACCAGCUCACUAGCCUUGGAACCACCAUACUCAAUAGACUUGGAGAUUUUUACAUACCGAUCUUCAAUUCAUCCAAAUUUGGUCCGAUCGGGUGAUAGUUUGAAUUCCGCAACUCCAAGUCAAAAUGCAGCUAAAUCAUGACCAAAAUGAAACAUGCAAUGGCUGAGCAUGUUUAUUUUGAUUCAUGAUUUUGAGUUCAGCUCAUAGUACCAAAAAAAAAAGAGAGAUGAUUGAUGGGUAAAAGAUGAUUGAUGGCUAAGGGAUAGUUACUAAAGGUUUAAUUUAUUCACUGAUGAAGAAAUGAUCAAUAGAGAGGACAAAUGAGGAUCAGUACAACAAUCUAUAUUUAUAUAAGUAAUAAACAUAUAAUAUAUCAAUAUAUAAAGGUAGAUUUAUUUAUUUUUACUGCUCCUCUUAUUUUUCCCUCUACCGAAUACCUUUUCUUACUUUAUCUGUGAAUCAAAUGGUGGGGAAAUGCUCCAAUUAGUGUACUGCAAAAUAUACAUAUAAUAUUUAUAUUAUGUAUACAUUUUGAAGUACACUGAUUAGCCUUUUUUCAUAACCUAUCAGAUUAAUUUCCAGAAUCAGUUUUUCAUAACCAACUUUCUGCCGAGCCAAACCGACAUAUGAUCAGCUUUCAGUUGUCCUGAAGAACUUUUUAUUUCAGGAAAAAAUUGACUCUGCACCCACCCAGCAUAAAAUCCAAAGAAAAAAAUGUCCAGCUUACAUUGAUACAUUGAGAUCCCGGCAGCAAACUGAACAAUCUUUCGAAGGUUCUCAAGAAUUUGAGAAAGACCUAUAACUUGGUUGAAAUAUUGUUCUGUGUGCUGUGGUGACCUCCACAAGAUCUCAAAAGCUUUUCAGCUAACGAUGUGUGCAGGACAUUUUUUCCCUUGUUUUCUUACAAAUAAUUUUUUCUACUUAUGAGUUUCAGAUCAAAGUUCUUUUAGAUAGCUAAUGGCUGCUUUUUGCCUGGAUCAGGAAGUGUAAUGGUAAAAAAACUAACAUUAUUUCACAAUACCAGGUUUAUGAACCUUGUUUAAGCAGAGUCCAUGCUCCAUGUUCUAAAAAUUUAAGUUAAACUUAUCUUGUUGAAUUUACUUAUAUACCAUUUUCGCUCAUUACACCAUAAUGAAUAUUUUGGCACUAUUUAAAAUAAUAACAAAAAAAUAGCUAACAACUGUGAGGAAGAAGAGUGAAUGUGAGGAGCACAGUAAUUAAAAGCUAACUGAGGAUAACAAUGAAGGUUUUAUCCUGGUUAAAUAAAAAUUACCAACUUACGGUAUAUAAAAGAUCAACAAUGGAAGACUCUCUUCUGGUAUAUUUUUGAAGCCCAUAAAAACCACUCUAAGCAAUAGUCCCAUGAUGCCAUGUCACUGUAAAGAAUCAAACCAUUUUAAAUGGGUUGGCGCUAGCUUUGGAGCCCCUGACCAUUUUAUAAUCUGCACUGAGGAUGGAGCUGUGUAUAUAAUCACUCUUUCUUCUCUUCACAAAUAAAAAAAAAGGCUGAAAGCAGGCCCAUUUUUGUAGAGGUGUAAACCCUGUAAAGAUAAUAUUAUAGUCACUGAAAUACAAAUAUUUUAACAUAAAAUUGCAAUGCUGACUCUGGGUUACUCAUUAAACACCAAUCUUUCGUAAAUUUGUCGAAUUAAAAAUUGCAAAAUUUAGGUUAAAAUAGCUGAACUGAAACUAUAGCAGAGAUGAAGAAUUGCCACCAAAUCAGCUGUGUUUGUCUAAAUUUUGCACCUUGAGUUUUAAUUUGUUACAGUUCGUAGUUAAGUGAACAACCCUGCUUGAUUUGUUAACUAAAAUACCAUCUGUUUUUACUAGGAUAUUGGUUUAUUACAGUUUCUUACGCAACAUUUGCUUGCUGUACACAUUUUGAUUUAUAAAAAAAUACAUUGCUAAUUUCUCUAAUAGGUGCCAAUUUAACAUUUCGUAUUCUUAAAAUGUGAUUUGAUUUUGUGAUUUAAUUUAGUUGGAAAUUGGAUGAUCUUCAACUUACUAAGCAUAACCUCUGCAGUCAACACAUUUUAUAUUAUUACACUUGUAUUAUAAAACCCCUUCCCACUGCUGUCUGUUAAAUCUAGCUCAUCAAAUUUGAAGAAAAAAUAUAUGUAUAGCCAGCUUGAUAAAUGGGUUUCUGUGCAUGUGUUUGACCUGAACUUACCAUAUCCCUUGUUAAACACCUGUUCUUAUUAUAAUCCUUAUUAUGAUCUAAUGUUGACGCCACAGGGGUGAACUGUCACGUCUCUGGAAAUUACAUUAUUGAAUAAAACAGUGAAAAACACCAAUAGCGUGUGUUAACAGUUUUAUCUGAUACUCUGUUUAACAUGUUUUAAAGAGUUAAUAGUUGACAUCACAAACCAGUUCAGGUUGAUCGCAGCCAUGGUAUACAUUGCAUUGGAAUCUCUCUAGUCUGAUUUAGAGGUGCAAAGGGCAAACUAUAAAAGGGUGCUAUAUUCAACUAGACCAUUUCAUCUCAAUGAAGUGUUCUGGGUGCAGAGACACUGUUCUCUUAACUCCGCAAUGUAAAACAUUGCCGCUUUUUAGAAACAUUUAUGUUUACAAAUUAAGGUUCAGUCCUCCUCUUGUGGCUGUCAGUGACAGCCACUUAAGCUGCUUUUGAGGAACUAACCAAGUAAAACUUGGAUACGUGACGUGGAAGUCCCAAUAGGAUAGCAUUGAUUCAAGGUUUAAAUGCAUGUUGUUGCGCAUGUUGUUGUGCAUGCACAUUAGCUCCCCAUUGCACCUACAUGAGGAGGAUUGGAUUGGACAUCUACAGAGGAGGUGGAGAGGUAAGCAGCACUGAGGAUUCUUAAAGCACACUGAAAAAGGACAAGAGUUAAAAGGACACUAUAGAGUUGGGAGCACGGAUUUGUAGUCCUAAUGCUAUAGUGAUCCUUUAAAACAAUGACUGACAGGCAGUCAAGAUAGAGGUAAAUACAGUGGUGUGGAGUUCUAUAUUAAAGGAACAGAAAUGCUAAUUUAAACUGAAUUUGCAGUAAAGGAAGUGUAAAAAUUAGAUGACUCUUUACAGGAAGUGUUUAGGAAGGCUAUGUAAGUCACAUGCAGGGAGGUGUGACUAGGUCUGCAUAAACAAAGUGAUUUAAUUCCUAAAUGGUAGAGAACUGAGUUAUGAGAUUGCAGGGACAUGAUCUGUACGCCAAAACUGAUUUAUUAACUGAUUUAUUUUGGUGUUUAUAGUGUCCCUUUAAUUUUUUUUAAGACCUCACAAACACAUAUUUUGUUAAAUAUAGGGGAUAAGCAAACAUAAUAUUAAAAGUCCUGGGAAGUGAUAUCUUUUAAAAAAAUAAAAUUAAAACAAUUAAUUAAAUAUCCUUAAUCCAUCAAUAAAUCAAAUGCAUUUCAACAAUGUUGCAAGUCAAAACCAAAAACAGUCAGAAAACUAAAAAUAAAGUUCACUUUUUUUUUUCCUUUUCCACAUCUCAUAUCCAGGGGCCCCUGUAAAAAUGUACUAAAAAAAAAAAAUAUGUGCCUUACUUUUUUGGACAACUUGAUGUUUUGCUAGAAAAUAUUAUUACUCGGUUUUAAUAUCAUGACAGAUGCUUUCAUUCUACCAUUUUUCACACGUUUUAUGUCAUUUUAUUGUCUUAUUGAUCUGACUUUCUCUGCAGGGUCAGGAAAGAGAUGACUCCAGGGUAGACUAUAUCACUAAUCAUUAACACCAAUCUAUUCUACCGUCAGCAGAUAUACUGGGUUUCCGUUUUGUCAGCAAGACAAGUAAUACUAUUAAAUAAGUACAAGAAAUGGAAGUUUCAUUUAAGAUUAAUUUACAAGCUCAAGAUGUAAUGGAGUGCAAGGUUCGAUCAUCUGAGACUUAUUUGCUGAAACAACUUGUCAUUUCAAAUUUAUCUACUAGAAAAGACAGAAUCACUCAAAUAAUGUGAUUAAAUACUUAUAAACUAGGCAAAUGUGUUCAUUUGAGCACCCGUCCAAGGCCAUUAGGACUAUACUAAAGCAAAGCAAAAAUGAAUGGCAGUAUGAAUAACUCCAUCUGCAUCAUUGGUAUUAGCACAUGUAGUUUUUAUAUUUUUAUAUCACAAAAUAUAUAAAUACAUCAUGUCCAUUUGUUAUUGGCUGAUUGCUAUAUUCAGCACUAAGAAAGCCUUUUAAACCUCCUAUACUUAUCACUUGUAAUAAAUUGCUUUAAUUCCAAUAAUGUAUAAAUGUUUUCUAUAAAAGAAAUUUGUUUAUGCAUUAUAGUGUGUAUGUUUUAUACACAUGUAGUUAUUAAUUUGAUCCAUUUUUUGCAUAUGUGAAGGACCGGGGUGAUGGGGGAGAAAUCCUUCCCCCUUUACACCCAAAUAUCCGGUGUGGCUUUUGAGAUCAAAUAUUUCACUGUUUAAGAAAAUGAGAGAAGAAUUAGUCGUUCACCAGGAGCAACCAACAAAAGGCCUUGCUCCUCUUGCUGUUACGAGGAGGUGUGGGAUUUGCAUCUUCAGUAAUUAAAGAACCAGAGCUAUGGAGCAGGUUAUGAUCUCAUUGGUGUAGUUCAUGUAGUGGUGGAGGAAUGGAGUGAGUGAUCAACACACACCAGAUGACGAACGAAUGAAAACAAGGAGCUCCUCUACCAUAAUUACCAAGAGACAGAAAGUAGCUCCAGUCUUCAGCAAUUGAAGUCAAAGGAAAACAACCCUUUCUUGCUCUUCAUUGUAUUUCAUUUUUAAUGCUUUGUUGGGCUCUAGUAACUUUGUCCAACCCUCCUUUUUUAGUGCAUCGUGCUGCAUCACUUCUCUCUCUGAGGUCCAAUAAAAUGCUUCUUUGAUUGGACUGAUCUCUACACUCAGAGCUCGUUUAGAUAGGUGGAGAUUCCAAUACAUAAAGCUCUGCCUGGAAGGGUAAAAGCUAAUUACAAUUGUCGCCAUAUUGGCACAGAAUUAAUAUUAGACAACCCACCUAAGUUAUAGGUGCCAGGGGUGCAGCUAGUCCCUGGCACAAAAGUGCAGAUAUCUAUGUAUUUGCUGCACAAACUGAUUGCUUACUCCAUAACCACUUCUAAAAGCCAGAGUGGUCAUGGAGGCUGAAGGAGCCAUUUAACAUAUACAGCAUAACACUUUAUACAUUUUAAGAAAGUGCCCCAGAAGUACUAUCACAAACAGUGAGAAGAUGAUAAAAUGCACUUCCUCAAUAUAUAUCCUUUCUCCAAUGAUAAAUUGUUAAAAUAAGGUAUUCACUAGUUUUAAUAUAGCUACAGACUAGCUACAGAAUGCUAGAGAAUUCUCGUUGAUCUUUAAAGGGACACAAUAGUCACCAAUGCAACCUUAGCUUAAUUAAGCUGUUUUGGGGUGUAGAUAAUUUAAUCCCUUUUCUGCAUAUGUGAAGGAACCAAGGUGAUGCUGGACAAAUCACUCCUCCAACCCCACACCAGAAUACCACUGCUCAAUGCUCUGUCAUUUAGGCGUUAAAUCCCUUUUGUUUCUGUUUAUGCAGCCUUAGACACACCUCCCCUGGCUGUGACUCCUACAGCCUGCAUGAAAAAAAAUUUUAAUUUUCAAUCAGAUGUUAAGUGACUUUAGAUUGAACUUUAGUCACACACAGGAGGCUCCUGGAGGGUCUAGGAAUCUAUUAAAAGAUUUGGAGAUUUAAAAAGUCUUAAUUAAACAGACUGUGCAAUAAAUGAAGUGUAAACAUUAGAUCUUAUUUACAGGAAGUGUUAGGAAGGCUGUGUAAAUCACAGCCAGGAGAGGUGUGACUAGGGUUGCAUUAACACAGUGAUUUAAAGGGACACUAUAGUCACCAGAACAACUACAACAUAUUGAAUUUGUUCUGGUGAGUAGAAUCAUUACCUUCAGGCUUUUUGCUGUAAACACUGUGUUUUCAGAGAAAAUGCUGUGUUUACAUUACAGCCUAGUGAUAACUUCACUGGCCACUCCUCAGAUAGCUGUUAGAGAUCCUUCCUGGGUCAUGGCUGCCUAAAAUGCAUCCAAACAAAUUUAGAGUCUCUCUGCAUGCAGACACUGAACUUUCCUCAUAGAGAUUCAUUGAUUAAAUUCAUCUCUAUGAGGAGAUGCUGAUUGGCCAGGGCUGUGUUUGAAUUGUGCUGGCUCUGCCCCUGAUUUGCCUCUUUGUCAGUCUCAGCCAAUCCUAUGGGGAAGCAUUGUGAUUUGAUCAGGCUACCACUUCUGCUGAUGUCAGCAGGCAGUGGGCAGGUCUAAAGGAAAAGGGACAUGUAAGCAGCUAUAGACUUGAAUACAGGUACGAUUUUACUAUAUUUAGGGAGGCAUGAGGAAACCAGGGGGGCUAGAUGGUGGUUUUAACCCUAUAGUGUCAGAAAUACAUGUUUGUGUUCCUGACCCUAUAGUACUCCUUUAACUACUGUAUGGCAGACAAUUGAGCAGUGAGACUGCAGGGGCAUGAUAUAUACACCAAGCUGAUUCAUUGAACUAAAGUUGUUUUGGUGAUUAUAGUGUCUCUUUCAAUUAUUUUUAUGGAUGUUGGGUCCCAUACAAUCCAAUUACAAAUUUCAUUAUAUGUGUUCCAGUGAGGUAGCUAAUCUUCAGCAUUAGAAUAAUCUUAUCUUUUUACAUUUGGGCAAAGCAAGCAACACGGAUUAUACAUUUGAACACCCUUGAAGAAAUGGCGUUUGUGAAUUACUACAUUCUACAAAUGAAUUACUGGAUUUAAGACUCUUUAUGUCUCAGCAUUUUGUAGCAGUUUAAAGGACCGCUCUAGGCACCCAGACCACUUCAGCUUAAUGAAAUUGUCUGGGUGCCACGUCCAGCUAGGGUUAACCCAUUUUUUUUAUGCUUAUAAAUGGGUUAAGCCUUCCCCCAUUCCCUCUAGUGGCUGUCUCACUGACAGCCGCUAGAGGCGCUUGCGUGAUUCUCACUGUGAAAAUCACAGUGAGAGCACGCAAGCGUUCAUAGGAAAGCAUUGAUAAUGCUUUCCUAUGCGACCAGCUGAAUGCGCGCGCAGCUCUUGCCGCGCGUGCGCCUUUAGCUGAGGUGGAGGAACAGAGGAGGAUCGGAGGCAGAGAGCACUAUAGUUUUCCUGGCACUAUAGUGGUCCUUUAAAAUCAGAAACCUUUUUUAGACAUGUUUGUCAGAGUUUAUAGAAUUAAUGGACUCUUAAUCAAAUAUAUUUGAAAGCUCUAAGUACAUAUAGAACGUUGUACACAUGCUUCAUGUCUAUUUCUUUUUAUUAACUGUUUGCAUUAAUCAUGAAUUUUAAUAAACAAAAAAAAAUCAGAAUGCAUUUAAAUUCAACACCAUUCCCGAAAAGUAACUCAUUUUCAUUCUAAUGGUCCUGUGUGACCUAAAAAUGGUUGUAGACUUGGACCUGCGUGUCCGCUGGUGUUAAAUUUCAUGCUUUGUUUUACAACCAACAAAAACCUUAUUCACAAAAAAAUUAAACAUGCAAUCAAAACCAAUAAAAUGUCGAUAAAAAAACUCACAUGUGCUACUGAUAAUAUCUAUUCCUUUUCACGCAGUUGUGUGUAAGAAAAGAUAUUUGAAUUUUUUUUUUUUUUAUAGAAUACAAACAACAAAUGUAUAAAAUAUCAAUGACGAUAAAAGAGAAAGCCAGACGUACAUAGUCUACAAAUAAAGAUUACAUUGAUUAAGAACAUUAUAUUAUUUUUCCUUUGUAAAAUCAUGUUGAUUUUGUAGUAAAUGAUUACAAUAAUCUAACCAUAGCUCUGUCUGAAUUAAAAUACAACUGUUUGAACAAACUAAAUGAAUGUGAAAAGAAAACUAUGUCACAUAUGUUAUUUUCCCUGCCUUCAUUGAGCAGCCAUUCUGGCAUCAACUUACUACAUAUACAGUGAGACAUAUUAACAGUGGGGCCUCGGUUUACGAAUUUAAUGCGUUCUCCGGGACGUUUCUUAUUGCGAAAAAUUUGUAAACCGAAACGCGGUUUCCCAUAGGAAUGCAUCGAAAAACAAUUAAUCCGUUCUGGAGGUCAGAAAAAAAGUCAAAAUGAGUUGGCAUGGAAACCAACCCACAAUGCAGAACACACAAUAAAAGGCAUGCAAACGACGAAGCUCAGCUCCCUACCUUUCCACAGCUUGAGGAAUGCACCAAAAAGUCCCAAAACAACUGCAAACAAUUUCCAGAAUGACUCCAAAACUCGAUGCAAAAGCCACUCCAACACCUCCACACUCGACGCCACGUGCUACCCACAGGCUCCAGCAUGCGGUGCUAUAAACCUCCCAGGUGCAAUGCAUCCUGGGGAAACUUGCUUUGUAUUGCGUAAAAAAAUUAUAAACCGAGGCAUUAUUUUCAAUAGAUUUUCAUUUGUAAAAUGAUAAUUAUGUUAACCGAGUCGUUUGUAAACCAAGGUCCCACUGUACUUGCAAAGCAAAAAAACAUAGUUACAUAGAAAACACAAUGUAUUAUUAAAGAAUUAAAAAAAAAAAAAAAACAUGCAAACAAAGGGUAGAAAGUAUGAUGUUCUGCAUUUUUGGCAAGUUUUUAUUUUCUUUCAUAUAAAUAUUAUAAUCAACCUCUAAAGCACCAAACAUUUCCAAGAGUUAAUUUGGAAUGAGGCUCUUGCAUAGAUUUUGAAAUUACAAAGCCAGAUAUGCCAGCGAAAUUCUCAGGACAGAAAGCCUAUUCACCCUGGAUUCAAUUAGAUAUACAAUUGGUGCAUUAACUAAAUGACCUCUCACUUUACCCUUAUUCCCAAAUUAUCAUUUCUUAGGUAGCAAAGAAUACAAUGUGUUGAAAAUAAAAUGAGUUUUAAUAAACAAAAAAAAAAAAAUUCGCUGUAGUUGGCAACCAUUUUAUCCAGUGCCAGCAGUAUGUGACUCAUAAAUGAAUUGCUGUCUGAUUUGGCACUUGAAUGGUUAAUCUGCUCCUUCAUACUUCCAAAAUAUAAUGCGCUCGUUACUGAAAUUUAUCAAUUUAUUAAAUAUCCAACAUUAAAAUUGUACAGGAAUUCAAGCAGGAAAGGAGCAGCCCUGGUGGAUCCAGCAAAUAUUAUUCAGAAGGCGACAGGCACUGAAAAUCCAACUGUUCUCAGUUCAUAACUGUGAAACUUGCUGAUCGCUUGUAAUUCUGGCAUGAAAAAGAAGCUCAUUAAGACUCACAUUUAGAAAAUUACAAGCACUUUGCUUUCCAUAUCAUUUAAAUGUUCCACAAGACGCUUGUGCAUAUUCUCCCUUCUAUAUCUAAAAUAUUCCCUAGCUCCCGCUUUGAGCGUAGAGAAGAUUACAUUUUGUUUCUGUUACCAUUGUUACAUAUUUUUUUUUAUUUACAGCAUGUUCUGAAAUUGGAAGAUACCACAACAGUUUAAAGAGUAUAAAGACUGCAUGCAGCAGGCGUUGUCCAAAAGCUAGAUCCCCACAUGUUGUAGAGCUGCAAAUCCCGUGAUGCUCAGCCAGCCUGUAGAAUAGCAAAGCAUCAUGGAAGUUGUAGUUUGGAAGCAUGAUCAACCUCUUAGGCCUCCUGUGUAUACGCAUUUGAUUAGACAAUUUAUUGACUAAACAAGUUGCGGCGAGAUUAUUCAAUUGAGGACAUUAUAGAUAGGGUUAUUUACUAAACUGGGAAUUCAAAGUGAAUUUAAGCUUUAAAGGAACACUUUAGUUUUGCCAUAGUGUCCCAUAGUGUUUCAAUUAUCACUUUGACUGUCCAAUCACAGACUUCCCAAUGCAGUUUAAUGAGAAGUGUUUGCAAGACAGGCGCUCUGGACAAUUGCUAACUUCAUUAAGCUAAACAACCAGGAAGUGACUGGACUGGUUUUCUGAUUGACAGCCAGGGGGGUGUAACAAGGUACAUUUAUAAAUGUGCCAAUUUCUAUUGAGGUCUGCAUUUUUUUGUAAAAUGAAAACCAAAGGGCCCACUCUUCAUACAUACUCUUAUAGAGGUGUUUGCAAGCAUGUAUUGCUGUAUUCUACAUAUGCCAUCAUACAUAUGCUUUAAUCAGGCAUCUUAAAUGAUUUGGGGUGAGGUCAUAAUAUCUGAAAUAUCACUUUCUAGUGAUUCUAGUAAUCAGAAAGAAAUAAAACAGAAACAAGACUACACUUUUAGAACCCAUGAGGCUGAAAAAAUUAAUUCACUUUGUUUUUUUCAACCUUUUUUCUUACACCAUCAAUUUACACAGAAACCUUAGGUUUAGUUUUUUUUUGCUUUGAUUCAAUACGUGAGCUCUGUCUAUAAGUGAUAUCAUAAUUAAGCACAAAAGUUUUAAAUCAAAUUUUGUUGGAUUAAUAUUUUUCAUACCCACCUCAUUAAAUAUGGAAAACUUUCAUUGUCCCUUAAAGUGGAGAGAAAAAAAAAAUGCAUCAAUGGGUUCAUUUAUAUUUUAAGCAGCUUCAAAUUUGAAUGUAUCCUGAUGUGCAUUACAGGACCUGUCAACAUUUUCAAACAAAGGAAGGCCCUUUUAAUUGAUGUAAAACAAAUUCAUGUUAUUAAUCUUGCAGGGCUGCAAAGUGGCAAUGCUAUCUCUGAAUCUACCAAGUGUGGAUUCCUUUGUGAAAUUCAUAAGCUCGGCCAAGACGCAAAUUGCUCAAGUAAUGAUGAAUGCUUGGAAGUCUCACGCUUAAACAGAUUAAGUUGAAUUUUUUUUUAUUUUUUAUACUUUUAAAAGUUACAGUUUUUGUUAAUGCUUUUCAUAGAUCUGGAAUAAAAGAGUCUGAAAAGCUUGAUGAACUAGUCUUCAUUGUCUGAAAAUAUUUAAACUUGUGUUAAAUAAUUUGAGAAAGUGGAUGAAGGAAUUUAAAAGUAUAAUGUGUUGAAUUUCCGGGUGUAUUCAUAUUGAUUGUGAUGAGGUUCAUAAUUCCACUAAGAAAAGCACUGCUUCUAGAUCAGAAUAUAUUGACUUUUAUCAAAUAUUCACCUGUCUUCAAGUAAAUGGUAUUCUCAUAUUUUUCAUUUCACUCUGUCACACUGUCUGUGACGUUCCUCCAACCACGGGAUGUUAAAGGCAAACUUUAUGACAAAUUAAUUCUUUAUUACAUAUUGUAUUAGUGACGAAAAGGAAAUGUUAUAUUCAAACUGGAAGUAGGAAAGCAUCAACAGCUACAGCAAAUAUAUUCUAGUUUUUAAGUUCAUUCAAUUGGGAUCCUCAUCAGUCUAUUGUUCCUCUCAAAAUCUGCAGUAGUCUAUCUCAUUUGCUCUUAAAGUCCUCUUAAUAAAAUUGUAAAGGGCUGCAGAAUUUGCACCCCCUCUCCUUAAAAAUUAAACAGACUGUACAAUAAAGAGAGUCUAAAUAUUAGAACUCUUCUUACAGGAAGUGUUUGUGAAGGCUAUGUAAGCCACAUGCAGGGAGGUGUGACUAUGUCUGCAUAAACAAAGUGAUUUAACUCUUAAAUGGCAGAGAAUUGAGCAGUGAGGCUGCAGGGACUUGAUGUGUACACCAAAACUAAUUAAGCUAGAGUGGUGUUGCUGUCUAGAGUGUACAUUUAAGGAUUGAGGUUGUGUUAAUUUGCAUAAUUCCUUUGCAGGCAUCAUUGAACACCGAUCUACACACAAAGUUAAUAUUUUGUAUAUAUUUUGGUGUCAGCUAGGCAAACCAUGUUUCAUGUAAAUGUCAAACAAUUUUUUAAACAAAAACAAUUUGUUAGGGAAGAGGUUAUUAAUUUGCAUAAAUGAUGGAUUGGUCACAAAUAGGAGCACAAGCUACAGAUUUUAACAAUUAAUAAGUCUCUUCGUUUAUGUUCCACCAUGUUAUGAAACAGAGUAACCAAGGUGACCCAAAAAAAGUUCAGCCAGAUUGUAGUCCUAGAUGGGAUAUGGGUAAAAGGUGUCCUACCUUUAACAAUGGAAGGCAAAUGAGGAUAAAAUUAGCACUUUUCAGCUACGGCAUGAUCUCUCAAUGAAAACAGUAAAAAAUCACCAUGUAAGAAAACAAAAAGUUUUUAAAAAAAUGUUAUUAAAGGAGUAGUUUACCAUCUCUGCAUGACUUAAAUGAAAAGACAUUUCUUAUGGUGAAAAACUGUCAUUAUGGCAGAAAUAACUAAUAAUUUGCAGGGCUGAUGAGUCUGUUCACAGUAGAAACGUAAACAUUUCUGCUGUUGACCUGACAAUUCCUGUUAAUUGAUAAAUAGAUCAACAGCUGCAUUGAUGGUCAAUUGCAAAGACUAUAAUCAAUUUGUGUACAAUGUGCAGUCUAAUGUGAACAAGUAUAAGAUAGAGUUAUUUCUUCAUACAUGUGUAAAAUCGCUUGAAUGUAAAGAUUUUUGAAUAGAGGUACUGGAUGGGUUUUGAGCCAUAAGCAGUCUUAUAACUAGUUCACAUUCAAAUGAAGAGAUAUAGUUUAAAAGUCAAAACAAGUUUUAAAGCUUUAUUUUAAAAAUGUGUGACAGUAGAGAGAUUGAAACCAAGAAAGCUUUGUUUGCUCAUCUUUUCUCGACUUUUGUUUUGUGCUACUACUGAGUUCAGACACUAGACAGUUUUUUCAUAAAUUAUAUAAAUUUGGCAUUUUUGUUAAGUGAGAUAUAGGCAAAGAGGACAAAACACAUUUGCUAUUUAAAUUAUAGCAUUAAAUAUUGGAUUUCAAACAUCACUGUGAUUUUUCAAAAUUCUAAUUUCAACUUUUCUUUAUUGUAACAGAUUUUGUGUGACAAACAAGUUUUGGGAGCAACAGGAGCUUUGAAAUGGGACGAAAAGGAUCCAGAUGAAAGUUUGGUGAAUAAUGUUGUCCAUGGCAGACUUCACAGUCCACUCCGUCUAUUUGUUAAGCAAUCUGCUCUGCAAAGGCAACCCCAGAUGUCUUAUGUGGAUACGGUGGAAAACUUCUGGAAUUGGUUGGCCAACAUUAGUGAUACUCAAGAAUCUCUUGUACGAACUAAGCGUCGGCCAAUUGUUAAAACAGGCAAAUUCAAAAAGAUGUUUGGAUGGGGAGACUUUCAUUCAAAUAUUAAGACUGUAAAACUGAAUUUGCUCAUUACUGGAAAAAUUGUGGAUCAUGGGAACGGGACCUUCAGUGUGUAUUUCCGACAUAACUCCACUGGACUUGGGAAUGUUUCUGUCAGUCUUGUGCCUCCUUCUAAAGUGGUGGAAUUUGAAACAUCUGCUCAGUCAACUCUCGAGAACAAGGAUUCCAAGUCUUUUAACUGUCGGAUUGAAUAUGAAAAAACAGACAGAGCAAAAAAGACUGCAUUGUGCAACUUUGAUCCUUCUAAAAUCUGUUACCAAGAGCAGACCCAAAGUCAUGUUUCUUGGUUGUGCUCUAAGCCAUUCAAAGUAAUUUGCAUUUAUAUCGCUUUUUUCAGCAUAGAUUACAAACUUGUACAAAAAGUCUGCCCUGAUUACAAUUACCAUAGUGAAACACCAUAUUUGUCGUCUGGUUGAAGAAUACCUAUUAGUUAAACACAGUUUUCAAUCAAGAACAGUAUUACCCCUUUGUUGAUUGGCAGGGACAAUCUAUUGCGACGCUUUCUUUUUGUGACUUUUCAAUGAACAAAUAUUCUUUACCAGGUGGAAACAAAGUGAUUGUGACCGUGUUAGACUUGCAUACUAUAUUUUACUUAAAUAACGUUCAAAUGUUUCUGUAAUUUUGAAGUUAUGUAGUCCAAAGUAAAAAUCAGGGAGAGCGGAAGCGUAACAGGGAGAUAAGGAAUUGCAUGACAUAAGUUCUAAGCUGACAUACUACCGUACUUGAAAUACGAUUAUUUACAAUAUUGAGAAAAAAAGGAAAGGUGUUGUGAAGCCAUGAACAUAUUAACAAUAAUUACAAUAAAUAUAUUGUCAUAAGAAAACCAGUAGUGAUGCCACCCAUUGCAUUAUUUGAUCAGCUAUUAACCAACAUACAAAACUAAAAAGACGCAAUUGUUCUACUUAGAUAUCUACUGUCAUUAUAAUUUAUAUUUAAAAUGUAUUUUAAAAUCUAAAAGUUGUGGACUUGUCAACAAAAUGUUAAAAACACAAAAUUAUAUCCAUGCGUCUCCAUAUAUAUAUUUAUUUAUUUAAAUAGUGUUUUUGUUUUUAUCAAAAAGUGGGCAGAUAGCCAUUAUUGACUUCCAGCUUUCCAACAAUUAUAUUUUUUCUGACAGAUUAUAAAACCUUAGGUAAAUCAAUUUUACUGGAAGUACUGUAAGUAAUCAUUUCUAAAAUGCAUGGUUUUAAUCUCAUAAAAUUAAAUGCUCAUAUUUACAAUAUUGUUUUCUUAAAAAUUACAUAUAUACAUAUGUUGAUUUGAAUGAUUAAAACAUAUACAAAAUCAUUUACAUUCUGUUCUAAAACAAGAAUAAAAAGCAACUUUUUUAUAUUUUUUCCAUUUCAAAGUCCCCACAAACUGAUAUUCCAAAUACAAUUGGCUUCCUCUGACUUAAUAUUUCAUUCAUUUGAUAUCUGAAAGUCCUGGAACAAAUUUGGUGGAAAAUAGAUAUGGAAGCGAAUUUGAUAAAUUGUGUGUAAUAUAAUUGAAAAAUAAUAUGAGAUAGAGAGUGUAAAAUGAAAUGAAACCAUAGAAUUCUUAUUAAUUGCAUGUUUGAUAGAUAAUUUAUGUUCUGAAACAUUUCAUAUAGAAGUUCUGUAACAUAGCAAAAAUGUAUUAGAACAGAUUGAGUAAUUAG